GGAAGUAGGUAUGAGAGAGGUGGGAUGGCCAGUUGGGAGAACAAAGAUCUCCAUCACCAGUCAGCCAAUCCUCAUGCAGAGGGAGCACAUUCCCUAUACUUCUCUGCCCUUCUCAACCUCCAUUCUGGCUGGGGACCUGUACCAGCCACUAGCCUGCACAGGAGGGGACCUGCCAGGCCAGCAGCAGCUUGCCUUGCCAAGUUCAGGGGCCAGCCAUCUGUGCUCACCAAGGUCAGUUUGUGUGUGUCUGCAUGGGUCAGUGUAUGUGGGUGUGUGUACAUGGAUCAUUGAGUGUGUUUCUGCAUGGAUCAGCAAAUGUGUCUGCAUGGGUCAAUGUGUGUCUGCAUGGGUAGGUGAGUGUGUAUUUGCAUAGGACUGUGAGUGUACAGUUAGAUCACAAAAACCUAAGUUUUCAUUAAUGGUACAAUACUUUUAAAUUGUGGGAGAGGGUAAAUCCGUCCCUAGGGACUACAACCUUUGAUACAGUCUCUUUAUUUCCAAAUCGUUUGCGUGAUUAGCAGAGAAUGUGGAGUUGCCAUUUCUGUGGUCACUACCCAGUCCCUUUAUUUACUGCUGUCAAGGUGCAAAAGCAUUGUGGGCACUCAGCACACCGUUUACGCAGAGAACAAAAAGCAGGAUGCAAGAAAAUAGUGAGCAUGGACAAUAGCUCAAGUAGCUUGCCCUUUGGUGGAUCCCUGCUCAGUUCACAAGCUGGUUUUAGGUCUUCUUAUGCCAUUACAAAGCUAACCUAAGCAAUUUGCAUAGCAGACUGAUCCCACCCAAAAGGGCGGUUUAGAUCUAAAAUGCAACCUGGAUCUCUCUGCAUGAUUGAUACAGCACCCAAGUUGUUUCAACCAUGCUAGGCCUCGUCCUGUGUUCAUGCAUCACCACAUCACUGAAAGACGAGAUCGGGGGAGGAGGCAGCAGCAGUCCCACAUUUGCCCACUAGUCAUUUAUCCAUGACAGCCAGGGAGCCAGUCGCCCUGUAAGUGAGCUGUAACCAGCUAAGGGGGAAAAGGGCAGUCAUUAGGGUUAAGGUAAAUGGGUACAGAGACUCAAGGAGUAGGGCAAGCUGGUCAGAAACGCAGGGAGUAAGGAAAGUGGAACAACGAGACAUUAAAUUUUUGGGGGGGCUCAAGUCAUGUUUCUUGAACCUACCAAAUGCCCCUGCAUUUACCCUUUCCCCUAAAGAAACUCUCCACGUUUAACAGCAACAGUAAGUUUUAACUUUUUUUUGUUAACAGGAGGUCCACACAUUAUACGCAUUAUCUGAGCUAUUGUUACAGCUAUUAUUUUUGGGAUAAAAAUCUGUAUGAAUACAUUGAAGUGAAACUUGUUUGUUGUAUGUACUUAGGGAGAGGGUUGACAUUAAAUAGUGAAAAAUUACAUUCUCUUUAUAUAACAGUCUAGUUGAUUAUUUUGUAAAGGUUGUGGUGCAACAGAGCAGGAGAUUUUUAAAUAGUUUAAACACUGUCUUUAAAACCAGACACAUGGGAGUGAAAAAAAUCUGACAGGGCACAUUCCUGAUUUCAAAAGGCCUGUAAAUAAUGAAAGGAAAAAAAGUAUGGCAAGACCAAGGUCAUUGUGAUGCUUCUUUUUCAGUGCUUAUUAUUAUUCUUAAGCUGUCCUUUUAGUUGUAGUCUGAACCAGCUGUUGAGAAAAAGAAUGUUCUAACAAUAGUUUAAAUUUUUUACUCUGCUGACACUUAGUGGUUAUAUCUGGCACUACUGGUCUCAAAUAUUUUACGUGUGAUUUUGUGUUUUAUGUACCCUUCUAUAAUAGAACACAUUUAUUUUCAAAGCUGUAAUUGACAGGUUAGCUAAAACUGUGAAUAACGGUAUAAAAUCCUCUCAGCAAGCAUUAUCCACAACAUCAGGUACAGAGAUCUGUACAAGUGUCAGGUGUCAGAUUGAUGUAAGCACACCAGAAAAAUGGCUAAUUAUUCAUAAUCUAUUGAUUCCAAAAUGCUGUGAAGUGAGAUUUUUAAAUCCUAACAUCAUGGCUAAAAGUAUGACUGGAAGUCAUCAAGCCAUUUACAUGGACUUUACAGCCAUGGCCCAGAGAUUUAAAUCCACUCCAUAACAGCUGUAAUUCUUUUUUAUGAGCCAAGAUUUUUUUUAGCAAGUAUUUUUUAAAUAUAGUUUUACCUUUAAAAUUACACUUUAGGGCUGUUGUUAAACAAUUUUAUAAAUGUAAAUUUUAGAUAAUGCAGUAAAAUAAAAACAAUAAAAGAGAUACGUCAACUUACGUCAAAAUAGAUAUGCCAACUUUUACUGCAAAUAACCAAGAUUUGCUGUUUCUGCAGUUAGCUCUCUAAACAAGGGAGAGACUUGGUCAACCAUGAUGCCAUCUAACAAGUUACUCAAUGCAUCAUAAACACUACAGCCCUCUGCAGUGUUUAUGAUGCCAAGAAUAUCAGGAUCACUACAAAAAACUGACAUGGUAAUUUUGAAGUAGCGCUUUAGGGGCACUGCAAAGAUUUUGUGGAGUUGUAGUUCAAAUAGCUUACAUCAUUUACAACUCUAGUUAUGGAGCAAAAAAGUUAACAUCAAAGGUUGGAUGGAAUAGGUAGCAAGGGUGAGUAUAAAUUGAAAAAAUAUUACUUGGAAGAAAAAAAAAAACACCCUGCAUAGCUAAAUGUAACAUUAUUUUUAAGAUGCCAAUUUCAGUAAGCAAAAAGUAUGGUUAUGCAGGAUUGCUUUUAACCCCUUAAGGACACAUGACAUGUGUGACAUGUCAUGAUUCCAUUUUAUUCCAGAAUUGGUCCUUAAGGGGUUAAAAGGACACCUCAAGCACUUCCUUGUGCUGUAGUGGUUAUGUUGCCAGGGGAGCCAAAGCACCUCCACCCCCCAACCACUGUCAGUAGAAUGAUUUAACUUCUUACCUAGGGUCCACCAGGCACCACACUCUGCCUCCACUAUUUCAGCCAGAGAGACAGGAACUCCUAAUCAGUAGCUUCCACUAUUAGCUCUGCUGUGUUGAGCCCUGUAGUGCUAACUCAUUGGUGGAGAGCUUUUUAGCUAAUCACUCUCAGCCAUUGAGCUAAAUCCUGCAACCAUACCUCCAUGCCCACAUAUAUUCAAUAAUUUGUAAUUCUAUGUUAUUCACAAAAUUCCUGAUGGUCCCAUACAGAAUUGGGCAAAGCUGUCCAGUUCCAUAUGGACAUAGUUCACAGUAUUUAAUAAUCUUUGGAUUUUGCAAUUCUGGCUAUGAAAGAGCAACAACUAUGUCGAUAUAUCAACAUGUCCAAUGGCUGCCAGACAGCGUCAAUCCAGGCCCAGAUGUUUUAAAAUUCAGGCUUGGGUUUUAAAUGUCAAAACCAUCAAUACACUAGUUUUUCUAUACUCCUGCUGCAGUAGAACCCAAAUAACAUUAUUUAUUGUAUAAUUUAUAACGGUUACUAUUUGGAAAUCUGCACUUCCCAAAGUGCCAAUCGGUUCUUUAGAAAUACUCAUGUACAAGGAAUUUGACCAUUUUUAUUAAUAUUAUUAUCAACACCUACAGUAUGUAAUAAACAUAAUAGCUGAUUUUCUUAGUCUUACUAUUUUCCACUUUAGCAAUAUCAGAGAAGAGGGAUGGCUGAAAAUGCUCAGUGGACCCAAAAUGUUGAAUCUUUCAAAAACAGUUUGAUUUCUUAGCAUGGAACAUCACUAUGGUGUCUUGGCACCAUGACCACUAAAGCAGGCUGUGAUGUGUUUAAUGUCUAGAGAGCCACUUUAGAGAUGCUGUUACACAGUGUUCAAGAUACAAGAAUAAUUAUUAUGGACACGAAAAAGUAAUAUUGUUACUAAGAGUGCUCAAUGUGUGUUGUGGUGACUUGAUAACCAAAUCAACAGUCCAUAAAAAAAAUGUAUACAAAAGUGAUUUUUAUAUAUUUUUUUUUAACUUUUUACAAAUUGUUUUUUAAAAGACAAUUGCCACCUCAACUGUCAAUAAUUAUUUUCAUAAAGUUUCGGGAAAAAAAUGGAUAAAAAAAAAUAAAAAAUUAAGUAUAUGUAAAACAAAAUUAGAAAAACUUGUCAUUAUCUUUAGUAUAUGAAAGGAUCCAUCAGCCUUAUAUCUGCACCUUGGGUAAAGGCAUUGAUUGAAAACCAACAAUUAGAAUUUUUGGUCUUUCCUGCUUAUGUGCAGGGAGUGAAGCAAAAUGAUUAUGGAGACUAAUUAUCAAUGAAUGAAUGAAUAAAAUGUUGUUUACCAGUGACAGUAAAAAUAUAUAUUUUAAUGAGAACAUCCUUUCUAUAUUGGGUUUCCUAUUAUUUUUUUAUUUAUCUACAUAUAACUGAACGUGUACAGCCUUGAAAUCUCCCAUUGAUGUUAGAUCCAAGAUAAUAUUUGCACAGCCUUGAACCAUCAAACCAUCGCGUCACUGCUGUGUGAUGCAUUACUGUUGCAUUACAUAUGUAGUGCUGUAGUUUGAGAAACAGUUUAAACCAGUGAUGGCUAACCUUGACACCAUAAAUUGUUUCUGGACUACAUUUCCCAUGAUGCUCAGCCAGCUUUUAGAGUCUAAAAGCUAGCCGACCAUCAUGGGAAAUGUAGUCAAGUAAUGGAGUAAUGCUCAACGCGUUUCGUCUAGUUGUAGACGUCAGGAGCUACAACUAGACGAAACGCGUUGAGCAUUACUCCACAAGGACUCCAGCCGAGCAGUAUCUAAGACCUGGACUCUCUGUUUCCUGACUACCUGAGAAGGAAGCUACAAUGAGACCUCACUAGCUGACUGUUGAUCCUGGGGUUUAAGCCUAUUUUGAGACAACAAGCGCUUGUGCACAUAUUGAUUUAUUUCAAUUGUGCCUCUACAUUUGUGAGUGUUCUCACUUUCUUUUUAUAUUUUGUGUAUAUUAAAGUUAAAUGAUUUUUUUGUUUAUCUCUUAUAUGUGAGUCUGGUCCUCAACUCAACUCAACACUGUUGGUAACUAUAACCACUAUAUAUAUUGUGCUUGUGGUGCCCUGCACUGUAUUUUCACCUGUGUAUUUGCACUUGUGUGUUAUACAGUUUUGUACAUUUGGCUUUAUUCAGAGAGAUUCUGGGAGUGUUUUCCCAUUUUCCAGUGGCUUGCCUGCACUUUGACAUUCUCAUUUAUCUGUCCCAUUUUCUGGUUCCUUCUUUAGUAAACAGACUGUACUGUAGCAUUUAAACAUUUUAAAUGUUUAUUAGCCCUAGCUGAAUUCCCUUACCUUAAAGCAGAUAUUGCAUAUAACCAGAAAAAGACAUUUGGAGUGUGCUAAUGGGGUAUAGGAUACACAAUAGUAAUGUCUUAAUAUGAUUUAAAACGUAACCUUUAUUAAUCAGUAAAAACACGUGAACAUGCCAAAGAAUACCAGAGCAUUUGAAUACCCACACCAAAAAAAAAUAAAAAAUAAUAAAAAAAAAAAAAUAUAUAUAUAUAUAUAUAUAUAUAUAUUUCCUGGCCAUUUCCAUGGCAGCACAACAAUGGGUAGCUCCUCCCCAUCCCUAGUUAGACAGUAACUAAUUAAAACAAGGGUAUAAGUACCCCCUCCUUCUCCUCCUACCCUUAGUCUUUUUGUUCCUGUCCUAUCUCUAGGACAGAUUAGUCUUUUCAGACUGAGAACUAUUUUUUUUAUGGCUUACUUUAAGGGUUUUUACCCUUGGCCCCAGGGGAGUUAAGCCUCUCUUCCUUGGGAUGCUCCAGUAUACAGCCCUGUGCAAAUGUGUCCCCCUGGAGAACCCCCCAGUGACCGGGGGAAGCUUGCAGUGACCCUAGGGGUAGCCAGCAAAAGGAGCCACUACCCUACUGACUGCAGUGACCCUAGGGGUAGCAGGUAUGGGCAAGGCAUAAACAGUAUGGAUAUACCCCCUUCUACCUUAAUUUUUCUGGUUAAUCCUGCCUUCUCUGAUUGGGAGGCAUUCCUCCUCUUGAUGCAGCAGUUCUCUACCCGGUGUUUAUUCUCCCUUCUGGGGGAGUACAGGGCUUCCCUGGUGAUCUAGGGUUCCCCCUGUCCCUAUUCGCGGCAUUUUCACCACAUUUCUGGUGGUCUGCUAAGGUUGGGAGACCUGGGGUCUCCUUGCUGGCUUGGCGUCUGGUUUUCGCCAUUGCGUAUGCGCGAACAGUGCGUUCGCGUCAUGCUGUUUUUGCGCAUGCGCGGAAGUGCCUGUUGCGCAUGCGCGGUACGUCGCGGUGCCGAUGACGUCAUUCAGUAGUUUGGGCGCCCUUUUUAAAGCGCCAAUACUGAAAUUUUACUUUUCUACACAGUCCCUUGCUAACUUAAAGCGGUACAGUGCGGUCUUCACCCAGUUUUGUGGUGCAGACUGAAGGUAAGUCUUUUAAAGGCACAGUUGGUCUGUUUUUUGUUUUUUAUUCAGUUGAUGUUUUUUGAACCUUAUUUUUAAGCCUUAUAGUAUUUUAUGGGCUUAACUUUUAUAGAUGAAUUCAUCUGAGAUCAUGGAUUCAGACUCAUCAGUUCAAAGUAAAAGGUCACUAUCUAAAUCUCAGGGGUAAGCCAUUUCCUAUAUUUUUUCUUCAAUUUUUCUUCUAAACAAAAGAGUGCUGGCUAAUAUUUUUCCCAUAUUAUAGUAGUACUAAAGGGAAAAAGACAACUGGAACAUCCAAAGGAAAGUCUCCCGCAAGAUCCCUAUGCGAAGCAUGUGACAAGAGGGCCCUGGAGGGGAAGCACCUAUGCUCAGAUUGCCUACAGGCUGCAGGAUGUCCCACAUCAUCCACCCCGGAUUUGAUGCAAAUUAUUCAAAAUGCUGUAUCCCAAGGCAUUAAAGAGGCUGGCAGAGCCCAAAAAAGACCUAGAUAUCCAGAUCCUCCCGACUACUCCCAAUACGACUCUUCGGAUGUGUCUAUGGAGGAGACAUACAGGGAGAGGUCAUCUUCCUCGGAUAAGGAAAAACAGCACGCUCCUGACACUUUGGACCCAACCGAAGUGGAUCACUUAAUUUCCAGGGUCCGCAAGUCUCUGAGCAUGAAGGAACCUUCAAGAGAAGAGCCUUCUACAUCCAGUCGAUACUUUUCUGACCUCAGAAAAAAGAGGGUUACUUUCCCGGUUCAUGAGGCGAUUAAGGGCAUCAUUAUGGAAGAAUGGUCCAAAACAGAGAGGAAACUUCCCAAUCAGGGGAGAAUUUCUUCCUUUACCCUUUUAACAAAAAGGACGCAGGCCACUGGGAGUCAACCCCUAAAGUGGAUGCAGCGGUGGUAAGACUGGCCAAGCGCACCACAUUGCCAGUGGAUAAUGGAGGAUCUCUAAGAGACUCCAUGGAUAAAAAGAUGGACUCUAACCUGUCCAGGGCCUAUGUGGCAGCAGGCACAGGCCUCCACCCCGCGGUAGCCCUUACCUCGGUCUCCAGAGCUUUGAAUAUCUGUCUGGAAGGCUUGAAGGAGGAUAUCAAAGAGGGCAGAAGCAGAUCUAACCUCAUGGGCAGUCUACAAGACAUUAAGCUGGCCGUAGAUUUCACUACUGAAGCCUCAGUGGAUAUGGUCAAAGCAGUGGCCAGGAACAUGGCAUUUUCCAUCUCAGCUUGUGGCUCAGAUCCUGGUCAGCAGAUGCUUCAUCUAAGAAUAGCCUCUGCUCUUUACCGUUCUAUGGAGACAUGCUCUUUGGGAAGAACCUGGAUGAUUGCAUUAAGAAAGCGGCAGAUGGCAAGAAUGCUUUUUUACCUCAAGAUCGUAGGCCUAAGAGAUCUUUUUCGACCCAAAAGACCUUCAGAUCAAUCUUCCUUUCAGGACUUCAAAUCCUACAAACCAGGUAGAGAAUACGGAAGAUCCCAGCCUUGGAGAGGGGGACAGUCUUCAGUCAGGGGAGGAAGAUCCAGAGGCUCUGCAUUCAGCAGGAACACGAGAGCUUUAUGACGGGUUGAUCUCCCAGCCUGGAGGGGUAGGAGCACACCUCCUCCUAUUGCAAAAGAGAUGGGAGUCUUCUACCAAAGACUAGUGGGUGCUGGACAUCAUCAAAAGAGGAUAUCUUCUGGAAUUCAGAGAUGCUCCACCUCGUCGCAGUUUUCAAAUUACAAGAUGGCCGGGAGACAGAGACAAGAGAUUGGGUCUUCUGGAGUUUAUUUCUUCCCUACAGCAAGAAGGCGUCAUUAUGGAGGUUCCAAAGGAGGAAAGAACACACGGGUUUUAUUCUCACAUAUUCCUCACAAAGAAGUCCUCAGGAGCAUGGAGACCCAUUCUAGAUCUUCACACUCUCAACAAGCGAUUGAAUGUAAGAAGAUUCAAAAUGGAGUCGCUUCAGUCCAUUAUCAAAGCAGUCUUCCUAGGGCAAUGGCUGAUGUCUGCAGAUCUGCAAGAUGCCUACUUCCAUGUUCCGAUCACUCAACUGCAUCAAAGAUGUGUGAGAUUCGCAGUAGAAGGAGGGCACUUAUUGUUCCAAGCCCUUCCCUUUGGCCUCAGUACGGCUCCUCACACUUUCUCAAGAUCCUGGUGAUCCUGAUCGCAGAAUUAAGAAAGAGGGGCAUUGACAUUUUUCAUUAUCUGGACGACAUCCUGGUGCUGUCAGAGGACAGGUACACUCUCAAGCAACAGGGACAGAUCUGCAAUCAGUUCCUGCAGGAACACGGCUGGAAGAUAAAUGGAGAAAAGAGUCACCUUAUUCUUUCACAGUCCAUGCUUUAUCUAGGAGCCCUGUUCAACACUGCACUGGGGACAGUUCAGCUCUCAAGAGAAAGAGGAGUAAAGCUCAUCAGGAAGGUGAAGGAGAUACGACAAGUCAAUGUCGCCACGGCAGAGAAAGUCAUGAGCCUACUAGGAUCUAUGUCAUCAACCAUAGGCUUGACAAGAUGGGCGCAAUGGAGAAUGAGAACACUCCAGAGGAAUUUUCUUUCCCAAUACAGAGGGAAGAAUCUACUCCAGCCCAUCAGGAUUUCCACCCCGGUCCAUCUAAGCUUGACAUAGUGGAUGAACAAGAAGGCUCUGUUCUCAGGGUUCCCCCUGGGGACAUUCCCUGGAUUACUAUAACGACAGAUGCCAGUCACAAGGGUUGGGGAGCCUACCUUCAGAACGAGGUCACCCAGGGGAAGUGGGAGUUUCAUGCACACGAGACCCACUCAAACCUUCUGGAACUUCUGGCGGUUUUCAGAGCUCUGAAACACUUUCAGCAUUUACUACAGCACAAGUGGGUGAAGGUGAGAAUGGACAAUGCUACAGUAGUAGCACAUAUCAAUCAUCAAGGAGGUACCCGAAGUUGCAGCAUGGUAAGGUUGAUGAUUCCCCUGAUGUCUUGGGCACAGAAGAACCUUGCGGGGCUAGUGGCGAUUCAUCUGCCAGGAGUGCAGAAUACGGUAGCAGACUUCCUCAGCAGGGUAAGAAUAGACCCAGGAGAGUGGAGCCUCUCAGACAAAGUCUUCAAGGAUAUUGUGAAGAAAUGGGGUCUUCCUCAGAUAGACAUCAUGGCCACCAACAACAACAAGAAGCUCCAGGGAUUCUUCUCAAAGGGUCACGAACCGCAGGCCCGGGAGAGGGAUGCCCUAUCAUGCAGAUGGGAGUUCACAAAGGGGUAUGCAUUUCCUCCGUCUCCCCUCAUAUUUCCUCUACUAAGAAGGAUUCGGCAGGAACCAGUUUUCAUGAUCCUGAUUGCCCCAUACUGGCCUCACCGGCCUUGGUUCCCUCUUCUUCUGAGCCUCUGUCAGGAACCUCUGUGGGAUCUUCCAGCAGUUACUUCUCUUCUGCACCAGGGUCCUAUCCUACACCCAGACCCAGCAUCACUCAACCUGAAGGCCUGGAGGUUGAAAGGGAAAGGCUUCUAGAGAAGGGUUUCUCAGCUGCAAUCACAGAUACCCUGUUACAGGGUUGGAAGCAAUCCACUUCCUCUACCUACUAUAGAAUUUGGGAUGCUUUUUCUUCCUGGGCCUCUCCCAAGAAGGUUAACAUACAGCAUCCUGCAAUUAAAGACAUCUUGGAGUUUCUACAAACAGGUCUGGAUAAGGGUUUGAGCUACAAUACCUUAAAGGUACAUGUCUCCGCUCUUUCAGCUCUCACUGACCACAAAUGGGCCUUUAAUCCAGAUCUAUCUAGGUAUCUUGCUGCAGUCCUCAAGAUUAAACCUCCGAUCAAGCUAUUUGCUCCCCCAUGGGAUCUACCCCGGUAUUACAAGCCAUGAAGUCAGCUCCCUUCGAACCCCUGGAGUCCAUCUCUCCUCAUCUUCUUACCAUCAAGACAGUUUUGCUGGUGGCGUUAGCAUCAGGAAGAAGGGUUUUGGAGCUCAGUGCCUUAUCAGUCAAAGAGCCUUUCACGGUGUUUGACAGAGACAGGGUGAUUCUAAGAACCAUUCCCGAAUUUUGACCUAAGGUAACCACUGCCGUUCAUGUUAAUGAAGACAUAGUGCUUCCAGCCCUGACGCAAGAAGAACAUUCCCAAGAAGGAGGUUCUUCUCCACUGGAUUUGGUAAGAUGUUUAAGAAUCUAUAUUGACAGAUCUCUUGACAGAUCUCAGCUAUUCAUCAUCCUGAAUAGGGCUAGGAAAGGUCGCCAAGCUUCUAAAGAGGCCGUGCGCAGAUGGAUUGUCUCCGCUAUCAUUCAGGCUUACCAUGCCAGUGGGGUUCCAGUACUUAGGCUGUACUAAAGGCUCACUCGACCAGGUCCCUUUUCUCCUCUUGGGCAGCCGCAGCGAGAGUAUCUCCAGAGCUUAUCUGCAGAGCAGCUACAUGGUCUUCGGUGAACACCUUUAUUCAACAUUAUCAAAUAGAUGUUAGAGCUGGUCAAUGGGACAAGUUUGGUAAAAGUGUCCUUUCAACAUCCAACUAAUGUCUUUCUUUUUGUAUUAUUUCACUUAUAGAUGUGCUAAUACACUUGCAUUACAAAAUAUUUUGAGUCCGUGUAUUCUUUUCCCUCCCUUGGUUUUGCUUGGGUAUUACCCAUUGUUGUGCUGCCAUGGAUAUGGCUAGGAAAGAGGAAAAUCUAUUCAUACUAACCGUAAUUUUCUUUUCCUGGUUAUAGGCCAUGGCAGCACAAAGAUCCCGCCCAGGGAAUUUUGCUGGAAUACAAGACUGAGGGUAGGAGGGGUAGGAGGGGGUACUUAUACCCUUGUUUUAAUUAGUUCCUGUAUAACUAGGGAUGGGGAGGAGCUACCCAUUGUUGUGCUGUCAUGGCCUAUGACCAGGAAAAGAAAAUUACGGUAAGUAUGAAUAAAUUUCUCUCUCUCUCUCUCUCUCUCUCUCUCUCUCUCUCUCUCUCUCUCUCUAUAUAUAUAUAUAUAUAUAUAUAUAUACAAAAGUGAAGAAAGAAAAAGAAAAAUAGAACACAAGUCUAUAAAAAGAGAGGACUAUCGCCUAAACCAAGCAUGUCAAACUCAAAGGCUAACAUGGGCCAAAUAAACAAGAUUUAAGGUUUUGUGGGCCGCACACAAAAAAAAAAAACCUUACAUUUUCAUAGAACAACACUGUUGUUUCAUAACUGCUGACCCCCAAUAUAUAUAUAAAAUAUCUUAUUUAAUAAUUAAAGCAUAUUUAUUUAUCAGGCCCUUUUAAUCUUUAUUAAAGUCUCUAAUGGAGUCUAAUAGAGCCUGGAUGGAGCCUUAUUGAGCUGUUGGGCUUGAAAGUGGUGGUGGUGACUGAUAACCUCCCUCCCCUCAGCACAUUAACAAUCUGCUGCCCACCCAUCCAAUUUCUACUAAACCCCAGCACCUCCCUCUACUAAACCCCAGCACUUCCCUCUACUAAACUAUAGCACCCCCUCUACAAAACCUCAGCACCCCCUCUACAAAACUCCACCGCCGUACAAAACCCUCAGCCCCCCUGUACAAAACACUCAUUCCCCUGUACAAAACCCCAGCACCCUGUACAAAACCCCAACCCCUGUACAAAACCCCAAACCCCUGUACAAAACCCCAACCCCCUGCACAAAACCCCAACCCCCUGCACAAAACCCCAACCCCUUGUACAAAACCCCAUCCCCCCUGUACAAAAACCAGCCCCUGUACAAAACCCCAACCCCCUGUACAAAACCCAUAUCCCUUUGUACAAAACCCCAUCCCCCUGUACAAAACCGCAGCCCCUGUACAAAACCCCACCCCCCUGUACAAAAACCCAGCCCCUGCUGUACAAAACCCCAACCCCUGUACAAAACCCCAAACCCGGUACAAAACCCUAGCCCCCCUGUACAAAACCAAAACUCCCUUGUACAAAACCCCAUUCCCCUGUACAAAACCCCAGCCCCUCUGUACAAAGCCCCAACCCCCUGUACAAAACCCCAUCCCCCUGUACAAAACUCCAGCCCUUCUGUACAAAACCCCAGCCCCUCUGUACAAAACUCCAACCCCCUGUACAAAACCCCAGCCCCUGUACAAAACCCCAUCCCCUGUACAAAACUCCAGCCCUUCUGUACAAAACCCCAGCCCCUCUGUACAAAACUCCAACCCCCUGUACAAAACCCCAGUCCCCUGUACAAAACCCCAACCCCCAUGUACAAAACUCCAUUCACUGUUUAAAAAAAAAAAAACGAAAAAAAAAACAGUAUUAGCUUCCAGACUCAUACUUUACUCACCUUGUGUAUCUAGUAUCCUGCCUGUAUACCCCCACUGGCGCCGUCCGCAGCACAUGACACUGCCGAAACUCCUUGAAGGCGGAGCCUGUAGACGUCACAUCAGGACAUGACGUUACGCACCUCUGCAUGCCUCCGCCUGCCACCAUUCUCUCCUGGACCGCCUCUGCCUGCCUCCAUUCUCUCCUGGACCACCUCCAUUCUCUCCUGGACCGCCUCCGCCCACCUCCAUUCUCUCCUGGACCGUCUCCGCUCGCUUCCAUUCGCUCCUGGACCGUCUCCACACGCCUCCAUUCUCUCCUGGAUCGCCUCCGCCUGUCUCUAUUCUCUCCUGGAUCGCCUCUGCCCGCCUCCAUUCUCUCCUGGACCGCCUCCGCCCAUCUUCAUUCUCUCCUGGACUGCCUCCAUUUACUCCUGGACAGCCAGCCAGCAUCUGGACCGCCUCUGCCCGCUUCAAUUCAUCUCCGCCCGCCUCCAGGUAACCGGAGUAAUGAAUAUCUUUGCUGAGCCACAAAGAUAUUCAUUGUGGGCCGCAUGCGGCCAAUGGGCAGCGAGUUUGACAUCCAUGGCCUAAACGUUGUUACUCAAACCAGCAUGUACUAAUGCAGAAAAAGAUGAUAAUACUAUCUUAUACAAAUAAACAUAGUAUGGUAACUAAAUUAGAAAAGUAUCUAUGUAGCCCCGAUGAAACUGCAAUAAAUUAUCACUGUAGGGUUAAGGGACAAUGUACCCAGACCACUUCAAUUAGCUGAAGUGGUCUGGGUGCCUACAGUGUCCUUUUAACUGUGUGUGAACAAACUAUAACAAACUUUACAUACUGUACUAGUGUUUCCUAAACCAGUCCUCAAGAUCCAUCAACAGUCGAGGUUUUGUCAGUAUCACCAUUGGAAUAACACAGGGAAUUACAUAAAUCUUAGACUGUUGGUGGGCCUUGAGAAGGGGUUUGAGAACUACUGGACAAACAUGUUUUAGUGUUAAAUGGGUCUGUUUGUUGUGUACUACUUGUGAAUAGGGGAUUUAGUGUGUGUGUUUAAGUGUGUAUAGGUGUGAUAAUGUGUGCGCAUGUGUUUACAGGGGGUGUAGUGUCGGUGGGUAUAGUGUAUGUAGUGUGUAUAGGGGUACAGUGUAUGUGUAUAGGAAUAUCAUGUGUAUUUAUAGGGAAUAUAGACACGUGUGUGUGUGUGCGUGACUGCGAGGGGUGUAAUGUGUGUGUUUAUAGGGUCUUUAGAGUGUGUUUGUGUGUGAGUGCAGGGUGUGUAGUGUGUGUUUAAAGGGGGAAUAGAGUGUGUGUAGUUUAUGUGUCAGUGCAGGGGUGUAAUAUGUGUAAACAGGGGGUAUAGAGUGUCUGUUUUUAGAGGGUAAAGUUUUGUGUAUGGUAUGUAGUAUGCAAAUUAUCCAAGAUAACCCCAUAAAGUGUAGACCAUGCAGAAAGCACAGGUACAGCAAUCUCUGCAUGGUUGUAGUGCCCUAGCAUAGUGCAACUACCUAUACUUAUGUGCACAUGCAAUGCUUUCUUGGGACAUUUAUCUGGUGUCCCCAAAAUAGGGACACUAGGAAACAAACCAUGUGACCUGUGGAGCAGAGCCCAGAAAUAUGGAUUAUCACAACAUAAUCAGGACAGUACAAAAACCUGGGUUAUGGAGUAAAUACUCUUUAGGGUCUUUCACCUGUAUUUUGGUUAAAAGAUUUAUAAUCAGAUUCACAGGGUCUCUCCUAGUACCUACAGCCUGACAUGAUUUCUGCAUGACAAACUUGAGGUGAGAAUGAUAGGAGUUCUUUGGUUAGCUGAUUUUUUGGUCAUAGUUCAAUGAAUAUUUAAACAGUAAUUUUGGUAAUAUGGCAAUGUAAUUAGUGCUUACUCUGAUUAAGAAUAGGUAAUUUGUAAUAAAUACGGAAAUGGUAAUAAAAAACUAUUCUCGUUACCCUUCAUAAUUUAAAAGUUACAGUAAAGUGUCUGAUAUUUAUGAAAUUAGCAACUUUUUGCUUAAAAGUUUCAAAAAAGGUUACAUUUUGUCUCACUUCAUACCUGAUUGGAAAUAAAAUGACAAAUAAUUGUUCCACUCUGUGUAUAUAUAUAUAUAUUUGUGUUCGGAGCAAAUAGCCGUAUAUGGAGUAAGGUUCCAGCAUAAGUGUAAGAUAGUAUAAAGGGAGCAAGUCGGUUGUGGUGUGCCGAGACCGACGAUACGGUAGGCCUGUAAAUAAAGAGGGCCCACCAAGGAGUAAGUAAGUAACGUAAAUGGAAAGAAAAGAGAAAGUGUUGAAAUGAGGAGUGGGUGGGAGGGUCAUUCUGAUGCUGACCUCAAGCGAUAUGAGUCAGGUAAGGGGUGUCCCUUAUAUAGGGGAGUGAAUUAAUUUAAGCCCCUCCCACAAAUACAGGCCAAACGGCCUUAAAACUUGUGUUCGGGGCAAAUAGCCGUAUAUGGAGUAAGGUUCCAGCAUAAGUGUAGGAUAGUAUAAAGGGAGCAAGUCGGUUGUGGUGUGCCGAGACCGACGAUACGGUAGGCCUGUAAAUAAAGAGGGCAAAAAGAAUAAUCAAAGAUUUAAUACAGUCAACAAUAUAUACAAAUUAACCAGACAUUUCCUUAAAUGCAUUACGGUUUUUUAUUAAAUUUUUUUUUUAUUUAUUUUUUUGCUUGACUGUACAAUGAGUCUCCUGAUUAAGUGAAAAAAAAUAGCAUGUUAGGGUUCCAUUUCCAAUCUGCUAAUGUAUACAUUUGCAAAUAUUUAGAAAUAAUACUUAUUUGAAAGUGUUUAGCAUAAGAUAAUCCUUUUAAUGCUUCUUAUGAUUUACAAUUUUCAAACAGGCUAUCAUAUAUUUAACCUUCUGAUGCAACUAAUGUCAUCCAAAGAGACAGUCUUCAUACUGUGCAUUACUAAAUUAAUUUUAAGAUGAAGGGCAAGCUGAAAUGUAGAAGGACAAAACUGAAGUUAGUUAAACAAAUAAUUUCAUGUACAUUUAAAGCAUAAUGUGCUUUAGACAUGUGCAGUAGUUUUGUUCCAAAUUGAAUUACAUCCAAAUUCGUAUAUGGAUUCGGCAAAACGAACUGAAAACUAACAAAUUUGAAACAACUUGAUCCACGAUUUUUCAGAUCCAUUAAUUUUCAUAUGGAUAGCACAUUAGGGACUACUAAGCAACUGAAACAGCAAAAUUAAGAAUAGGGCUCUUUUUCUUAUUUUUGCCCUUUCGGUCGUUUAGUAGAUAGCUCCAUAAUUUUGCAUCCUUUCAUGGUAUUGACAUAAUUAAGUAUACCAAAUUAGGGACUUCAUUUCCGGUACUAAGCAACAAAAACAACAAACAUUAAAAAAAAAGUUUCACCUUUUAGCUGUUUAGUAGAUAGCUCCCUAAUUUGGUAUCGUGGGAUUGCCAUAAUUAAAGGGACACUAAGGCACUCAGACCACUUCAUCUCAUUGAAGUGGUCUGGGUGCUGUGUCCCUAUUGCAUUUAGUGCUGCAAUGUUAAAUAUUGCAGUUCCAGAGAAACUGAAAUCUUUACAUUGGAGCUCUAAGUCUGCCACCAGUGGCUUUCUUUGAUCUGGUAACUGACUGACCAUUGAUUCAAUGCUUUCCUAUGGGGAGGUCUAAUUCGCAGCGCUUUUAACGACCACUCAUCACAGGACGUCAGGGAAGGCAGAAAAAAACGUUAUUUAAUUACCUGGUCCCAGCCUUGAUAUCCCUCUGCGCUGGGAUCAGGUUAGUAAAUAAAGGCUUUUUAACCCUUUAUUAACUGCGGUGGAUGGGGGGUGGCGCAAGGGAGGGGGUGGCAGAGGGAGUUAUACUUACAGGAAUACAGCUUUGUAUUCCUGCCACAUAUAGUAUCCCUUUAAAGAUACCACAUUAGGGAAAUAAUGUCUAUAAUGUAUACAGGUAGAGUAACAAUUUUAUACAUAUCAACAUGACACAUUCACACAAAAUUGGCACAAAAGUGAAAGUUAAUGUCACAAUUUGCACAUAACACCCAUAGUCUUUACAUAUCUCCAAAAUACCUUUACUAAAUUCCAAAUCCUAAUUUCAGUUUAAAUUCUGUCAUUUUCCUUGGCUAUUACAAUUCAGUGGCAUAUUUUAAAACCUGGCAAAUAUGAAGGAAGGCACCUAAAUUGGAUAUAAAAAUAGAAUAACAGCAAUAACUAGAUGGCAGUUCUUAUUUAUUUUAUUCGUAUAAACUCCCAAAUGGCAAGUUUCUUUCCAUAUUGAAUAAUAAUAUUUUUUUCAGAACAAGGGAAAUGUAAAUGCAUGCAAGUUACAGUAGUAAUUAUAAUGAGGAAUAGGUGCAGAGAGCAAACAACCAAAAUAAAGUGAACACAGACUACCUGGGAAGACACAAAAACAGUAACAGUAACCAGUAGCCAGUACCUCCCCUUUCAGUGUGCACUACAAUGAUAUGUUAGUGAGUCACAGGGGCGGAACCUUGUUCAUCCGGAACUAAGAUCUUUACAAUGUUAUGCACCAGCCGAGGCUAUCUGCGCUGCACACCACGAAGUGUCAAAUAAUAGUGCUGCUGGUUUGGGGGAAUCUUACAGAGGGUGAGUGAGAGGAAAGGAAUGUCUGGCUCUGUGUGUUCUGUCUGUGUAUCAGCAAGCUUGCUUGUAAAUACUUACAUACUGCAGUGCAGGCCUGCCAAGGACAACAGAAAGGUUAUGUAUGUUAUGGUUUGCUGAAUGAACUGACAUUGUUUGAAUGAGGUGAACUGCACUGAAUUCAAUAUAAGAUCAGUUUUAUACCAACAUUUAACCACAGUGGUUUGUUAUUAUAUUAGUUGAUGCUAAAUGUCUGAUUCACAGUUUCUUUUCUUUAAAAAUAUAUAUUUUAAAUUUGAAUAUAUUCAGAAAUUAACCAGCUUUCUGCUAGUGGCAGUACAAGAGGCUGCCACACAUUGAGGAGCUUUAUAAAAGUAUUCCUAACCAACCAAGUAGGCAAUGUUCAAAAAGUGGAACAAUUGGCAUGGAAACUGAAGCUCCCUGUUGAUUUCCUUGGUUUCCAUAGAAACCGCUCCACCACAGGUCUUUGUUUCAAUUUUUAAUUAAGGUAUGUAGAGCUGCUUUGUCACCUUUACAUAUUUUGCAAAGACCCAGUAUGGUGACAUCAUUGAUUGUGGUCUGGUGGCCCUGGGAGUACAGCUAUGGUGAGAUAUACUUACUUGAUGCUGUCCCCUGCUUGUACCACCAGCUCUUUCUUCUCCUGGUGCACAUGCAUGUGUGAGAGUACACCACUGAUGUCUAUGGAGGAACCCGUGGGAAACUCCCUAUACAUUGCCUGGCCAAAAAAAAAAAAGUCACAGUAUAAUAUUUUGUUGGACCGCCUUUAGAUUGAUUAUGGCACACGUUCGCUGUGGCAUUGUUUAAUAAGCUUCUGCAAUGUCACAAGAUUUAUUUCCAUCCAGUGUUGCAUUAAUGUUUCACCAAGAUCUUGUAUUGAUGAUGGGAGACUGUGCAAAGCCUUCUCCAGCACAUCCCAAAGAUUCUCAAUGGGACUAAGGUCUGGACUCUGUGGUGGCCAGUCCAUGUGUGAAAAUUAUGUCUCAUGCUUCCUGAACCACUCUUUCACAAUUUGAGCCAGAUGAAUCCUGUCAUUGCCAUAUUGGAAUAUGGCUGUGCCAUCAGGGAAGAAAAAAUCCAUUGGUGGAAUAACCUGGUUAUUCAGGUAGUCAGCUGACCUCGUUCUUUGGGCACAUAAUGUUGCUGAACAUAGACCUGACCAACUGCAGCAACCCCAGAUCAUGGCACUGCCCCCACAGGCUUGUACAGUAGGCACUAGGCAUGAUGGGUGCAUCAUUUCAUCUGCAUCUAUUUUUACCCUGAUGCGCCCAUCACUCUGGAACAGGGUAAAUCUAGACUCUUCAGACCACAUGACCUCCUUCCAUUGCUCCAGGAUGUCAUUCGACAUGGUUGUUUUAAGAAAUGAGAAGCUACUCAUUGCAUUAGUUGGGGUUAAAUGACUUGUUGUCAGCUGUUGCAGUAACUAUCCAAUAGGUGGCUCUUACCUGUUUGCUUAGUUAAAUCCAGGUGGCGACUUUUUUUUUGGGCCAAGCAGUUUAUAUUAUCGCACAUUAAGCGAGACAAUGCCUUACGCACACUGCCAGCGCUAGUGACGGCUGGAGGAAGUGACAAUAUUUUACAGCAGGUGCUCUGCAUCUAGUUAGGGCAGAAAUAUAAUAUAAGGCAAAUUGUUUUAUAUGUUUCGACAGUAAUGUUGACAGGUUAAACAAUAAAAAUUAAUGAGUUCAUUAAUUUUUAUUGUUUAACCUGUCAAUAGAGAUGUCGCGAACUGUCCGCCGACGAACAAUAGCGUGUUCGCGUUGGGCGAACAUAUCCGAUUUCCGGUCCGCCCCCUAUACGUCAUCAUUGAGUAAACUUUGACCCGGAACCUCACAGUCAGCAGACACUUCCUGGGAGGGAGGGUCUGCUGCUGAUUGGGUGGAAUGUGUCUGCUGGCUGUGAGGUUCCGGGUCAAAGUUUACUCAAUGAUGAUGUAUAGGGGGCAGACUGGAAAUCGGAUAUGUUCGCCCAACGUGAAUACGCUAUUGUUCGCCGGCGGACAGUUCGCGAACAGUUCGGCGGACAGUUCGCAACAUCUCUACCUGUCAACAUUACUGUAAAGUCCCUGAGGAAGUCCCAGCAGUGGGAAGAAACGCGUUGGACAGAUGGUGGACAGUUUAUGAAAUUUUAUGCUGAUUGAUUCUAACUUAUGUGUAAGUAAUAAAUAUAUUUUUUACUUUGUACACAUUUCUUCACUUUUCAUUUUGGAUGUAUCUUUAUCUCUUUGUAUUACUGAGACUUGGAAGUUCAUGCAUUGGAGUAAGAACACUGCCUGAGAGCUACACGGAUUUUUGAUAGCCUUAUUUAUUCAAAGUGUGAGUGAUCCAUUUGGCUAACAUUAUUACUGUAGAAGCUUCACACGGAGUUGCACUAUGUUAUUUUUUGUUUCCCUAUAGUUAGAUUGACCCUAAUUUGUGUAUUUAUGUGUUUGUGGAAGAUUUGAGGAGAUCUUCGGGUCACAAUGUACAACUUAGAGGGAAGUCCUUUAUACUGUUUAUUCACUGAGGGCACUUGGUGUUUUUGGUGAAAUUUUAAUAUCACAGAGUGAUUUAGUGAAAGAUUUUGCAUUUUUUAAUAUAUAUAUAUAUCUCUGGAUGGAAAUUUCCCUUUUCCCCCCACACUUUUUCCUUCUCUACUCCUUUGGUCUCAUCUAUUAAGGUUUAUUAUCAUAAAUUUUUUUGAAAGUUACUAGAAGAAGUACCUAACAAAGAAAAAAAACUCAUCAAAAUAUCUACCGCCUUCAGUGAAUCCAAAUCCUAAAGAAAAUGAUUUAGCUUCAGAAUUAUUACUUAUUACAAUGUUAGUAGCAAACUGAUAACAUAGUAGUCAAGUAUAAUCAAUUAAUAAGACUCCACAGUCUAAGCUCGGACGUAGAUUAAAAGAAAUUUUAUGUGUUCCUCUGAACGUAUUAGUGCACAAGUCCAUUAUUCCAGUGCUAGUAGCUCAACCAUCACCAGCAAACAGUGUUGGCCCACAUAUCUCCUGACUAUCUAGUAUCUGUUACAGAAAUAAAUUGAAGAAAAAAACAAACUAAAAUAGCAAGCUAAGUUUUGUGGAUCUUGGAAGGAAACUGGGAGACUUUAUGUUGAGGUGUAGGAAAUGACAACUGGAUGUGACUGUUCCCCCUUCCCAGGGCUGGAGUGGUAAAAAAAAAAAUCCGGGCAUUUUUUUUAAUCACAGUGGCACACUAAGAAGGGGGAGGGGCAGAGAGGGUAUGUUUUGUCAUCACCAAUGACAAACACGCCCCCUCUCAAAGUGAACAUAUUGGUUCAAUGCUCUCCCAGGGCAGGCCAUGCGCAGAGCUCUGCUGAAGAGCUCUAGCAUGAGAAAAAGGCCCUGUAUUUGUUUUGCACAGUGCAAGCAAAUUUAAUAACAUGCUUGGACUGUGUUUCCUUGCAACUUGUCUCUGGUGUCUCUAUAUAUGGGAUACCAGGAGACAAAGGGGCCAGGAAAGAGUAUUGUGCAUGUGUUUGGAGCCUGCUUGUGUGAUUGCGUGUGUGUAGAGUAAGCUGAUUGUGGUGUGGUAUUGUGUAAUAAGGUCAGUUUUAGUGUUGUGUUUGUGGUUUAAUAUAAUGCAUGUGUGGCUAGGUGUUGUAGAGAGUAUUUGUAUAGGGGAUGUAGCUAUAGUGUGUGUGUGUGUGUGUGUGUGUGUGUAUAGGUAAUGUAGUGUUUGCAGGGGUUGUAGAGUGUGAAUGCAGAGGGAAUGUAGUAUGUGUUUGCUUACAAGGAAUAGUGUGUGUGUAUAGGGGAUCCAGAGUGUGUAUGUCAGGAAUGUAGUGUGUGUGUAUAGGAGUCUAGUGUGUGUUUGAAGGACCCAGAAUGUGUAUAGGAGACCUAGUGAGUGUGUGUAUAUAGCGGAUUCAGAGUGUAUAUAGGGAUCUAGUGUGUGUGUGUGUAGAUGAUCAAGAGUUGGGUAAGGGAUCAAGUGUGUGUCUGAAAUGUAAUGUGUUUAGGGGUGCAGUGUGUGUGUGUGUGUAUAUGUGUGUAUAUAUGUAUGUGUGUGUGUGUGUGUGUGUGUAUAUAUAUAUAUAUAUAUAUAUAUAUAUAUAUAUAUUUAUUUAUUUAUUUGGAAGUAUUGUGUGUGAGUGGUGCAAUGUGUUGUGGGGGUUCUGUCUGUGUGUGUGUGUGUGAGGGGUGCUGUGAGUAAGAGGUGAAGUGUGUGUGAGGGUGCUGUUUGUGAGGGAUUGUGUGUUUGGGGGGAGGCAGAUUAAUGCCUAUAUACUAAUUUAUUCAUUUAUUUUAAAUUAAAAAACAAAACAAAAACAGGCAUUAUAUCCCCCCUACCUUCUUACCUUUAGCCUGGGUGGGGUGGACUGGUAUGGUGAGGCCUAAUAGGGGGGGACUGGCACUCUCACACCGUCCAUGGUGGUGCUAGUGAUGAGUGAACUCUAGCCUGCGAGGGUAGAGUUCACUCUUGCGAGAUCGGGGGCGUUGCCAUGGCAACAUUCCAGCUCACGCGAGAGGAACCCGGCGGAGCUGCAAGAUAGAGCUCCGACGGGUCCUCUCCUGUCUCCCUUCCCAGCCGGCGGACGCAUGUCUGUGCAAGUGGGCCAGUGAGAGAGAUCUUUUAUCUCCCCACCGGCCUGUCAUUGAAUGCAGCAGGGCCGGCGCUCGGAUAGCGCGGGCCCUGCGUGGACCGGCCGGGGAGGUCCUGUGACCUCAUCUGCCAGCCUUGGCCCAUCUCCAUCGAGCCCGAUGGCAAGCCAGAGCCUGCCCCUUCCUAAAAAUGUAUCUAGAUCUCAAGGUCACUUUCACUGAGAAAGGUGAAAUCAAAUAUUAUGGGAAAGAAGCACCAAAUUAGUUUUGAAGGGUACAUACACUCAAGAGUUCAUGCAUGCACUGGCUAAUCAUGCAUAUAUGUACUUCUGUAUUCACACAUACACACUGACUCUUCACACACAUAUGUUAAACGUUGGGUCUCCAUGACACAGGAUUGGAAAUGGACAGGUUUGAAAGUGGGCUCCUGUAAAGUGGGCUGGCCAGCAUGAUGUGCCUGCACGCCAGGUUGACUGACAGCCUCCCUGGCCGGCACCACUAAGGGCACAGCAUGCAUGGAAUGCUUUUAAUGCGCUCUCUGCAUGGUUCUAUUGCCCUCUCUUGCAUUCUGAUAUCAACCUGGCAUGUCAGAUUAAUAGUGUAUCUGCUCAACAUGUUUUAGAACCUGGUGACUUUUUUUGCCAGUAGCCCAAAAUACAGUACUGUCUUGGAAAAAACAGGACAUUUCGCAUGUAUGGACACAUAUGUCCCUGUGCUUUUACUGGCACAUUCACCAAAGCUUUAACCAAACUCUCUGAACCCACUUCUUACAUUUAUACACCUACUGACACUUGCGAGAUCGGGGGCAAAUGCUACAGACAAAAUGUGAGUCAAAACCAUUGUAGCAGUGAAUAACUUUAAUGCCCAAUGAUAGAGUAAAGCUAUAGGCAUCAAAACAAUAAAAUAAAGCAGUUUUGGUGUAUAGAUCAUGCCCCUGCAGUCUCACAGCUCGGUUCUCUGCCAUUUAGGAGUUAAAUCACGUUGUUUAUGCAGCCCUAGUUACACCUCCAUGCAUGUGACUUACAGCCUUCCUAAACACUGUAAAGAGACGUCUAAUGUUUAAACAUCCUUUAUUGCGGUUUCUUUAACACUUCGAGACCAUAAUAACUUCAUUAAUGUACCCUUUUCAAGCCUUUUUUAUAAAUGGUGAGCUAUUAAUUGGUUUCAAACAUCAGCUGACUGCUCUAAGCCAGUCAGAGGUGUCCCUGCCUGAGGCAUCUGUUCUGAAGAAUUUCAGAAAGCAGAAGGACAGGGGGUCAGAGUGAUCCAGCCCUGGGGUACAGAAGUUGAGGUUAAACAGUUGAUGAAUAUUUUAGAAAAGAAAAAAGCAGUACAAUCCGCGCCGCUAAGAAAAAGCAGCUAAAACACACUUAAUGGGAAUAAUCACAAAAUCCCACAACAAGAAGUGAAUACAAACAACAAAAUAGUGUGCAGCGCAAAUACGUAAUACCACAAAUAAGAUGCAAUGCAUGCACAGUGGAGGUGUGUAUACCCAAUAGAAGACACACAAAUGUACCCUAAAUGUUGACAGGAUCAGAUGGUAGCCAAAAGUCAAAUACUGGAAAUUUAAAAUAAUACAUCCCAUUCCUGAGAGCCUGUCUCGGGUAAUAACGUUUGUAGAAAAUGCUCCAAAGGGUAUUCCUCAGUAUGAAGCUUGUUCCUCAAAGUAAGUGAUGCAGAACAGGCACACAUUAAAAGACAAGAAUUCACAUUUAUUUAUAAAAAAUAUAAAAAUUUUACAUAAAAGUUGUAGUAAUGCCGUUCACAGGUAGAUACCAUAAGCACAACGCGUUUCAACGAACUCACUUGUCUUCCUCAGGUGAAAUAGUUAACAACAAGCUUCAAACACAUUUAAAUACAAAGAUUGGCGCGGGAAACGAGUACUUCCAACCUGCCCCCUUCGCCUAACAGCCAAUCGGCGAUGAAAUCUUUCAUCCUUCUUUGGUCCUUAUGGCCGCGGCCAUUUUCUUCCGGUUUCGGAGCUUCAUGCUUUACUUCCGGGUUCCAUGCGUUCCACAAGCAGCCAAUCGUUAUGUUCAUGCGUUCCAAAGUUAACGCAUACUGUCCCAAAGUAUUAAUACUGUGAGGAUCACAACUUAUAGUCCAUUAAUGUCCAUAACGGAUUCCAUCCAUAAAUAAAGACAAAUCUAUAAUAAUUAUUAGAGAAAACAUAUGUAUAAAAUAGAGGAUAAUAUAUAAAUGACCUAUACAAUAUUUAUAUUAAAAAACCCAUUAAAUCAAAUAUAGUUAUACAUAUCAAAAUCAAUGUUUAACCCAUGAGGAGAGAGGUUUCCAAAUCGAAGAUCCAUCUCAUUUCCGUCUUGUUGAGGAUCCUCAAAUGGUCACCCCCUCUCCAGGGUUUUAAAACUUUUUGAAUCCCCAUAAAAUGCAGGGCUUUAGUGUCUCCAUUAUGAUUUUGGUGAAUAUGUGCAGAUACAGAAUGGGUUAAUACCCUUUUCUGUAUAUUUCUUAAAUGUUUGCUAAUUCUAAUCUUCAAUGGUCGGAUAGUCCGCCACACAUAUUGCAAGCCACAUAUGCACGUUAAUAAAUAAAUAAUAUUAUUAGAACUACAAGUUAUAAAUUAUUUAACAUUAUAUUCCUUUUUUGUUGUGUUAGACUGAAAUGUUUGUUUUUCUAGUCAAAAUUCUACUAGUCUUACAAGCCCUACAAUUUCCACAAUUAUAAAAACCCCUUAAGGCAUUCCCAUGUACAUCCUUAUUUGAAUGAAAUAUAUUUUAUCCCAUAAUGCUAAAGAAGCACUAUAACAACGUAAUUUGGAUAGACUUGUUAUGGUGCCCAAACCAUUCUUUAAUUUAGAAUUUCUUAUCUCCUGCUCUGUUAAUAGCCUGUUAGAGCCUUUUGGAGUUUCAUGUGUGUAGAGUCUGUAGGAGUCUUAAGUUCAAUUAACAGAGCAGGGGUUAAAAAUUUCUAACGUAAGUAAGCUCUGAAACCAUUUUUUUCAUGGAAUCCUGUCUGUCACAGAUAGGGGAGGUGUGGCUAGUGCUGCAUCGGCAGAAACAAAAGUGAUUUAACUCAUAAAUGGCUUUGAAUUGAGAAGUGAGACUGCAGGGCAUGAUCUAUACACACAAACUGCUUCAUUAAACGAAAGUUGUUUUAGUAUCCCUUUAAAACUUGAAUUGCUGGUCCUGGUAUAUGUAUUUAAAUUAUUUUUUUUCCGAGUCUAUAUUUCAUCUAAGCAAUUCAAAACAAACAAGACAAUAGUCAAACAGUUUUAACUUAUUUCAAAUAAAAUGUAAAGCAGGCUACUUAAAAUAAAUAUUAUUUCAUGCAAAUGUUAUGUCUAAGAUGGUUUCUGAAUGUGUUUUUGUAUCAUACAAAUAUUUUGCUGCAAUUUAUUUUCUCUUGCACUCUGUUUUGUAAGCUAAAUAUGAAAGCUUUCAAUGUUGAACUUUAUUUUCUACUUUGACCCAUUAGUAUCUGGUUACUAAGCAAGUUGCCUUUAACCUUCUUUUUUCAGGCUGACUGAAUAUCAAAGAAGUUACACUGUGACUUUGUACCAUGGUGAAAUGCAAUGCUGCUUUUAAAAGGACUAUCCACUCUUGAUGGCAACCUUCAUGUGCGGGAUACUGUCACGUGGUGAAACAUUGUGUAAUAAAACUAGUGGAGAAAGAAUGCGGCCUUCUACACUUCGUGAACUUUGAAAUUUUAUGCAUUCAACACACUCAUAAAAUAUUAGAAGACAAAACGAGAUGUUCAUUGAACAGCAUUUGUAUGAAGCAUCUUCCUCGUUUUCCUAGAAUAAAAGACCAUAUACAUUUAAUUUAAAGUAUGUCUCUUUCAGAAAGCAAAGGUUUAAUUUUGGGGCUGCUUGCUGGUGCUGCUGGAAUAAGUGUUGCCCUAUUGUGGUUGAAGAAACAUGGAAAAUCUCACUACUUCCAACACAUUCCUGGUCUUUGGUCUACCUCUAAUGGUCAUGGCUUUGUUCAGGACCACCAAGGGAAGGUGGUGGUUUUACAAGGUAGCCAGCUUCAGAUCCUGGAAAAAUUUGGAGAAUUGUUGAAAAGUGUGGAAGAGCUCAAGCGGGAUGUAAAAUUUUUAAAAGAAACCAUUCCUAAACUAGAAGAACAAAUAAGAGACGAGAUUAGAGGGAAAAAUGAUGGACGACGGGUUAGCCCACAACAUAAAGGUCUCAAAAGAAAGAAAAGUGAGACAGCCAAAGAACCAGUGGAAUACCCUAGCUCAGAGGAAGCAGAGAGUGAAGGAGGGUAAGUCUUGCAUCCAUCAAAAUAUCUACCACCUUCAGUGAAUCCAAAUCCUAAGGAAAAUGAUUUUUAGUUUCAGAAUUAUUACUUAUUAUAAUGUUAGUAGCAAACUGAUAACAUAGUAAUCAAGUAUAAUCAAUAAAUAAGACUCCACAGUCUAAUCUUUAAAAAGAAAAAAAUGCCCAUUUUUAUUUUCUUUAUUAUGGGCACUGGGCAUUGUUUGAUUUAAGCACUCUUAAACUCAAAUAUGAUUUGAUUAUAUUUCCCUGUCCUAUUUCUUUGCUACUAUGCCUGUCUAGAUAGUUAUACAGGGAGAGAGGCUUUAUAAAUUCUACUGUCAGUUUAUUUGAAACUGACUCCCUUAUUAUUUCAUACUGCUUACUCCCUCUCUUUUCUAUCUGCAAGUAUUUCUGCUCUGGAUACUAUUGUGCAGCAAUCCUACAUUGUUUGUUUGGUCUUUUUUUGACCACGAUCAACAGCCCUAAACUGCCUUUUACUUUAGGGACCUGAUCCAUUAUUGCUAGUUAGCUAACUUGUAUGGCUCCACAUUGGGUUUUUGUGUACCCUGGACAGUUAGGGUUCGAGAUAUAGUACUUUAGGAAACAGCACUCAGAGGAGCACAAGUGUUAGACCAGAGAUAGGGGUCAUAAUUGGGAUUGAUUCUUUUCAUUUAAGCUAGUCUCUUAUUAAAGCUUUAUUUCAGUAUCUUAUAUCAUAUCCCCUUAUUCACUUGGAAGUGACCUCUACCUGCUUCUACCUUGGAUGCAUAGUUGCAUUAGUUACACUUGUAUAUACUUUAUUUUUCACUUAUUUCAUGGUCUCAAUUUUGUUUUGGGUUAGUCUAGCCAAUUAUUAAUAUUUAUUUCCUACUUGGCUAUGUUUAUAUCCAAGAGAUGCACAUGGUCUCAUGUCUUUACCUACAUUGAGACGAUUAGCAUCUAUCCUUUUUCGUUCUUUAUCGAAAUGUAUUUCACAUUUAUUUUUAUGUUCAUAUUAGCAAGUUUCAUUGUUUUUAAAAAAAAAAAAUUUUUUAUAACAUAUGCAGUUAUGUGGAUUAUAACAUGUCCUUCUCUAAAGGUUUGUAACAUGCCACAACACACAAUUUUGUCUGAGGCCAGAUUUGACAGUAGGAAGAGAUUGCAGCUGUCGGACCAAGGUUGGCGACAGCAGGUGUGAAUUUUUUUUUCAUUUUAGGUAUUUUAUUUUCUUGAUUUGCUACAUGGUAAUUUUUUUUAUUUUAUUUUAUUUAUUUAUUUAUUCAUUCAUUCAUUAACUGUUGUGGAGGAAGGAGACAUGUACAGUCAGGCUCACUUGUUGUUCCUCCAAACAUGGAGUAAGAAAGACAGAACUGAAUUUUUGGAGAGAGCUAACGGUACUUUAGCAUCCUUCACCUAAAAUUUAAGUAUGACUCUGAAUAUGUAUUGAUAUGUAGGCAGAGUGUGAUGACUUGACACAUAAUGAUCCAAAAAUGAAAUUGCACAUGAACCUUUACAAUUUAUUAAUUUGAAAAUACUUAGAUUUCUAUAUCGGGCAGUCUUAUAUUUGAUCUCUUUGUAUUACAUAGUUGAAAAGAAAGAGACUUGCGUUCAUCAAGUUCAUCCUUUCUCACAUGUUUUUGCUGUUGAUCCAAAAGAAGGCAAAAACCCCAGUCUGAAGCACUUCCAAUUUUGCAAAAAACUAGGAAAAAAAUCCUUCUUGACCCAAAAAUAGCAGUCAGAUAUCUCCUUGGAUCAAGCCGCUAUUACCCCACUAAUUAGAAAUUAUAUACCUGUAUGUUAUGUUUUUGCAAGUAUUUAUCCAAUUGCAGUUUAAACAUCUGUAUAGACUCUGACAAAACCACCUCUUCAGGCAAAGAAUUCCAUAUCCUUAUUGCUCUUACUGUAAAAAAAAACCUUUUGUUUGCCUUUGCCUGAAAUCUCCUUUGUUUAUGAAUAGAUUUCCAGAUAAUGGUUUGUACUGGCCCCGAAUAUAUUUGUAUAUUGUUAUCAUAUCCCCUCUGAAGUGCCGUUUUUCCAAACUAAAGAGAUUUACAUUUUUUAACCUUUCUUCGUAACUAAAAUGCUCCAUUCCCUUUAUCAAUUUUGUAGCUCGUCUCUGCACCUUUUCUAGUGCCAUAAUAUCCUUCUUUAGAACAGGUGCCCAAAAUUGCACAGCAUAUUCAAGGUGUGGUCUUACCAGCGAUUUAUAAAGAAGCAAAAUUAUAUUUAUGCACCUAUUUAUACAUGACAAAACCUUACUGGCUUUAGCAACUGCAGAUCGACAUUGCAUAUUGCUUCCUAAUUUGUUGUCUAUAACAAUUCCCAAAUUCUUCUCGUGUUAUCCCUAAUUCACUACCAUUCAGGUGUAAAUUGCUUGUGCAAGCUUGACCCCAAAGUGCAUAACUUUGCAUUUCUCUACAUUAAAUUUUAUCUGCCAUUUUAGUGCCAGUCCCCAAUCUAUCUAAAUCCAUCUGCAGCAAAGCAAUAUCCUGCUCACAUUUAAAGAUCCUGCUCACAUUUUAGAUAUACAAAGUUGACAGUGAGGAAGAAGCAAACUUGGUACUAGUUAGUAAAUAGCAUUCAAACACAUCAGGAAGUAAGCUUAGUUAAUUUAUUCAUGGGGAAAUUUGUCAUUGUGUAGUUUUCUGAAAAACUGUGUGAAAAUGGAAGUUGAAGUGGAGAUAUUGCCAGUAGAACAUGUGUGCAAUUCUACUUGGUUCCAUGUUAAUUAACCCAAAGCUUGACAAAUGUGUUUGGAAAGCCAGUUUAUUUUUUUAAACUAACAAAGUUUCAUUUUCAGUGACAAAAAUAAAAUUCUUAAAAGGACACUAGUCACCUGAACCACUAAAGCUUAAUGCAGUGGUUGUGGCGUCUAUAUCCUAUCCCUGUAGGCCUUUCAAUGCAUACUCUGCAUUGAGUGACUGCCACUUGAGGUGUUACUAGGCAGCAGACGACCACUAGAGCUGAUUCCUAGUCCAGUGCUGCACUGUGUGAAGCACCUAUGUUCAUCAUCCUCACAUUCUACAUGGAGGCUCUCAAUGUUCCACGUAGAGAUUGAUUCAAUGCAUCUCUGUGAGGAUAUGCUGAUUGGCACACCGUUUUGCCGCACAUGCACAUGGGAAAGCAUUGACUUGGCUGAGAUCAUCAAAAUGGAUUGUCAGCUAUGGAAGAGAAGUCAACCAUGGUGAGACUGGGCACCAUGGGAAGUUAAGGUGAGUAAAACAGCUUUCCCAUAUGAUUGGAGAUGAGGUCCAGUAACCUAAACACACACUCUCUGACUGACAAACACACUCAGACAGACAUUCACAUUUUCUUACAUUCUCACACAUUAUUUAUUUUUAUAUUUUUUGAAUUUAUGUCCUCCCUACCUUUUGAAGAGCUGGAGUGGAUCUUUUCCCUGGGUUCCUGUAAAGCUUGUGUAAUCUUUAGACUCUUCUUGCUCUGCUCCCACGUGCGCUGUUUAGUGAUGCUGGGGCCAGAGUGACCUCAUAUUUCAGCUGCAGGCAUCACAACAAGGCGCGCGAGAAGCAGAGUAAGAACUGCAAAAAUUUAGAACAAGGCACAGGGUUAUUCAAUAAAUAACAGGGUUAUUCAAUAAACUCAACAUUUCCACAGCCUAAAUUGGAAUUGCAUAAUUUUUACAAAAUUAGGAGCACUGAAACAAAUUUGCAACUCCGCUCUAGUCACAGCUUGCCUGGAGAGUAGCCGUAUUUAGCCUGAUUUAAUUUGGUUAAAUUUUAAACUUAGCGUAUAUUCUUGGGCAGUUUGAUAAAUUUUCCCAUUGUGUAUUUGAUUUUUGAAUAAUUGUUCAAUCAGCACCAUAACUACUACAGCGUGUUGUUUUGGUUAUGGUGUCAGGAUACACUGGAUCCUCCAAGUCUAAGUAGUCUAAGCUGUUUAAAAAGGUUUUACUUCCUGUGGUUCUCUGGGUGCUGUUCCCUGCCUCCUCUCUAGCCGGCAGCUCUAAGCAGUGCAGGGGUUAGCUCAUUGGCUGUGAGCGAUCAAGAGCUUCCAGCUCUCCUGGCAGCUGAAAGAAGACUUGUAAGAGAGACAAAAUAACUAAAAACUGACAUCAGUUUUGGCAUUUCUACCCUGCCUUUAAUCAUAUUAAUACCCCCAAGUAAUUUAUGUGGUACCUGGCGACUGUGCCUCUUCCAAUAGUUAGAUGGGGGGUCAUGUUGACCCCAUUGGAUUUUAUCUUAUUUAUUGUGAUGGCUGAUUUGCAAGUGCUGGCCAGCUGCCACAAAACUUAACUCUCAUGCCACCAAGGCUUUUUAUUUUUUUUUAAAAACUAUUUGCCUGCUGGCUGCUAGCACUGCCGGAGGGCAAAUAGUCCUGUUUUUUAUCAUUCAUUUGCAAAAAUUAAGAUAAUUUGUGUAUCCUACUAGAUACAUUAGGUCACAAGUUUUAUUAACCACUUAGUGACCUCGGACGUACAGGGUACGUCAGCCAAAAAACGGUCGUUAACAACUGCUGACGUACCCUGUACGUCCACGGCCAAAAUGAGCUAGACGUACCCUGGACGUCCCUCUCUAAGGGUAUUCCACGAUGCCUAAAUAUCGAGGCAUCGUGGAAUACCCCCCUACACUGCUGGGCACCUGAGCGAUCACUUCCGGGUUGCCGCAUGUGGCGCCCAGUAGUGUAUAGCCGAGCAUUCGAAGCAUUCAGGCAGGCUUCCAAUACUAGGGGUCGAGGCACUCAGUAAUAUAUAUAUAUAUUAACAUGCAUAAAUGGGGGUGCUGGAUCUUGUGUUUUGUAUUAUUUGGCCCCCAGCAGCACCCCCAUUUAUGCAUGUUCAGGUGAGUGCAGCCAACCCCGCCUUGUUUCAUAUGUAUAUAUUUGGGAGUCUAGCCAACUCCUUGGUUUUGCACCCCUCCCUGUCACAGUUGCCUCAUCCCAGGGCCCUAUUUAGCAUUGUACUGCAGAGAGCCCCAGAUGUAAUUUUUUUCCUCAAGUAAGUGGUUAAUCUUAUAAGAGCAGACAUUAGGCUGUUAGUGUAGGACCUGCCAAAGAUGGGGUACAUUAACGUUGUGGCAGGCUUAUGCAAUGUAUGAUCAUAUAAUGUAACUAAACCCCCAUUAUUUUUGCCUAGAUUAGGUGUUUUUAAAAAACUAAUAAAAUCUUUCAACAUUGAAGUUGCUGUUUAGUGGAUAGGUGAGUGCGCUGGAUCUUGUGUUUUGUAUUAUUUGGCCCCCAGCAGCACCCCCAUUUAUGCAUGUUCAGGUGAGUGCAGCCAACCCCCCCUUGAUAUAUAUGUAUAUCUCCUUAACGACCGUGGACAUACUGAGUGCGUCCUACAAAAAACGGAUGUUAAGGACCACAGACAUACCUAGUAUUUUCGCGGCAAAUAGGAGCCCUGGACUUAUCUGGACCGGCGAUCACAGCCAGGGGGGACUGCAGGAGACCCCAACAGUACCCCUGCAGCAGCUCCGGCCACCCCAGCCCUCCAGGGCCAUGUGAGCACCAUGAUCAUAUCGCUGCAAUAGGACUAUAGGAGCUGCCAGCAGGAGAACUGUUUGAGCUGUCAGUCCCCCAGGCUGCUAAAAAGUAAAAAAAAUAAAAUGUUAUACAUAUUACACAUAUAUACAUACACAUAUAUCUCAAAAUACAAUUAAAAUGAAAGCAUAUAUAUGCAUUAUAUAUGUAUAAUAAAUUAUAAAAUGUUUUAAAGGACCACUAUAAGCACCCAGACCACUUCAGCUCAAUGAAGUGGUCUGGGUGCCAGGUCCCUCUAGUUUUAACCCUGCAGCUGAUAACAUAGCAGUUUCAGAGAAACUUCUAUGUUUCACUGAGGGUUAUCCAGCCUCUAGUGGCUGUCUCAUUGACAGCCGCUAGAGGCGCUUCCGCGAUUCUCAAUGUUAAAAUCAGAGUGAGAAGACGCUGGACGUCCAUAGGAAAGCACUGAGUAAUGCUUUCAUAUGGGCUGUUUGAAUGCGCGCGCGGCUCUUGGUGCGCCUGCGCAUUCGGAUCUGACAUCGGCAGGGGGUGGAGAGUUACCCAGCGCAAAGGGAGCCCAGCGCUGGAGAAAGGUAAGUGGCUGAAGGGGUUUUAACCCAUACAGCCCAGCGGCAGGGCGGCCCCGAGGGUGGGGGGGACCUAAUGACCCUAUAGUGCCAGGAAAAUGAGUUUGUUUUUCUGGCACUAGAGUGCUCCUUUAAUUUAUAAUAUAUUAUACAUAUAUAGGAAAUAAAAGUGUGUGUGUGUGUAUAUGUAUGUGUGUGUGUAUAUAUAUAUAUAUAUAUAUAUAUAUAUAUAUAUCUAUAUAUAUAUAUAUAUAUAUAUAUACACAAAAAAUAAUAUAUAAGGUGCACUCACAGGUCUUAAACAAGUGAUUAAUUUAUUCCAACGUGCAAAUUACAUAUGCAAAAAAAUAUAUAUGAUGAUCGACGUUUCGACCCACAAAGGGCCUUUUUCAAGAUCAAUAAUAUCAUGUGUAUAAUAUCACACAUGAUAUUAUUGAUCUUGAAAAAGGCCUGUGAGUGCACCUUAUAUAUUAUUUUUUGUAUCUAUUUGAAUGCCAGAGGUUGGCACCCAGGCAAGAAUUUUUGAUAUAUUCAGGACAAAGGGUGAGUGCCAAGUUCACUUUUUAUAUAUAUAUAUAUAUAUAUAUAUAUAUAUAUAUAUAUAUAUAUAUAUAUAUAUAUAUAUAUAUAUAUAUAUAUAUAUAUAUAUAUAUAUGUAUAUAUAUAUAUGUAUGUAUAUAGCAAGUAUAUGUAUAUGCGGUGUAUAUAUGUAUGUGUAUAUAUGUAUGUAUGUAUAUAUGUAUAUAUGUAUGUAUGUGUAUAUAUAUAUGUAUGUGUAUAUAUAUAUAUAUAUAUAUAUAUGGCGUAUAUAUGUAAGGUAAAAGUAUAUGUAUAUAUGUAUAUAUGUAUGUGUGUAUAUAUGUAUAUAUAAAGGCAUAUAUGUAUGUGUAUAUAUGUAUAUAUAUAUAUAUAUGUGUGUGUGUGUGUGUAUAUAUAUAUAUAUAUAUAUAUAUAUAUAUAUAUAUACGUGUGUGUGUGCACAUAUACACACACACGUAUUUUAUAUAUAUAUAUUUAUAUAAUAUAAAUUACAAUUUUAUUUUAUUAUAAAAAACGAAUAAAACGCUAACUUUGGCCAGCGUUUGUGAGUGGCUACUACAAAAGACUGGACAUACCACUUUUUUUUUUUUUUUUUUUUUUUUUUGCGUGCAUGGGUUUACAGGAUUAUGCUUGCUAUGCUACAACAAUGGUCACUGGUAAGACGAGAUACAUGCUUAGUCAAUUACUUGCAUGGCAUUCUUAAAAAGCACUUUUUGUAUAGGUUUUAAAUCUGGUUAGAUACAAGCGGUGUUUAUGCGCCUUAUGUGUGGGUUCGUGGUGGUUGUAUCAUGCUUGGUGUUAAAGACGUGGUGGUUAAUAGGUAUGUGAGUGUUGGUAAAGGCUGUCUAGCGUGCUGAGCCUCUCAGCCUGAGUUACAUGGGCUGUGUUACAUUAAAGGUAUUUCCCUAACAGCUAGGGUGUUGAGGAGGAGAUGAGAAACGUGUUGGUCAUAGAAAGCCUCGACUGCCUUAUGUCAAGAAAUGUGGUGGCGGUGAGUGUACCCUUUACCUUAAGUGUGUUAUCUCCUGACCAUGGGAGUUGCAGGGGGGUAGGAGAGUGUGUACAUUGCCAUACGUAAUUUUGAGUGGACUUUCUGUCCACUGUGUGUGUGUGGCUUGUGCCGUGCCUCGACUAGCUGUAUAGGCAGCGGCUUAUGGAGUUAGGCAUUUAUGCGUUCUAGCAAGAAAAACAAGAAAAGAAGGAAAAGAAAACCAAAAACAAAACUAAGAUUUAGAAAGAGGCAGCUAGUAAGCCAAUCAAUAUAUAAUGUGAGCAAGAUCAUUUUAACAGUUCAGGGUCUUUGAGGGACUGUGCCUGCAUCCGGGGCUUGGGUCUGCCGGAGGAUUCAGUUGUAUUGUGGCAGGUUGGUCCCUAGAGUCUGUCUUCCGUCCGUUUUCCGGUGUUGGUAGCUCCUGGCCCUUGGUACAAAUGGAGCAGCAUGUACCGGGUCCCAAUUGCCCGCAACAGGUCUCUGGGGUGGGUUUGCAGUAGCCGGGGUCGCCAGUCCCAGGGCCUCUAGUAGCUUGGGUGCAUCCUCCAUUGAGGUGAGUGUGUGCUGGGUUCCGUUCUGUUUUACCAUCAGGGAGCCAUUAGUCCCCCAUCUAUCCCGCUGAUCUCAGGUUGCUGGUGAGCAGGAGGAAAAUUUUGCGCCAGGUGAGUGUGGCUUUCGUGAGGUCCUGAAAGAAAUUCAGAGUGGCACCCUCGAACCCCAGUGGUGUUUUACCUUUAAGGGCCAACAUGAUCAGUAUUUUGUCCUGAAGUGUUGGACAUUUGAGUAUUACGUCCCAGGCUGUAUUUGGUGGGGCCUUUGCUGAUGUUGGUAGGCGGUAUAUCUCUAUUGUGGCUAGUUUCUUUGCUGUGACUGGAGGUAGGAUUGUGACCAACAGGCGUCUGGCGUAGUGUGGAAGUUCGUCUUGCGAGGUUUCUGCAGGGAUGCCCCGUAUUUUUAUAUUGGUGCGUCUUUGCCUUUCUUCCAGUGCUGUUAAUUGUGCAGUCAUAGCCCUUUGCUGUAGUGAUUCUUGUAGUUCGGACUGGUGUUCCUGCAGGCUCAUAAUGUCCUUUUCAGACACCUGCACUCUUUCCUUGAUGGCCCUGAUGUCUUUCUUGAUGAGGGCCAGUUCUGCCGCUAAGAUUGUAUGAAAGUCUGUCAGCAGUAAUUUUAAAUCGUGCCUAGUGAUAGGGGUCAUGUCGGCUGGGUCGUCCAUCCGUGUUAGGCGCUCUGCCUGAGUGUCCAUGGAGGUGGUGGCCCUGUGUUUGGCUCUGCUUGCUCCUGGCGGUGAGUUUGGAUUGCGGGGUGCGGGGAUUCAGCAGGGCCUGUUUUGGCCUGUGCGGGCCGUUGGAGCAUGGCCCCGAUGUCCCUAUUGUCCGCCUGGUGUUGCGGUCACUGUGAGCGGCGUCCCAUAGCCGGCAUACAGUUAGGUUGGUCUGUUGCCGUUGAGAAUGCUCUUUCCCAUGCUUUCCUUGCUGCGAUGUCACUCAGGAUUGCCUCCAGGCCCAUGUAUGUUAGUUUGGGGUAGGCUCUGAGUUUUCUCCCCCGCUUGGGCUGGUGGGAGGCCGCAACAAAUGGGAUCAUUCGCCUCGGGGUAGUUUAAGGGAUCUUGCUGUCCACUUUUUGUGGGUGGAUGGGCUGAGGGUAUCUUGAUAUUUCUCGGGUUUGUUUGGUUUCGUUGAGGAGCACACAUGUAUGGCGUCUGUUCAGGUUGGUGGUCAGGCUCCGCCCCCAUGACAUACCCCAUUUUAAAUACCCUGGGUUGUCUACAUUUGAAAAUGGUAUGCCAUGAUUGGGUUAUUAUUUUACAUUCCUGGGCUACCAUAUGGUCUCAAAAGGCAACACAGACCCAGCAAACUAAUCUGGCAAACUAUAUUGACCCAGGGCCGGAUUAACAUAGGGGCUGAUGGAGCUGCAGCUCCAGGCCCAGGCCCAGGCCCAUGGAAUAGGCCCAUUGAUUUAAUUUUUUUUUUUACUUUUUUUUUUUUUUCACACACUACUCUUAGGGAUUCCACAUGGCUUUUAUUUUAUUGGCACAGCCAGUAUUUGAGGCUGCCUGGCUGGUGCCAAUAUUGCAGUGAUACUGGCAAAAUAAAUGCUGGUAUUUUUCUCAGUAUAAAUGGAGAUUACUCUGCAAUACCAGCACUGGCCAGUAGGGGUCGCUGUAUGUGGAGACAGGCAGGGAUAGGAAGUUCCAGCAUAUCCCUCCCUGCCUAUCUAUAAUCACUGAUCUACAGGGGAGCAGCUACAGAGAGUCCAGACAGCAACUCCCACCCUGCAGAGACAGCCUACAGCUCAGGGAAGUAAGGGAUGGGGGAAAGGCUGCAAGGAGACAUACACUGAGACACUAAGGGGCACUGGGAGACAUUAUGGCAGACACUGAGACACUAAGGGACAUUGGGAGACAUUAUGGCAGACACUGAGACACUAAGGGACAUUGGGAGAUAUUAUGGCAGACACUGAGACACUAAGGGACAUUGGGAGACAUUAUGGCACAGACACAUGGGGUCAUAGUGUCCCCAUGUCUCCCAGCCAGUGUCCCUGGUGUCUCAGUGCCCCCUAGUCUCCCAGUGACCCCUAGUCUCCCAGUGCCCACAGUCUGCCAGUGUCUCACUGUCCCCAUGUCUCCUAUUGCCUCAAUGUCUCUCAGUGCCUCAAGUGUCACAAUGUCCCCAAGCUAGUGUUCCUAGUGUCUGUGGCACUGGUGUCUCAGUGUCCCCAUGUCUCCCAGUGCCCCCAUGUCUCAAUGUCCCCAUGUCCCCCAGUCAGUGUCUCUAGUAUCUUUGUCCCUGGUGUCUGUGUCCCCAUGUCUUCAAGUGUCCCCUAUUUUCCCAUUUUCCCCAUGUGUCCCCCUAGUCUCCCAGUGUCACUGGUGUCUCCUUGUCCCUAGGUCUCCCCGUGUCCCCAGGUCUCCCCGUCUUCCUAGUGUCCUAGUGACAUGGGGACCCUGGGAUACAUGGGGACACAGGGAGACAUGGGGCAUUGAGACACUGAUACAUAGGAUCACUGGGAGACCUGGGGACACAACACUAGGGGACACUGGGAGACAUGGGGCACUGAGACACUGAUACAUAGGAACACUGAGACCUGGAGUAAUCGACACAUGGGGGCACUGAGUCAUGAGGGCACUGGGAGACAUGGGGGCACUGGGAGGAAUCCAUCUAUACAGCAGAUUUAAACUAAGUAGUUUUUUGGUGAUUUUACAGCAUUUUCUCUUAUGUCACUCCUUGUGAUUUACAUCAUGUGAUGUCACCCACACAUAUUUAAUUAUGCAAAUUAGUAAGGCCGGUAUGUUUUUCCAAGAAAGGUGGCAACCCUAACUACUUUUCACAUACUCUUACUUAAGUAUGGAAACUUAAGAGGGAUGUAUGGGAACAACAUUUGUGUGGACUGGCUGACAAUGAAUAUAGGUAAAGAAACACUAUAGUCACCAGAACAACUACAGCUUAUUGAAUUUGUUCUGGUGAGUAGAAUCAUUACCAUCAGGCUUUUUGCUGUAAGCAUGGUCUUUUCAGAGAAAAUGCUGUGUUUACAUUACAUACUAGUGAUAACUUCACUGGCCACAUGACUGUUAGAGAUCCUCCCUGGGUCAUGGCUGCCUAAAAUGCAUCCAAACAUUCAGUAUCUCCUCCCUCUGCAUGCAGACACUGAACUUUCCUCAUAGAGAUUCAUUAAUUAAAUUCAUCUAUAUAAGGAGAUGCUGAUUGGUCAGGGCUGUGUUUGAAUCAUGCUGGCUCUGACCCUGAUCUGCCUCUUUGUCAGUCUCAGCCAAUCCUAUGGGAAAGCACUGUGAUUGGAUCAGGCCACCACUUCUAAUGAUGUCAGCAGACUGCUUGUUUUUAUGAGCCUAACAGCAUUCAGAGUUACAGCUUCAGGCUUGAAUAUAGUAGGAUUUUGCUAUAUUUAUGGAGGCAUGUGGGGCCCAGGGGGCUGGAUGGUGGUGUUAACACUAUAUGGUCAUGAAUUCAUGUUUGUGUUCUUGACCCUAUAGUGAUCCUUUAAGGUAAUGCUGACUUUGGUCUCUCUAACACUGUGGCAUGUUCCCUUUCUUCUACACUCACUACAUACAGCUUUUCUCUGUCCCAGACCAUAUACCAGGAGCUUCUGCCUGCUAGUAAGAAGGUUAGGAGACAAGUGGACCAGCGAGUGCUAGGGGACAGUCCUUAGAAAGCGUUGAGCGAGCGCAUCAUUAGAUGCAUUUAUGCCAAGCUCAGGGUGCUGUCUGCAUAGUAUGCCCUUUGUUGGCCAGCUGCAUGAUUGGCAGGCAGCCUGACAUGCAUUCAUGCCAGGCUGGCCUUCUAAUUCUUUGAGCAGACAUGUCCUCUUUUUGGGCAUGUUCGCCCCUUUUGGCAGGUUACGUGAUUUGUGUCAGUGGCACACCCUUUUACCAUGCCCAUUGACUUCCUGCUUGACUGGACACUGCUGUAAGGGGUUAUGGAUUACUUGAAAGAUGAAAACAUAAAUUAGAGAGAGAUUAGCCUAUGGUAUGUGUUUUCUUAUAGCUGCUGUUUUCUUUCUCUCCAGCACCAUCUCCAUCUCCAUCAGAUACAUGAUGCUUGGGAGUGUUGUACUGUUUUUGGUCGAUAUGAUUCUGUAAUUAGGCCCGUCAUAAUUGUCAGCACCAGGCCCACUGGGCUCUUAAUCUGGCCCUGUAUUGACCCUGUAACUUUCAAAAACACCAUAAAACCUGUACAUGUGGGUAUUGUUAUACUCGGGAGACUUCGCUGAACACAAAUAUGAGUGUUUAAAACCGUAAAACCUAUCACGACGAUGAAAUCACCAGUAAAAGUGCAGUUUUUGUGUAAAAAAAAAAAAAAUAAUGCAAAAAACUAAAAAUAAAAACGCUAACUUUGUCCAGCGUUUGUGGCUAAGUGGCUACUAAAAAGACUGGACAUACCCCAUUUUGAAUAUCGUGGGUUGUCUACUUUUACAAAUGGUAUGCCAUGAUGGGGUUAAUUUUCAUUCCUGUAGUGCUAUGUUGUCUCAAAGGCAACAUUGAGUUUUCGUGGCAAAAGAAUGCAUAAAUAUGGUUAAAGAAUAAGCCUGCCAUAAUUUUUUCUCACUUACCAUAAAUUUGCACCAAAUACAAUGAAUUUGUUGUAUAUCACAGAGAUGCAUAAUGUAUUAAAUGUAAAAUUUCUGAUCCAGCGCCACUAUUAUCUCAUCUUCGUAGGGGUUAAUCUUCUGUAACUCCCUCCAGUCGCCCUUUGUUCCUCGCAUGCUCAACCUGGUCUUUCAUUCAUAUGACCUGCUUAAUGAAGCAUCCCAAACAGGGCAAACCUCCUCUGUGACAACAUGCCGUUUCUUUCCCCCCAACAUUCUGGCAUCUGAAUGGAGUGACCUCAAUCCCUCCAUUCUUAUAAUACCUGCCAGCGUUGGCACCAUCAGGCUAGGCAGAGACUAUAAGAAUGUACCUGUAGUGGACCGGGUAACCUGACUGAUUACCUCCGCUAAUUCCUUCUCACAGCCAGACUGGAGCCAUUAAAUAUGCAAGCAUCCAUUCCCCCAGUCAACUGAUUUUAUUCAAGCCACACACGGCUUUUAUGCACAGACGCCUAACAUGGGGUCUCCAAUACAACAUUGCAGGGUUUUCCUCCCCAGGGUCCUUUGUGCUGGAGAGAUAAUGUGGGUGAGAAAAACUAUACCGUAUAUACUCGAGUAUAAGUCGAGUUUUUCAGCACAGUUUUUGUGCUGAAAAACCCCCACUCGACUUAUACUCGAGUCAAUGUCUGUAUUAUGGCAACUUACAUUUCCAUAAUACAGACAAGGACCGCCGGGCUCAUUACAAGCCUGGCGGUCCUGUUGGGGGCUGGCAGAGAGCUGUGACUUACCUUUCCAGCUCCCCUGUCAGCUCCACUGUAAAUCUCGCGAGAGCCGCGGGGUCAGAGCGUUGCCAUGGGUUACCGUGGCAACGCUCUGCACGGCACUCAGACCGCAAGACUUACAGUGGAGGAGAAGAGAGCUGACUGGAAUGGAGGAGAAGGGAGCUGACAGGAGCUGCAGGAAAGGUAAGUUACAGCUCGCUGCCAGCCCCCCUCCUACACAGCCCAUCCACUGGACCACCAGGGAAUGAGAGCCCCCCUACCUGGCCAGCUAACAAGCAGGGAGGGGGGACGGAAAUAAAUAAAUAAAAAUUUAAAUAAUAUUAAAAUAAUAUUAAAAUAAAAUUAAAAUAAUAAUAUAAAAAUAAUAAUAAUAAUAAUUAAAAAUAAUAAUCAAAUGCCCACCCCCCACCAAGGCUCUGCAUCACAUACACGCACUCCACUCAUACACACACACACACCCACACACUGCAUUCAUACACACACACCCACACACUGCAUUCAUACACACACACCCACACACUGCAUUCAUACACACACACACACACUGCAUUCAUACAAACACACUGCAUUAUAUACACACACACACACACUGCAUUCAUUAUAUACACACACUGUAAAUAAAUAUUCAAUUGGUAUAAUUUUUUGGGGAUCUAAUUUUUAGAAAUUUACCAGUAGUACCACCCUAGUCUUAUACUCGAGUCAAUAAGUUUUCCCAGUUUUUUGUGGUAAAAUUAGGGGUCUCGACUUAUAUUCGGGUCGACUUAUACUCGAGUAUAUGCAGUAAUUUAAUUAUCUCUCAGGUACAGAAAACUUCUACAAAAUAUACAGUACCCCAAAAGUACCCCCAUCAUAACCAGGAACCCCACAACAGUUACAUCUCCGGAUAGCUCUGAUCUGAGUGUAUAAUCUGGCCAAGUAUCACUCAGAUCUGUUUGGUAGAAUUGGAUUGUCACCAGGCUAACGGUUUGACCGACCGGACACGAGGGGAUAGCCCAAAACAGUUCUAGGGAAAUAUGUGCCCCAGCCGGUCUCUGUUGAGGGUUUUAUGUGAGAAAACCAUGCAAGGGAUUCUCUUGAUUUCGGUGUACGAAUGCUCCCCCCAGUCGUAGUUCCCGUCUCCCGAACGUUGUUCGCAUAGUUGGUCAGGAAAUAGAACAGGCAGUGGUAUAACCUUUACUGGGGUUCGUGCGAGUGCCUAGCCGAAAAACGUUCCAGGCACUCGACGAUCAAGUGAUGCUGCCCCUUCAGGAGACAAAAUGGCCGCCACUCUUUUGCCGACCACAUGCAUUCGGUUAGACGAAAUGGCGGCCACCCAGGGGAAGCAUUAAUUAAUUACUUCCCUUGCGGUUUCACACUUAGUUACUAGGUGAGCAUAUUCUAAUGGGGUACCAUGGAGGUCCUCGUUCGGGAGUCAAAUGCACAGUGUUUGGAUACCAUACCUCCCGAACGGAUAAAAGGUAAAACAUCUGAAAUCAGAGGUAUGUUCUGCCACAGUAAUGUAAGUAAUGUAAAAAUGCCAUGCAACUAUAUGAUAGUUUCUAUCACCAUUUCGCAGUUCCUUAGUAAUCUUAAGUAAUAUUUAGUGCAAUUCAGGACAUUACCCCAGAGACUUGAACUUUGAUCCAUAUAUUUUAUUCCUGAUAUUUAUUGGAAAGGCACUGCUGCUACAGUAAACCAUUUAGUGUGGAUAUGUUACCUUGGGCCUAAUUAAUAUAUUGUACUCCUUUCAAAAAUUGCUUACACGUAAGGCUUGGAAAUUUUGUGGGGACUCAUCUUCUUAAAGAACCACUGCUUGGAGACUGUCUCCACUGAUCUUUAAGACACACAUAUUUAUUACAUAGGUUGUUAAUAGUUUCUAAAUUCCAGAACACAAGUCAUAUCUUUUCAGAUAACAAUAAAGACAUGAUAGUAAAUGGAUAUAUUAACUUUUAUCAGUAAAGUGAAAGAUAGCAUCUCUGUUCUCUGGACAUCAAAUCAGUGUUGUCAUAAUAACUCACUUUUGAAAUGUGAGAUUUACCACACAAUUUCUUUGAGACUUACUUUACUGAGACAUUAAUAAAAGCUUGGGAGGGAGGGCCAUCUAGUGGCAAUAAUUAAAAAAAAAAAAUAGAAAAAAAUUCAAAUUUAAGGCUUAAAUAUCCAAACUGAAUACAGUUUGAUUCACAAUAGAUUCACAAUUUUUUUUUUUUAAUUCAGCUGUUGUGUCCUAUUCUCACUUUUUAGUGUUUGUUUGAUUUCCCCCAAAAUAUUAGUAAUUUUAGUGUUUAUUGUCAACUUGCAGCGUCCCUGUUUUCGAACAAUGUAAAACCUGGCCUUUUCUGAAAAAUGGCUCUGUCUUUAUUUGUCCAUAGCCAAGCCUUUAUUGGCUGUCACACUUACAGCUACUAGAGUAGGGUUUAGAGGGUCUUCCUCCUUAUGACUUGUGAAAAUAAGUGGUCGUCAUAUUAACUGUUGUGAGGUGUUGGUGGACUCCACAGACGUGCUCCAUGUUCUCUAUGAGAAACAAUUGAGAAUAAGCUUUGAUAACUGAUGACUUCACUGGAGGUGGAGCAGCUGCACAAAUGAGACUGUCCUAGCACUGGAUUACAAGUUUUAUGGCGAUACAUGACAUUUUUCUUUAACAUGGGGGAGGAUAGUCAUUUAAUACUGAUAAGAACACUCUGAUCUUUGAGUGUUCCUUCAAGCUAGAGCUUUGUUGUAACUUCUAAAUAUAUGUGUUUAACAUCCAUGUUUUAUUCAUAUAUUCAUUCUUUGCUGAAAAUAUUUGUUAGCCAAUUUUGUUUAAAUAUUUCUUUAAAUGUGUUAUGCUUUGCAAAAGAAUUGAAUGUUUUUGCAGUGAAGUAAAGGCUUGUAAAGUAUCACUGGACAUUCUAAAACACUUGCAGGGCUUCAUAUUGGCAAUACCAUUUCCAUGUACCUAAAAAUGAAAGGUGAAAGCUGGUUUAUUGCUUGGUGGGAGUUGUCCCCCAAUAGCUGAAGGUCCACAUGCUUGCUAUCUUGACAUAGAAACAAUUUAAAGAAUCCUGAAAAUAAGAACAUUUUUAACGUAAUCUUAUUUUUUCUUUUAAUUUUUUUGUUCUUUUUUGUGAAAUUAUUUUACAAUUAAAACUUUUGACAACACACAUGUGCUGCAAAUUAACAAGGGAAGGAUAUGUAUUCUUCAGUGUUUAAUGUUUUACAAUGUCUCUAAUAAAAAAAUGGAUUUUGAUGCACAACAAUGUUAAGUAUGUAUAUCUUUUAAGGAGAAUUUUGCCUUUUAAAGUCUAUCUAAUCCUUCUUCGUGCAGAUACUUGACAGCUCACGACACAGAAUCAGAGGAUGAGAAACGUGCUGACGGUUCCAAGACCAAGAAAGAGGCAGAUAAAAUACGUUAUGUUCUCAAGGAAGCAGAUAAAAAACAUUCUGGUUCUGAAUCAGAAAAGCAGGAAGGAUUCAGAAUGUUGCUUAACAACAAGGAAAAGGUAUUCAUUUAUUAAAUUGUAUUAUUUCCAAAAUGUAAGUCACAGAUGUGUUUCUAAAAUGUUAUAAUUUUGUUCAGUUACUGUAAACUUAAAUUACUUAUAGCCUGGUGGCUAUAUAUAUAUAUAUUUAUAUAUAUAUAUAUAUAUACACAGCCCAGAUAUAUGCACUCAGAGGGCUUGUAGUCUUGUGCAAUAUAUCCUUUAUUUGUGCAACGGUACAGUCAACAUUUCAGUCCGACUUGGAUUUUUUUAAGUCCAAGUCGGACUGAAAUGUUGACUGUACCUUUGCACAAAUAAAGGAUGUAUUGCACAAGACUACAAGCCCUCUGAGUGCAUUUCUCUGGUAAGUUAUAUUGGGGCACAAAAUAGCACUGCGGCAGGAACAGGACAGAAAUGUGGCUGCCAAGCCCAUGGUGGGGAGAUUAACUUAAUUAAAUUGAGCUAAAACACACAUCUAUAUUUUGGUAAGCAACGUUCACAUUAAAAUUCUUUCUAGAAAGACAUUAAAAUUCUUUCUGCAAGGAGGUAAGGGAUUACUGCUGAGCUUACACAACCCAUAUAUAAAUAAUAAAAGGCAUGCAAACAUGUAUAAUUUGUAGUAUAACAAGUGCACACACACUGAGAAGAUUGCACUCCUCUUAAAAUAAUGCUUUGUGAGGUCUGGUAGAAGAAUAAGAUAGCCAUGGUAAUAUUCCAGCAGCUUGCAUGCUGAAGAAUGAUGUCAGGAAAUGUAUUUUAAAAUUUACUAAAGCUCUGCUUUUGAGAGUUGUGUAAUACAUUGCCUACAUUUUACAUUUGUAUAUGUGUGUGUGUAUAUAUAUAUAUAUAUAUAUAUAUAUAGAUAUAUAUAUAUAUAUAUAUUAUUUUAUAAGGAGCACUGCAACCUCUACAGCUAACUACAGUGGCUGUGAUGCUGGUAUGCAGUCCCUCAAUUGACAUUUUCUGUCAGAUGUUUUUCAGAGAUUCGCUUGUGACCCAAAGCAGUCAGCUUGAAUCAUUGCAAAGAGGCUGUUUUUUUUUCAUGCUCACUUUCUAUCCAAGUGUUUGCAUUGUCUUUACAAUUUGGACAUUCUUAAAUAAAAUUCAAAUCCUUCUAUACUACAUUUAUUACAGUUUACUCACUGUCACAUUUGUGUAACAUACUCAGUUCUUACUUUCUUUUUUAUGUGUAUAAUAUGGAGUUGUAUAGUUAUAAUGGCAGACAUCCUAGAACCACCAAUGGCAGGGCAAGAUGGCAAUGGCAUACUUAACACAUAAAAUCCUAGUGGUGCCUAACUAAUCUCAUCGCAUAUUCUAACUGCUAAUCUACAAAUACAAAUUAGUGUUUGCUUUGGCUGUCUUUUAUAAUCUACUACCUACCUCACUUUUUUUUUUUUUCUUCCUCACUACCUUUUUUUUUAGUUUGAAAAUCAUGUUGAAUUUCUUUGGAGACUAGCACGGGCAUAUAGCGACGUGUAUUAUAUUGAAAGCGACUAUGAAGAAAAGAAGAAUUACGCAUCUGAGGGUAAAGAAUAUUUUCAUUUAAACAUUUUUAGCUUUAGGUAUUUGUUUUUUGAAAGGAGAAGAGUAUUUAUUAAAAUAGAAAUACUAAAAUGUUUUAAUUGUUUGUGUUGGAAAGAUAUGUCCAGUAAAAGUGGGUUACUAUCUUUAUGUAUAUAAUUGUAUAUAAAAUUUGUGUUGAAAUAGUUUAUGAAGUAAAGUAACAUUGUAUUGUGGUAAUUGCUUCUUUUCUCUUAAAGGGACACUAUAGUCACCUGAACAACUUUAGCUUAAUAAAGCAGUUUUGGUGUAUAGAACCUGCCCCUUCAGCCUCACUGCUCAAUCCUCUGCCAUUUAGGAGUUAAAUCCCUUUGUUUAUAAACCCUAGUCACACCGCCCUGCAUGUGACUUGCACAGCCUUCCAUAAACACUUCCUGUAAAGAGAGCCCUAUUUAGGCUUUCUUUAUUGCAAGUUCUGUUUAAUUAAGAUUUUCUUAUCCUCUGCUAUGUUAAUAGCUUGCACCCUGCAAGAGCCUACUGUAUGUGAUUAAAGUUCAAUUUAGAGAUUGAGAUACAAUUAUUUAAGGUAAAUUACAUCUGUUUGAAAGUGAAACCAGUUUUUUUUUUCAUGCAGGCUCUGUCAAUCAUAGCCAGGGGAGGUGUGGCUAGGGCUGCAUAAACAGAAACAAAGUCAUUUAACUCCUAAAUGACAGUGAAUUGAACAGUGAAAUUGCAGGGGAAUGAUCUAUACACUAAAACUGCUUUAUUUAGCUAAAGUAAUUUUGGUGACUAUAGUGUUCCUUUAACUAUUGAAUUCCCUAAUGCCUCGAUUUAAUAUUGCUGGAUAAGCUUUUCAAAUUAUUUAAUAUAUUUGGACUUUUAAAAUAUUAAAAUAUCAAAGAAUAUACCAUAUCUAUAAAAAAGAAGUGUGUAUAUAUAAAAAAAUCAACACAUUACAAUUUUUUUUCAGAAUAUUAAAUCAUUUUAAAGCUUCAAUAUUCAAGCAAUCAAUAUUAAAUUAUUUUGAAGCAACAAUAUUAAACCAAGUCCUGAACUGGGAAAUAUUAAAUUUAGAAAAGUAAAAGUAGAAAAUCUCUUAAAUUCUUAAUUCUGUUAUUUUGACCAAAGUAUGCAAUUCUGGUCAUUUCUCUAUAAUUCCUUGUUUGAUGAACAACCUUUGCGCUUGGCCAGGCCAAUUGUCACUCCAGAUGCAGUUAAUUAAUUUAUUUUUACAUUUUAUUGCAGAACACAAUAAAGGGAAAAAAAAAAAGCAUCACAUUUUAAUUGCAUAGUGUAAGUUGCAGAUGUGUUACAAUACCCAUAUAAAGAAAAUAUGAACAGAAAAAAGAAAUUAAAAGAACGGGUAAUCAGGACAUAGUCACAGCGUAGAAAGCAAAACAUAGUAAUAUAAUUUCUUGGGAUUCACUAGAUUGUUUCCUGAAUAACAUGGUCAGCGGGAUGGCCGAGUGGUUAAGUCGUUGGUAAAUCCUCAAAUGACACUGAUGGUUUUAACAAUCCCAAAUAUUAUUGAUCUCUUAAACGUGGAAAAUUUUCAUUACUAUUAUUCUACUCAACCCGUUUCAAAUUCAGAAACAAACUACAAAGGAUAUUUGCUGCAACUAUUUGUCUAAAUCGAACCCAAAAGGCUUCUGAGAAAUUCCUGAGAUCAUACAGAAAUAUCAACUUUUCUGGGAUAGGCCUUGGCCACUGCUGUUUUAUACUAUGGAUAACAGCUCACCUAUGGGUAAGCUCACCUCUGAGGGUGGUAACAUUAGCCAGGGAUCAACUCCUGUGUGGGAGAGAGAGAGAGAAAAGGUGCAUAUGUAUCCUGUUGUGUGGUGACCCAUGUGUUCCAUCUCUGCAUAUGGGCUUGGAGUUUAUUUAAGGAGAAGGCUGUGAGUUCCUCCAUAUGUCUAAUGUCCUCGACCCUGUCCUUCCGCUCCUCUAAGGUGUGCAGAGACCUACAGUUUAUGGGGAUGAGGCAUUUAGCCCUUUAUUUAUUUAUAAAAUAUUUCACUAGGAAGGAUACAUUGAGAUUUCUGUUGUUUUCAAGUAUGUCCUUGGCCCACCUUUGCAUUUAGUUCACCUACAGAAAAUGUGUAGUCCAAACUUGGUGUUAUAGUAAGAGGUAGCAGUAUAUUGCUACUCCUGCUAUCACAGAAUUAACUUCUCUAUGCAUGUACCGACAAAGCAUGCCUGAGACUUAUAUAAUUAUCCAGCACCCUGAAUCUGUAUUAGCCUUAGGGGAAUUAGUGAACUAUGUGCUACUGAGGUACAUAUAUUUUGCCCCUGCUGCACCACCUAGAAACUAUUGGGUUCAACUUAGAUGCUGAUCUCCCAGAUUCCCAGGUGUUUGAGAAUCCAGGCUUUAAUUGGUACCCUUACUACUCUUCCAGUAAUUUUUUUUUUAAUUGGAAUAAUCUCUUAAAGGGACACUCCAGUGCCAGGAAAACAAUCUGGCACUGCAGGUCCCCUCUCCCUCCCACCUCUCAUCCCCAGUUGCUGAAGGGGUGAAAACCCCUUUUAGUCACUUACCAGAGGCUGCUUCUUCCCCCGCCGCCACUCCUCCCCUUUAUUACGUCAGCUGGCGGGGGAGACUGAUCCCGCCCGCCAGCUGGGGAGACCGCAUGCGCGGCUUUUCAAUGCUUUCUUAUGGGUAUUUUAGCAACGCUGGAGGUCCUCACACAGUGUGAGAACGUCCAGCGACGCCAUAGCACAGAAAACCUGUGCUAUGGACCAAGAAGUGCCCUCUAGUGGCUGUCUGGUAGACAGCCACUAGGGGAGGACUUAACCCUGCAAGGUAAUUAUUGCAGUUUAUGAAAACUGCAAUAAUUACAGUUGCAGGGUUAAGGGUAAUGGGAGUUGGCGCCCAGACCACUCCAAUGAGCAGAAGUGAGUGCCUGGAGUGUCCCUUUAAGCAAUGAAGUUUGAACACCUAUUUUUAUUUCCCCUUUUUGUAUACUUACAUGUAACCUAUAAUAUUCAUCAGCUAUACCUCACUGAUGAGGCCCAAAGAAGGCCAAAUUCAUUCAAAAGGCCAAAUGGAAUUCCAAUAGAAUCAGGGGAGCGGACAGGGAACAGAGGUGGUCAGGUGAUGAUGAUGAGUGGGACGUGAAAUAAGGAAAUGUUGAUGAGGUAGGGAUGAGGAGAUAAGACAAAGGAUAUUUGAAGGGUAUGAGGGAUAGUAAAGUAGUGAGGUAAAUUGGGUACGGAUGAAUAGGAUGCUAAAGAAUAAUAAAUGACUUAAAAUGUGAAAACAAAAGAGGUAAAGACAUAUGGUAAUAUUGAAAUAGGGAGAUGUAACUAUGUUAAUAUGAAAUGGAGCAUUUAACUAAGUUGGGUUACAAUUAGAUAAAAGAUGGAAUAAGUGAAAGAGGUAGAAUAAUGGAGAUAUUUUGCUUUAAAAGUAGGGAUAGUAUUGGGGUAUAUAUGUAAAGAAGAAGUUAGUAUAUAAAGGUUAUUUAGUUUGGUAAGGUUGGAGGGAUGUCUAACAUUUAUUUAAAUGAGCACUGAAGAUUGUAAUUUAACCUCCAUUUUAAUGCAUUCAAAAUAUGUAUACGUUUCUAAAGUAAUAAAUAUAAAAUAAUUUUACAUUUAAAUUCCCAUGAUCUUUUUUUCCCAUUCUUGGAGAAAUUUAUGUAGAUUGACUGUGCCAGACAGUGAGUAGCAAUAAUUUAAUCUUUGUUAGAAGCCCUGAAAUAUCAAUGGUCAUAUUUAUACAUAUUUAACGGAAAUCAGUACAACACAAUAUAAGCACCAGCAAUAAGCCUUUGGGAUCAAGGUCCAGGGUUAAAUUCUCUGUGGGUUUUAAGCAAAAAUCCACCAAAUGGUACCUCCGUGCAUUAAGUACACGAAAGGCUUUCUGUGUGUGAAAUAAAGUAGUCAAAGCACAGGACAUUGGCAAUUGGAAAUUGGCACAAUAUGGAUCAUUGAGGGUCAGACAAGCAUGAGUUGGAUCUUACUGUUUUCUGUUUGAGUCCUAUAGUCUAUGGUAGAGCAAGCCAACACUGCAUAUAUUUGUGCCUUUUAUCACCUUUCAUUUUUAUGCUGCUGUUCAGAACAUUUAUAAUUAGAAGCCCUGAAAUAUCAAUGGUCAUAUUUAUACAUAUUUAACGGAAGUGGAUAUAUAAUGAUAUUAAAGAUCAAAAUAGAGCUAGCUCAAUUAAUUAAACUUACAUUUAUUUAUUUUUUUGUAACAAUGAGCUGUGGACAUCAACAUUCAUACUGUUUUGUAAAUUAAAUGAAUAGUACUGUGUAGCUGAAUCUUUAAGUUUUUUUGUUCUUGAAGUUGGUUGUGUGAUGUAUCAGGUAGGCCGUCCAUUUCUUAUUAUAUUCCACAAUGAUUAUAUCACAACAUUUUCUUUUGUUUCUUUCAGGGAAGCUUGUUGCUGAAAGAGCUAUUGAAUUAAAUGACUCUAGUGCGGAGAGCCACAGAUGGUAUGUUUUACUGACUGGUAUAAAUGUAUUUAUUUAUAAAAUAUUUUACCAGGAACGAUACAUUGAGAUUUCUCUCGUUUUCAAGUAUGUCCUGGGUCCACAAAACAUUGCAUUGAUACAAUAGGGUACAACAAAAUACAAAAACAAUAUUAAUACACAAUAUAUACGAAAACUGACUGGUAUAAAUUAGGUUAUAUUGCUAGAAUCUAAAUGUUCCCACUAGUGGCAACAUGUACCCUCCAAAUAGAGUAUUCAAAUUAGGAAUUUUCACACUGGUUUUAAAUUCUCCAUGCUUUGUCACGUGCUACUUAUGUAUGGUUCUCUUUCAAUCACAAUAUGAAGGUAACACUAUCUUAGAUUAUCCAUACAAAAUGUGCAUGUAAAGCCCUGCUAAGAAUGUUUUGGUAGUUUAAUGCCUGUCUACUGUGAGUUAAAUAUGUUUGUCUAAAAUUUAUUAACAGUAAAAUUUCUUAGAAAUACUAAGGGAUUAUCAAGUGCAGAUAAAAUACUGCUGUUUACUAAGCAAGCUUUCUCCUACAUUAAUCUCUUGAGAAAUUCUCAUUACUUUGUGAGUGAACUCUGUUUUUUUUUUUUGGAUUUAAUAUAUCCUACAAUUAUUGGCGACCAUAAGUAUGCAAUAUGCCAGUCUUGUUAGAUGAUUGCAAAGCUAAUCAAGCUGUUUUGUCUGCCCUCUGUGAACUCACGCGAAGCACUCUGACAAAUUAAAACAUGCACGCCUUGAUCUGUUUAUGAAUUGCAUUUAUAAAACAACGCAUGCAGGAAUGAUAAUUAGUGAAUCUGUAGUGUGCAAGAUCAAAGGGACUGUAUUUUAGUUUUCACUUAUAUGCUAUUCUCUAUUUCGAAUGUCUGGAAUUUUUCCUCAAAUAGCUUAUAUAUAGAGUAUUCAAAGGAAUGUGCUUAUCCUUUAGUAUGUCUUACAGCAAGUGCUUUACAUCAUGAACCACUGUGAAUGCUGUGUCAUAUGCAAAUGAGGCAUAAAUAUACCAGACAGAAAUUGUAUUUUUAUCUUUAUAAAUUACGAGAGAAGCCUAGUGUUUCUGAAUAUUGAAGGAAUGCAACAAAAAUGUCAAAGCAGUUAAAGGAACAUUUUAGGGUCAGGAACACAAACAUGUAUUCCUGACCCUAUAGUGUUUAAUCCAUUUAGGUGGCUUUCCCCCUUAGAAAAGGGGAAAACUCACCUUAUUUCCAGCGCUACGCGGGUCUGCCGACGCUGACCCCGCCCCAUUCGGCCUCCUUGGUGUCAUGAUCAGAAUUGCCAAUUUUUAGCCAAUUGGAUUGACUGAAAUCAGCAAAGAGGCGGGAUGGGGGUGGGCCCAAACGCCCUUUUUGCCAAUCAGCACCUCCUCAUAGAGAUGCAUUGAAUCAAUGUAUCUCUAUAAGGAAAAUUCAGCGUCCCCAUGCAGAGCAUGGAGACGCUGAACCUGCUGUGCAGCAUUGCCCCCGGAAGCACCACCAGUGGCAUCUGAGUAGUGGCCACUUGGAGGUGUCCCUAGGGGCAAUGUAAACACUGCAUUUUCUGUGAAAAGGCAGUGUUUGCAUUAAAAUGCCUGAAGGCAAUAAUUCUACUCACCAUACAUUAGGCUGUAGUUGUUCUGGUGACUAUAGUGUCCCUUUAAUAAAUAAAGUGUGUCUAUCAUAUCUGUUGGUUAUACUGUUUUCAUAUCAGAUUGACACUGUCUAUAAGGGCAGUCCAGAUUAGUGAUGGUCCGUACAUGAAGGUUUUGUUCUUUUUAAUGUACUGGAUGAACCAGAUCAUCAGAUUGAACUGAUUUGUUUGAAACUGUUCGUGAAUCAGAAACAGCAGUGGUAGUAUGUUGCUAGGGUGAUGUCUGCUUAGGCUUGCUCUUCUUUACCAUGUAUCACUCGGUUAACAGUAUACUGAUUCAAAGAUCAAAUCAGAAGCAGUUCUCAAGUCAUCAGUAGAACAGGACAUUGACUCAAUGAUCAGGUUGCACUGUCUCAAAGAUUUUGAUACUCUUUAGUCCCCUAAAAAAUCACAGUGAGAAGCACGCAAGCGCCUCUAGUGGCUGUCAAUGAGACAGCCACUAGAGGAAAUAGGGGAAGGCUUAACCCAUUCAUAAACAUAGCAGUUUCUCUGAAACUGCUAUGUUUAUGAAAAAAUGGGUUAACCCUAGAAGGACCUGGCACCCAGACCAUUUCAUUAAGCUGAAGUGGUCUGGGUGCCUAGAGUGGUCCUUUAAAUUCACUGCUUAGCACUGUUUGGAGUUCAGGUGAUACAUGUGGAGUUGUAGCAGAGAACAUCAUUCAUUUACCCAUUUUACAUUAUUAUUUCUGGUGUCUGAUUAAGCAAAAUAUUUUCUCAUACAAAACAGGAUAACACUGUUGACAUUUAAGUUAGCUUAAAUGUCUUUUUGCUUAAUAAGCUUAUAUAUUAGAGAACACAACAGCCCAGUAGUCCUUACCCCAGCAUUAUUUACUUAUUAAAUUAUCCUGAAUGCAUUUAACAAAUGCAGCUAAGAGUACAUAGUUAUUAGAUUAUCUUUACCACAGAACAUGAAUGAAUUUUGUCUGUGCACUUGAAAAGGGAUAUGUAUUGAUUGGGUUCAUUUUAAAACACAUGACAAUGUUACCUAAAAUAAUGGAAACUAUUAAAUAUAUGUCUUUUUCAAACAUACAUUAUAUAUUCUUAUAAACAGAUCAAAAAAUUCAAAAAGCAUGCAUAUGAUGUGAUAAUGAACACUUUAGAAUGAAUUAUGUAAUUCUUUCCUAAUUGGUCUCUCUAGAAACCUUACUGUCUCUUUACAGUCUGCAAAGAAUACUGCUGCAAGGGAUAUUUUUUUCUCCUGUAGAUCUCACACAUCACCCCUCUGCCAUCUGUAAUUUUUACUUUGGCUUCCUCUACCCUAUUGGUUUCAAUUCCAGGUAUUUACGCUUACCUACAAAGCUCUCAACAACUUGCUCUCCCCUCUACAUUUCUCACUAAUUCUCAAGUAUGCCCAUUCUUAACUGCUCCGCUCUACCGUUGAACUUCUCCUGUCUGAUGCUCAGACUCGUAAUGCUUACUCACACUUCUAGAACUUCUCUCUGGCGGCUUCAUUCUUAUGGAAACACCUGUCUCACAUGACAGACACUCUACUAAUCUCUAAGACUUUAAAAAGUCCACAAAAAUCCAUCUCUUCAGAAUAGCCUAUGGAUAUCCCAGGGUAACUGCCAUAACCCUCUCAACUUAGUGGGUCCUUUGUUCAUUUCACUCUAACUUUCCAACCAUGCUACAUUCCAACCCCGUCACCUAGUUCCUAUCCCCCCUGCUAUCCUUCUUGUAUUAAUAUGCUCCACUUCCUCUAAAUUGUAAGCUUGUCUGUAAAAUUUGUAAUUUUACAAACAUUGUAAAGUGCUGCGGAACAAGUUGUCGCUAUAUAAAUAACAGUAAUAAUAAUAUUGGCUGAAAAUACCAUCAAAUUAGUUGACCAUCUAUAGAUCACAUACUGAUAUUAGCCCCAAACCUCCUCCAAACAAUACAAUGCAAGACGGGAGACAUAUUGUGGUCAGACCACGCCCCUCUAACCUUAACACGAACAGACACUUUCCAAACCAGAUGCCGAACCCCGUGGAAGCUCAAUUAAUCUUUGCUAGCGGAUGACCACUUCAAACUGAAACUACACAAAGAACUACAAGAAUACUUCCUAACAAAUGACACACCAGACAGAACAGCACUGACCCAAUGGCUGGCCCAUAAAUCAGUAGUCAGGGGGAUACUUAUUAGCAGAGCAGCCCACAAGCUCCUGGCGCUAUUGAAACAGCUGCGGGACACCACUACCCAACAUUUCCUCUCACCAUCUCCUGCCCUGCAGACCACCAUAGACCAGACACAAGCACUGAUUAAUGAGUGGCACCUCAAUAAGACUACAUAUAUGAUGCAGAAACUCAAAACAAGAGAAUAUGCCCAAGGCAACAAGGCAGGGAAACUACUUGCAUCACGACUCAGACAACAGUGACAAACAGCUAAAAUCCCCUUCCUUGCCCAACCAAACGGUACAAAAACUUACAACCCCCAACACAUAGCAGACGAGCUAGCGAAUUACUAUUCGGGACUUUACAAUCUCAAACAGGGCAACACCAUCCACCAACCGACUAAAGCAGACAUAACAGAUUUCAUGACACAAGUAACCCUACCAACUCUCUCCCCAGAACAACAACAAUCCUUACAAAAACCUAUCACAGUAGAGGAAAUUAUAUCCACUAUUCCCUCACUACCCAUGGUGAAAUCACCGGGCCCAGAUGGGCUUUCAAACCUAUAUUACAAAACCUUUCACAAUACGCUAGAGCCCCACCUGCUUAAAGCCUACCAAACCAUGCUGCAGACAGACAAUACACCUCAAGAGAUGCUGAUGGCACACAUAACGACAUUACCAAAACCAGGGAAACCUCCUACUAAAGGACAAAACCUAAGACCCAUAUCAUUAUUGAACACAGAUAUAAAACUAUUCGCGAAAAUAUUCGUAAACAGGUUAGCAAACAUAAUCCCAACCAUAGUACAUGACGACCAGGUGGGAUUUGUGAAAGGUAGGUGUAACGGAUCACCUGGCACUCCGAGUGGGUACCUCCGUUGAAGGAUGCUCCUAGUGCUUCCUGAGGACUCCAAGCACUGCAGCAGACACCUCAACCACCGAACCAGAGAAGCAUACAAAUGCUCUCAAGCAUAUGAAUGCUGUAAGCAGCUGAACAGGAAAAGCAUACAAUCAUCUUACACUCCUGGCAAUCAGCAUACAAUCCAAUUCCCCCAAUAACGAGAUGACACUUCGUUUGGAGGUCAAGCAGUACUGAUUUACUGGGGCUACCUGCCCGGCUUUUAUGCAGGUCUUCCACCUGGUGGACACUCCCCUAGGGGAUCCGAUGGAAGACUGGGAAACAUAUUGGCCAUUAACCAAUCACAGACAUACACCUUUAAACACACCCACAAUGCAUCACAGUUCCUCCUCUCUAUCCUGGAGAUAAUUGGGAAGUAAUCCAAUUAUCUCCCAGGACAGAGGCAAAACUCCAUUGAGCAUAUGUUAAUAAAAAGACUCAAAAAUCCCCACUGUUGCAAAUAAUUAACAAAACACAUACAUUCUACAUAUCUCCAGAUAGCUUAGAUCUGAGCGCACAUUAUUACCGAAUGGCGCUCAGAUCACAUACAUACAGUUCAAUCGCCAUGGAGUCUUUCCCAUAGUCUUUCGUUACACGAAUGGGCUCCAUGACUUAGCUAUCUGGGGUGAUGCUGUUCAUCCGGUUAAACUACUGAAUGAACAGUCAUUUGGUUCCACUACCAAAUGCAGAGGUAAGGAGGCUGGCGGCUCAGCGGUGUUUGCGCAAAUAAGUGUCCGUUUUCAGUUCCAUAGCUUGGGCGCUGAACACCGCUGGCCGUUCGGGAGUUAAAAUGACCGCUGCCACGUGUUCGGCAAACGAACAAAGGCCACCCAGCUUUCGUCAAUUAAGAUGCGGUUAACAGACGGCACACUCCAGUUCCCAGGUGGUCCAUCGUUCGGUACUUUGUUCGGUAGAUUUAAUCUACCGAACACUCCGGCAGAAAGGCACAAAUAAGCCUUUCAGCAGGGAAAAUAGAAGGAUUUAACUGCCGGGCCAUAGUCUAGAGGGAGCAGACGAGCAACCAGGCUCCUCCAGUGCACAGUGGCGAGGUGGGUUCCGCCACAGUAGGCAAGGGGCGGACGGAACUAGGAAGGGGCUGGACCUGAUGCACUGUGUCGGGGGGGGGGAGGGGGAAGAGGGAAGGUAGCGUGCUCCUCUCCCUGGAUGCAGAAAAGGCCUUUGAUAGGCUAAACUGGUCCUUCCUCAUGGAGGUCCUGCGCAAGUUCCAUUUCCCGCUGCAAUUCCUAGCAGCAGUAUCCACACUUUACAGUAACACCUCUGCCAGGGUCACCACAAACGGAUUCAUCUCUGACCCGCUGACCAUCUCCAACGGGUCACGGCAAGGAUGCCCCCUGUCCCCCCUACUUUAUAUUCUAACACUGGAACCUCUGACUGCCCUAGUCUGCAACCACCCACACAUACAAGGUAUACAAGUAAAACAAAAAGAAUACAAAGUUAAACUGUUUGCCGACGACAUAUUACUAACAUUAACCAACCCAGAGACCUCCCUACAACAGUUCGCAGCCACGUUAGACGCUUAUAGUAAAUGUUCUUACUAUGAAUUAAAUGUCACCAAAACACAGGCCAUGUGCCUGAAUAUCCUCCGCAACGAGAUUAAAAACUUAGUCUCAAUUCCAAUAUGACUGGUGGACCGAUCACCUCACCUUCCUAGGUACAAAAUUCACAGCAAUGACCACCCAGCUCUUUAAAGCAAAUUAUGUAACGCUACAAAACCAAGUGAAAACACUUAUUCAAGGAUGGCAUAAAAAAAUUAUCUCAUGGUCAGGCCGAGUGGCCGCAGUGAAAAUGGUGAUCAACCCUAAAUAUCAGUAUCUAUUCAGGACCCUCCCCAUAAAGGUUCAGUCCUCCUACUUUAGGGAAAACCAAAAACUACUAAACCAAUUCAUAUGGGCGCACAAAAAACCCAGGGUAGCCAUGACCACGAUGUAUAAAAGUCACACCAGGGGAGGCAUGAACCUCCCUAACAUUCAGCAAAACUAUAGAGCAGCCAACAUUAACCUUAUUGUAACAUAGAAACAUAGAAUGUGACGGCAGAUAAGAACCAUUCGGCCCAUCUAGUCUGCCCAAUUUUCUAAAUAAACAGUACAAACACAAGAUAGACACCCACAGUGGGUGGCACUGGAAUCUGGCACGAAACCAGAACAUCACUUUUUGUCCAUCAUGUGGACCCCCACCCUCCUUAGACCUAAAAGCAUAUCGAUCUUACCUACAACGGCCCUAACAAAACAUAUCUGGGAAGCAAACAGGGCGAUCCUAUGCAGGACAAAAGCACACUCCCCAGCCAUGACAAUUGGCACUUUACAAAUGUUAAUCCCGAACUUUAACUCCCGAUUAUGGGAAAGACACCACGUUAAAUGUACCACACAACUAAUGCAGGGGAAAACAAUCAUACCCUUCCCUCAACUACAAAAAGAUUAUAGCCUCCCGAGCAUAGCUGAGUUUUCAUACUUUCAAGUACGGGCAUGGUUACUCAAACACUAUGUACCAACAAUGAAAAUUGUAAGUGAGCUGCGGCUGACUGCCUUUGAACGGGUAAUGACAACACAAAUGCCAGCGAAAAAAACGAUCUCACUACUAUACACAAGCUUAAAUAAAGAAGAGAACAUUAAAACGUUACCAUUCAUCCGAUCCUGGGAGCGUGAGCUUAACCUCAACAUCCUGGACAAAACAUGGGAAACGAUAUUUGCCACUCACGAAACAUUAACACUCUGUUCAUCCCACAUAAAACUCUCAAAAAAGCUGCUGUACCGAUGGUACCUGGUGCCAAAACGACUACACAAGAUACACCCAAUGGUAUCUGAUCAAUGCUGGAGAUACCUCAACAAUGUAGGAGACAUGAUCCACACCUGGUGGGGAUGCCCUAAACGAACACAUUACUGGCAAAAAGUAGCCGACCUAGUGACAUUGGUCACAGGACUUACUAUGCCCCAUAAUCCAGAAACAUUCUUACUACAUAUCUAUCCCGCAAAACUCACAAAAGCAAUGGCAUACCUAACCUAUCAAAUAAAUAUAACGGCACUAAUGUUGAUCAGCAGAAAAUGGCGCAACACAGAACCCCCAACAAUACAAGAAUGUAUUCGCCUAGUAACUCAAAAUAAACUCUCUGAAUGUGCAGCAAGACAGGCAGCAAACCAACAAUCCAAAGUGUGGAGAAUAGCCUGGGAAAAGUGGAAUGAGAUAAUGUCCACUGAUGAACCUACCACUAAAGAUCCAAACCCAACCGAAGUGCCGACAGCUGCGCUCACAUAAGUAAAACUUGAAAGGAAUGCUUCCAAAAACAGAAAUAUGUAAUGCUCAAACAAAACAAGGGAAGAAUGGAAUAACACUAGGUUAUUCCCUGCACAGACCACGGCCAUUACUAAACCUCAGAUUUGGCCUACACAACACAGGAACGGAACAAGUUGACCAUUCCAAACCAACUGGGCACCCAUAUAUUAAACAUCCCAGAGGCAAGACACAAAGCCAAACUCGCAAACUAACACACACGGCAGACACAUUAAAAGCCGCAAAUAACCAAUGUACAGCAGGAUCCACCCCCUUGCUAAGGGAAUAUAACCCAGUGGACCCCCCUCCUCCUUACUCUCCCUCCCCCCUCCUACCCUAUCCAGGUUUACCUCCCCAAGGUUAAGUGAAAAAUUCGCAACAUGUAAUGAAAAAUAACAGUGAAACCCAUUGUGACUUCAGUACAAAAUGUUUGAGUGAUACUUUAUGAUUGAUCAUCUUUAAAAAGACACAACUCAAUCUACCUUACUCAAUGUAAAUGUCAUGCAUGUAUGUGAACAAAAAUUGCUUAAUAAAAAAAAAUAUAAAAAAAUUAGUUGACCAUCUUAUAAAGAUACACAAUACAUGAGAGCAAUGGCUCUUCUAAAAAAAAAAAAGUGAAAAUAUAUACAGCAAGUUAAAUUAACGUGCAGCACUUAGAAAAAAGAAUUGUGUUCUCCCAACACCUAAAAAAUGAACAAAUGUGAUGCCUUGAAUUUUCAUUAAAAAUACAAUCAGUACUGAACAGCAGUGAGCCUAUCUUGUGCAUUCCUCCAGCAGAGGGCUGUAUUGCAUAGUUUGAGAUUAUAUUGGAAAUGAGAACUGUUAAAAUGAUAGAAUUUAAACAAGUUACAGCAUCCACAGCUUGAAAGUAAAAGGAAGAGUCACAGGUUUCAGUCUAACAAUAACUUAAUAAAAUGAAUGGCACAAAAUGCAACAUAUGUAUAGUGUUCUUUAAAAUAUUAGUGUAUCCCAAAUAUGCUACAAUCGGCUACAUUCUUUAAAGGAACACUCUAAACCUUGUUGAAGCAAAGCUUAAUGUAGUGCUUUGGGGGUUGGGAGCAUGCCCUUUUUGUCUAAUUUUCUAAAACAAUACAUACAAUAAAAAAAAUUCAAUUAAACGUGCCUAUGAACAGACUCAGAUCUGCAGGCCAAUCUGUCCAUGGUGAGAUCAUAAAUCUGUAAUACAAUCAUGAUGCUUUUCAUAGAGAAGCUUUAAAGACACAUGGCGCAUGUGCAGCAAUCCCCGUCCCAAUACUGCUCACAAAGAACCAUUGAAUCUAGUGCUUUUCUAUUAGAAGCUUUAGCUGCUUUAUCAUGCUAUGUGUGAUGAUGCCAAACCAGAUGCCUUUUGAAAAUUGAAAAGGCUAUAUGGAGGAAGUCCCUCUGGUGGCAGUCUGUCGAAAAUGGCAAUAAGUUCCAUGAACAUAUAGUGGUUUUGAUGCUUAGAAUUUCCUUUUAAUAGGUUGAUUAGGCUCUUGCAAAGUAGACAUCCGGAAUAUUUAAGACAGGGUGUGAGUGAUAAGUAGGUCUUUUUUCCCCCCCUCCACUUUUGUUGGAGAAUUAUCAACAUCUGUCAACAAUUGGAGCCUCAGAAUGCCCCUACCCAUUCCUCUCAUCCUGUUGUAUAGGUUUACCAGUGAUUUAUUAAUUUUAUGAAUGCAUCUUUAAAAAAAAUAAAAAAAUAAAUAGCUAAAUGAUAUUACCAAGAAAGGAAUAGUCCAGCACACCACUAUAGGUGAAAAGCACUCCUAUUUUGCUAAGACUUAUCAAGCUUUAUAAAGCAGUCAACAGAGGUGUACCUAGGCUCUCCAGCGUCCUUGGCGAGGUGCUGUAUUGCACUCACGUGACGUACCCGAGCAACCAUAACCUACCCAACACUGAGAUUGCACUCACAGGACUUGCCCCAUGACUUACCCAACACUGAGAUUGCACAAAGGUCACAUCCCACAGUGGCCCCAGGGUAGUCUGGCCCUGCACCCUAUUACAAACAGAAGUCUUUACUGGUGUCACUACAUUUUUUUAGAAAACAUUUUUUAUAACUAACAAAUACUUUGGUUGUGACCACUGAACUCAGGCUGUCUGAGUACUGUAUAGUGGGGACUGCAUGUGAUGUAUUGGGGUAUCAAGGUGUAAUGGGGACUGCGUAUUGGGCUGUCUCAGUGUAGUGGCUACAGUUUGUGUGUGAUAUAUUUGGCUGAAUGUGAUGUAUUAUAUUGUCUGUGUGUGAUGUUAUUGAGCUGUGUACAUGUGAUGGAAACUGUGUGUUGGCAUUGGGCUGGCUGUGUGUGUGAUGAGAAUGUGUGUGAUCAUUUUAUGCUGUCAAUGUGUGAUGGGGACUGCUUGUGUUUGUGAUUGUUUUGGGCUGUCUGUGUAUGAUGGGACUAAAUGUGUUUAUCUUUGAAUGACCGUAAUAACCACUGAUGAGUAGAUAGCAUCAUGUAACCUGUAUAAAAGUUGGUGAAUCCUAGAGCAACACAAACUAAAAUUACGUGUUUCUUUCUCACAUAAUAUGUAAUCCUGGGUACAUACAUAUUAUCUACUCAAAAGCUUCACUUCGUUACUUACUGUCUUAGUAGUAAUGCCACUAUCUAGAAUGUCCACUCCACACGCUCCCUCAGUCCUUAUGCCAAUUGCCGUCUCAGCCAGGUAGGUAAGGUAUCAAACCUUAGGUGUAGCCGCAUUAUCUGCUCCGGCUCGCUCCCUAGUCCCUCUGCAGGCAAGGUAAGAUGUGACCUCACUCUCCACUCACUUCUACCCCCUCCCAUCCAUGUCUCUUCUACCCCCCCUUCUGUUCUCUGUUCCCCUCUCUUUCAUUCUUUGUUCUCUCUCCCCCCCCUUCCAUCCAUCCAUGUAUCUCAUUUUCUAUCCAUAUCUCUCUCCCCCUUCCAUGUCUCUCCUACCUUUUAUUCAUAUAUCCCCGCUUCCAUCCAUGUCUCUCCCCCUUAUAUCUCCCUUCUAUUCAUAUUACCCCCCCCAGUGUCUCUCUUCCAUCCACGUCUCCCACCCCUUCCAUCCAUUAUUCCCUCCCCCAUUCCUUCCACAUCUCUCCCCCUUGACAAACUCCCCCUUUCACCCAUUUCUCUCCCUAUUCAUCCAUUUCUCCCCUUUGCCAAACCCCAUUUCAUCCAUAUCUCUCCCCCUUGCUAACCUCCCCUUUCAUCCAUAUCUCUCCCCUUGCCAACCUCCACCUUUCAUUCAUAUCUUUCCCCUUGCCAGCCUCCCCUUCAUCCAUAUCUCUCCCCCUUUCAUCCACAUCUCUCCCCUUGCCAACCUCCCGCUUUCAUCCACAUCUCUCCCCAUGCCAACCAUCUCCCUUUUUUCCGUAUCUCUCCUCCCUUCCUCAAUAUCCCCCCUUGCUAACUUCCUCCCUUCCUCAAAAUCUCCAGCCCCCUUGCCAACCUCCCACUUUAUUCAAAAUCUCUUUCCUUGGCAACCUUGCCCUUACUCAAUAUACCCUCCCCCCCUUCCUGAAAUCUACCUACUUAUGCAAUCCUCGUCCCAUGCAGCAGUCCAGUAAAAGGCUCUCCACACUUGACUUCCUCCCUGCUGUUUUCCCUGUCAUGGCAGGGCAGUGGUGCACCCGAUAUCCAGUGUGGUACGCUGUCUGUGUCAUGCUGAGCACUGUGUAUUCACGUGACAUGCGGCGCUCUUACGCAGACUGCGAGGGGUCCCCCUGUAUAAUGUGCAUGUGGUUCCUUGAUGGAGCCGCAUGCUGCAUGGGAGCACCGGGGGCACAGGCUGAUCGGGGGUGCAAAAUUCAGUGCUCACACUGACAAUUGAUUUUUGCAACCCCCCUCGGCCUGCGCCCCCAGCAGGCGCCGGUCUUGCCAACCCCUCAGUAUGCCCCUGGCAUUCAAAAAUCGAUUAUGAUUUAUUUUGUCCUUUUGGUUCCCUGAAAUGUGUUUUUCCCUUUUCUACAAUUCAUGUAUAAACUGUUUUUUAUUUUCUGUAGGAUACUUAUUAGGUCAGGCAGUAACAAGGUCCAUUUAUGCACUGCUAUCCUUUUGUCUCUGGUGCUUAUUACCUUAGCCUUAGUAUUAUACCACGUACAGUUACAAUUCCAGAUCUUGACAAUCCUAAAACAAGCUCAUUAAUAGAAACAAACUUUUCAGGCACCGUGAAAUAUUUAUUAUACAAUGUCACAUUCUGUUUAUACUCCUUGGGCACUUUUGCUAUUAAUUACAUGUCUUUCUUCUGGACUAAUAACUGAUAAAUGACCAUGCCGGUAUGUUGGUGGAAUACAUGACAAUUUCUUCAGACUACACAUUGUAAUUACCCUAAACCUCUUGCUCUUUUUUUGCCCAGUUUUAACUAGUCUCAUUAUAUCUCCUUGUCACGCAAAGAGAAACAAAUUCUGCAAGAUGUUAGAUAAUCCUGUUCGCUUUUCAUUGUUUUCUUUUUAAGAAGCAAUCCGUUUAGUUAUGCUAUGCUGAGUUUGUAUGAUUAGUUCCUGCAGAGUAAGAAAUUCAGUUGUAGAAUUAUGCUGAGGAAGACAGGUAUUGCAUUGUAAGAGUCCUAGCAUAGUACUUUAAAAGAAUGCAUCCCACAUUAAAGUAUACAUCUUUUGUUGGGGUUACUUUUAAAAUUGUUGAAACAAGUACAACAAAAUUGUACGAAUUACUUGCGAGUGUUCAAAGAUAUACUUUUUUUUUUGUUUUUUAUUUUAGUGUUUGUUCGCCUUGUCCCUUUAUUACCGUAAUGUCACAGAUUUGAUUGUUAUAUAUAAGCAGAAUGUUAUGUACUCAUCUUGUUGUACUUUUUUUUUAUUCUAUAUUUUAUUUUAAAUUGUAAUGUAAUUUGAAAAAUGACAGUUACAGCUUCCCAGCACUGUCUAACUUUCCCACUAGCUUGCCUUAAAUUAAAUGCUCUCUAAAGGCAUUUUUGUCCAAGAAAGUCUACCACUGAACUCAGUAACAAAUACUUAGCCAAUAAAGGCCCUCAUCUCACUCUGAAUUAACAUCUUUGCCGUCCCUGCCUCCUGUUUCUCUCCCCUCCUAUUGAUCUAGAUUGUACGUUCUCACGAGAAUAGGGUCCUCAGCUUCUCCUGUAUUGUUUGUCAAAUUUUUAUUUGUCUUAGAUGUACAGCACCGCAGGAUGUGUUAGCAUAAAUAAAUAAAGUAUAAUAACAACUAUAGUGGGUAUGGUGCUAGAUAGUUGUCAUUGGAAAAUUGCCUUUUGAAUCUUUGCUGUGUGUGAUUAAAGUUCAAUAAACAGAGGAGAAAAACUUCUACAGUAAAUUAACAUCUGACUGCAUUUUUUUUCAUGCAGGCUAUGUCUGUUAUAGCCAGGGGAGGUGUGGCUAGGGCAGCAUGAACAGAAACAAGUGAUUUUGCUCAUAAAUGGCAUAGCAGUGAGAGUGCAGUGCCAUAAUCUGUACACCAAACCUGCUUUAUUAAGUUAAAGUUGUUUUGAUGCCUAUAGUAUCCCAGUGUGAGUCUUUGUUAAAGUUACCUAAUCACAGUGCAGCUUAAGGAACACUAUAACGUUAGGAAUACAGGAGCAGAAGUUGAUUAAGAACUGAGUCUCAGUAUAGGAGCUGUCAAGAAGGCAGCCACCCGUGGAGUGUUUAACCCUGCAAUGGAAUAAUUGCAGUUUUUAAAAAACAUGUUUUACUUUGCAGGGUUAGAACUCAAGGAUCUCUGCAAUCAGACCACUUCAUUACCAUGAAGUGAUCUGGUUGCCUUCAGAGGUCCUUUAUUCCCUGGUAUUUUGCAUCACACAUAUGAUUAGAUUAUAUUGUGUCACAUGGACAGUAAUUCCUAGUUGGGGUGCAAGUUCCCACAGUUUAACUCUUCCUGCAAGCUCCUGUGUGUAAUAGCCUUUCUACACAACUAGAUGCAACAUGCACACACCUUAUUUAAUCUUCAAAAAACCUGACAAUUACACAUAAAUAUGUUUUAAGUGCAUUCAGCGUGCUGUGAAACAAAGAAAGGACAUAAAAGGGCAGGUUUCUGCACAAAGCUUAUUAAAUCAUUUAGGUGGUUUAUGUCUAUCUUCUUUAAAAUUGUCUUCAAACAUUAUCACGUAAGCAAGUAUAUCGUUUAUCAAAGAAAUUGUUCUUCUUACGCAAGUGCAUCCCUAUUUGCAGAUAAGACUGCCUUCCAUAUUGUACGAAAUAAAGUACAGGUAUCUGUGAGAACGGCCAAAUGAUGAAAGGCAGUAAAAUACACAGAAACAAAAAAAUAACACGCUUUUUUUUUUUGUAAUUUUACUACAAACAUAAAGUACAGUGAAGUCAACAGUGGUUGUAAUUAGGGCUCAAAAUUUCCUCUAGUCAGUGAGUGAAAAUGUAGCAGUGGUGAAUGUGCUAUGGACACCCCUGGCUUGCAAGGGCCUGUAAAAAUUUUUUGUGACUAUUUAUCUUUUAUCUACCUGUUUAUUAAAUAUUGUUCAAACUACUUAAAAUCACGUCUCGUGUAAAAAUCUGUACAGGUAUUUAGUCCUAUAAUAUGACCACAUCAUGUUUAGAGUGAACCUGAAGUAAAAACAGUAAACCUAUCUUAAAUACUCCCUUACACAUUGAGUACAUCCUAUAAUACAAAGAUACAUGAUGUAUUAAUUGUAAAAUAUAGAGAUUUAUUCACUUUUUCUCCAUUCCAGCGACGUUGUGUGGGUGUUACUCUUUGUGUAACCCACUCCUUUGCUCUCCCAUUUGCCCUGCUUGGAUACACAUGAUGUCAGAAUGCUGGCUUAGUUUCCAGGGUGCCGGCGUCCGAAUGGAGUGAUGUCAUGUGACUCCAUUCCUUUACUCUCUAGUUGGUAAUAGAAGCGCCAGCUCAGAAGUUUCCAUAACUGUAGGAGGUCUUCUCUGCUCUCCUUUGGCAGUCAGUGCCUUGGCAUUCAGUGUCUGCAGAGUCUUUGACUGACAGCUGGGAGAAAAAAAAAACCUGAUUUUAAGUUGUUUUUGCUCCAAGUCUAUUCAUUUGCUAGCACAAUGUAUAAAUGAAAUGUAUAUGCUCUUUCAUAAGAGCAUAAAUAAAAAUAUAGGCACAGGUAUCCUUUAAGCCAACCUCUUUGACAAAGUACCCUCAUAUCAGUAAGUCCAAGCCUUAUUUUAGAUACUGUAUAUAAAUAUAACUGCAGUCUGCGCGAUUUAGACAAAACAAAAAAGAAACGUUUAAACUAAAUCCCGUCUGCUAGUGAUCCAAUGUAAUGUAUCAAUGUAACCACAUCCUGGUGUCCAAAGAAGCAGCUCAAGAGAUUUAAAAAUACUGUAUACCGAGAUGCAAAACUAAUAGCUGCUCUUUCAUUGGCAGUAUAUCUGUUAUAAAUACAAAUUGGGAAAGCAGAGUACAAAGGAGAGUUUAGCUAUUCUGUAUCGACAAUAUGAAAGUAAGCAUAGAUUAAUAUUUCUCAUCAGAACUAGAUAUAGAUCACGGUGUUGGGUAGAAACCACUAGAGCAUUCCUCCUAAAUAGUACUCACAAAUUACCAAAAUUGGAAAGGAGGCAAUUAGACUAAAGAGAGAUAGCUGGUCGUUAAAGGGUUACCCCAACUCUUUUUAAUACAAUAUUUUUGGGGCAUUAAUAAUAGGUCCCUGCGUCCAAAACUCUGCCAGGUGAAGGAGAUCUACUAUAGUAAACUGACCGUACUUUUGCUCAUUAAAUAUAUCACAUGAUCAUGUCUCCUAUAGCUAAUAUAUUACGCUCUCUAAAUAUUCCUUUACUGCGGCUAGGCAAUACCAACAGUCUACUUAACAGUCUAUAAGAAUAUGCCAAGUCCUGCCUAUGCUGUCAACAAAAGGCAAUCAGUGCCUAAACCCCAAUCUCUCCAGUAGCAACCAGGAGGAAUGGAACUUUACGUUCCAACUAACACAACAGUGUGACAGUGAAAAUUAGUGAAACCAUAGUGACAAAAAAAAAAGAAUAUAAAUGCCUGACACAUGUUUCAGUGCUUCCAUGCACCUUUGUUUUCCCCGGUGAAAGUGCACAGAACCAUUUAGAUUCCACAAAGCAAAGUUUUAUAUACAUUAACAUAAAGGUAUUGUGUCAUUUUAAUAAAUUUGAAAUAAGCAUUUGAAAAAUAGCCGUGAAUUCUUUUUUUUUUUUCUCUCUUUUAUUUGGGCUUUUGUUUUUUGCUCUGUCUUGAUUUUCAUCCACUUAAUGAAGAGACAAAAUAUGUAAUCUGUUAUUGCAUUCAAUUCUUACACACCACACAAAAUGACAAUUUCACAGAGGAAAGUUUACUACUUUUGCCAAUGAUUAGUGGUUAAUAUUAGUUUUUUUUAAAAAUAGCAGAAAGGCAAAGUUAAAACCAGGUAUUUAAAAUCAUUCUAUGAAAGUUUUCCAUAUAAACUAGUCUGUUUUUCUCAAAAAUGUUCCACUUUUGUAGUUACUGGUACUUAAAUAAUAUUACUUUAUGAUCCUUCACAUCUAAUUAGUUCAUAUGUCUGCUGUUAAUAAAAAGAAAAAAAAAAUCUGUUUUCGCAAGUGAUAAAUACAUAAAGAUUACUUGACAGCAAUUACAUAUUUAAAGGCAAUAUCAUGUUUUAAGGUUAGUUAUGUAUUAUUUAAAUGAUUAUUGCUUAGACUACCUUAGAAAUUUGCAGAAAUUAGAACAAAAGAAAUAAUUUACCCCAUACUGCAAUUUUUGGCUUAUAUAUAGAAAAUCAUGCUACAUUGUACACAACUUUAGAUCAAAUGGAACAUUUACAGUGAUCUGCACCCACUGGAGAUACAGUCCACCAGCUCAGCAUCAUAGCUCUCCGGGCCGGGCCAGGCCACUAGCCCCCCUCAAUCUCCAAAGUUAAGCUUGAGAAAAGAAGAAAAUGGCGCAAAAAAAAGCUGUGUGUGUCUGUUUGUAUACAAAAAUAUUUUAUAUAUUUAACUUCAGUGCUGUAAUAUGUAAGACAGAUAUACAGUCAACUUCACAACCACAGUUGGCUUUGGACACACAACAUUCAGCCUUCCUAUAAACACAACAUGCACAGCAAGACUACAAGUAGUACCCCAAACAUACAACAUACCACAAGCAGCCAUACCCAAUACAUACACACAUUCACAGACAGAGAGAUACAAACGUACAGGUUUAUUUACAAAGAUAUGCAUUCCAGACACCCUCACGGAUGCACGUACAUAUUUUAGGCCAAAAUAGCUGAACUGGAAGCAUAGUUGACAGCUAUAUUCUCUUUACCUAACUUAGUAGUGUUUAAGUAUAUCACUGUACAUUGUGUGUCUAAUAACUGAGGCUAAUAUGUGCAAUGUCAUGGUAAUAUGACAACGCGUACAAUAUACAUAGAGUCUGAUUACCCAUAAAAUGGCAAAGGCGGCUGCCAAGGGCCAGGAGCUCCAGCUCUGUCUAUGAGGGCCCUCUCUGAACUGGCAGGGAGAUAUAUUGAUCUGCCAUCAGCCUCCUCACUAACUUGGGGGAAUGUUGUGGUCUGUAGUACAUCACUUUAACAGCUCCCUCACUGUCUCGGCACUUCUCAUUGACUCCGAGAACUGCAGCAAGCGCUCCGUGUCAUUGACUGAACAAGGGAGCUGUUAAAGUGAUCUUCACCCGAUAAAGAUGUUGUCCACAAUGCUCUACCAACAGACCACCAGGGUCCAGCUCCCUCUGUAUUAUACCAGCUGGUCCCUAGACCACCUUGUAUUAUACCCCCUCCUACCAAGGAGGAGAGGGGGCAAAUGAGGAUUUAAAAUUGAAAGGUGUGUGAGGGACAUUCUGUGACCAUGGGAAAUCUUAAUCUGGCUCUGUAAAUACAUGGGUCCAUUAUGAGUACAUAGGGCACAGUGAAUGGGGACAAUGUGAGUAGAUUACAAAAUUUAUGGGCUGAAAUAUUGGUAUUUUCAGAAAGAUUAUUUAUUUAUAAUCCUGUUCCAUCUAUAACGUCAUUAUUUGAUGGUGAAGGCUAGAGUAAAAAAACAAACAAAAAAAAAUGUGAGUCAUUGAAUAAAAAUGGUUAAAGCAUUGACCCACAAACACAACCUGUUGUACUCGAUUGAUCUCUGUAUUACUAACUAAAUAGUAGUGAUAUAUAUGGGGGAGAUUUUAAAUGCAUUCUCUCAUUUUGGUGCAACAAAUAUAAAAGGGAAGAAGUCAUUAAUGGACCUGUGAUAUCUGGACUGAACACUUAAUUCUCCCCUCCCUCCAUCUAUAUUGGACUGGGGUCCAGAUGAUAUUCAACCAGGCAUUUGCACUCUGGGCAACGUGGUAGCAUUCAAGCUGCUCAGUCUAUAUGCUGUUCCAAAUCUAUGUUUUUCACUCUUGCAUUUCAGAUGCAAAUAUGUUAUUCCAGACUAUGAUACACAUAAAAAGAAAAUUUGGUGUCAGGAUAUGUUUAAUGUUUUCAGAAAAGUAAAUUAAGUGUAACUUCUUGCUGAAAACAAAAAACCUUUCCUCCAAGAGUGGGAAAUGUUUUGAACGUUAUUAUUUCUAAGCACAGUCUGAAGAACUUGUUCUUUAUUGAAUGAACUCUGUUGACCUUCCUUGCUGCUUCGCCCCUCCCUGCAAGGAGUCCUUGCACGCCACUGUUGCAGCUGACAAGAACACCAGCAGGAUUAGCCAGAUUCUUUUCCAUGCUCUUUGAUCACAGUCUGCAUCCAUCCCCACGGUAUUUGACAAUCUAUCCAAGACUCACGCAAGUCCAACAACCACCCUGUUUACCUUUGGAAGCUCUGUGAGAUUUCCUUUCAUUGGCAGAUUAAUUGUGGGCAAGUAAUUAGUUUUGCUCACAUUAGCUCUCCCCAUUAACUUUUCCUUCGUAUAUUGUGAAACAUCCACCAUCACCACCCCCCUUUCCCAAACAAGAAAAAAAAAAAAGUUUUAUACCAAGAAUUAACUUUUUAUUUCAUUGUGAGAUCCUGAAUUUACAACACCUUUCAAAGUUAAAUGGAGUAAGCAUUACAAGCACAGUGGGAAAGUGCAGAUCACUCUGAAGACCGCUUUGUGUUGCAAGAGAAUGGCCUUUGCCUAGUUCUCAGGGGGUAAAUGAAUUGAAAAGCUUAAUAUCAGGGACACACGAUGAAUAGACAUGGGAACAGAACCACUGUGUCUCGAAGAAGAAAUCUUUGCCUUCUCUGGAUUAAAUAGCUGCAGGCAAAUACGCAAGAUGUUGCUUUAUGACUAAGUGCAAACUUGCUUUAGAGUCCGCAACCUGCAAUUAUUAUUUUAAGUGUCCGUACCAGUGUUAAUUUUGUCGACUAACAAUUUUAGUCAACUAAAUUUAUUUUAAAUUUAUUCGACUAUAAAACUGAAACAAUUCAGAAGACUAAAAUGGCUUUUAUGUCAAGACUAUGACUAAAACUAAAUUGAAUAUUGUCGCUCAAAUUAACACUGGUCCAUACAAAUGUUAUACUUGUAAAGAAAGUAACUCUAUGUAAAUUAGCACACCUUUUUUGAGUUGUUAUUUUGAGGUGUUUUUUGAGCUAUUACACUUUUAAGGUGCUGCUAACUGAAAUAUUUUGUAUCUGCUACUGUAUAAGGUUUCUUAUUAGUGCCUUUUGCACUUGUUUUUUUUUAUAGUUUUAUAAUAUUAAUACUAUAUAAAUAUUUUUUGAUUUUAUUGCUUAAACCAUGGGUAGUCAACAUUUUAAAACCUACCGCCCACGUUUGUAUCUUUGUUGAUGGUAAAAUAUCCUUACCGCCCACCGUGCCGCAGUAACUAAUUGUAAAGUGCAAGUGCGAUAUUUUUGUUUUAGAAAGGAGGGUUUGUUUUUUUUCAAUGUACUAAAAUUAAUUUUUUUUUUUCUAUUCUACUUUUUUUUUCUGUGUGUGUGUGAAGGGUGCUGUGGUGAGGGGUGCAGUGUGUGGGUGAAGUGUGUGUGUAUAUGUGCUGUGUGCGUGUGUGAAGGGUUGUUGUGCGUGUGAGAGGGCAGUGCAUGUGUAAGGGGUGGAAUGCGUGUGAGUGUGUUUGAGUCAGGCAGUCUGUGUGUGUAUGUGUGAGGGGUGUAGUGUGUGUUUGUGUGUGCAUAGGACCUAUGUUGUGUGUAGGUGGGUGAGAUGUGAAAAUCUAUCUUAAUGCCUCUCCCUUCUUCUUACAUUUUACCAGGGAGGGGGGACAUAUUGCUGCGAGCCCUGGUGGUCCUGUGGUGGCAUGUUCACUUUAGCCUGCAUGUCCUCCGGCUACAGCUGACUCUCCUGUCCGCCUGCCAUGGUAACAUGCGGCAAUGCUCUGACCAGCCUGCUUGUGGGAGGAACAAAGAGCCUCCCAGGCCCUUCCCCCCUUCUGCUGGAACUAAGUGCCAGCAGGUUGGUAAAAGAGGAAGAUCUCCUCACCAGCCUGAGAGGACUUACAGCAAGGCUGGCUCUGUAUGGUCUGUAUGGACCACGGUCAUCAAGGCGCACUGGGCAUUUUCUGUAGAACCCACCACCGCCCACCUAAAAUCCCAAACCGCCCACUACUAAGCGGUAGUGACCAGGUUGACUACCCCUGGCUUAAACUAUCAGUAGUGACUAGAGAGAACGUCAUGGCUUUUAAAAUGUUACAUUUGUAACAUGAGUUGGGACUCAUGUAAGGUAUCAGUGAAUUAGACUACGUAGGGAAAUCCUUCUCCAACUGGCAUGAAAGAAAAGAAUAACAAUGGAAAUGCAGAUUUUGACAAAUCCCAGUUUCAGUAGUGGUUCUUAAAAAAUGUUACCACGAACUGGAUUUUAUAUAGAAUAUUAUAGUUGUGCCUCGUGCUUGACUAUGUUGGCUCCUAAAUAUAGUUGAUUGGAUGCUAAAUUCCACAGAAAAAUAACCUCUAGUUUACAAAUAUGUAUGUGUGGGUGUUAUAUAAUGUUAUUUUAGAGCUUUCAGUACUACAAACUUGUUCUUGUGGGUUUUUACUGGAAUAUUUAAAGGUAGAUUAAUUUAGGUGUGUCCCUUAGUGCCUGCCCCAUCCCCCCAUCCCUUAGUGUUCCUCUCUUUACCCCCCCUUAGUGGUCUGCUCCCUUUCCUCCCUGGUAUCUCUUGUCGCGGAGCGCGGUAAAGGAGCUUCUGAUUCAUGUACCCGGCCAGACUGACGGGAAGUGCUCUCUCAGUGAGCACUUCUGGACCACUUCUGUCAGUGCAGCCAGGUACAGGAAAAAGAAGCUCCUGUACCGUGGUGUGCUUCGCUCAGCCAUGCUACACAGAGUGACUGGUAGGAAGGAGCGCUGUGUGCUUCUUUGCUGCUGGUCACUCUAAUCUAGUGCCUCCCGGGCCGGUGCGCCACAAGGCGGCUGCCUGUGCCACCUUAUGGACGUGCCGGCCCUGAGAAGGUAUACAUGGUUCACAACAGAACAGCCACACAAUCCUUAAGCAUGUGGUGAAAUGCAACAGCAAAUUAAUGAGUCCUUCUAUUCAGUUAAUGCACGUAAUUGUCGCAACCAACAGAUGGCGCUGCAUAUAAGUGUUGCAGUCUCAAUUACGUGCCACAGGUAGCACUGCACAAAUCCAACAUGAUUAUACAAGACAUUCUGCAAAUAACAUUACAAAACACAUCCUGCACAUAUAAUGGGCAUAUGCAGGGACGUAUUAGCCGCGAGGCAAACAAGGCAUUUGCCUUGGGCGGCAUUUUUCAGGGGGCGGCAAAAAACGCCGCCCCCAAAUGCCCAGGGCAAAUGCCUAGUUAGCCUCGCGGCUAACAGACAUGCUGGGCGGCGCUGGCUGAUGGGCGGGCGGCUGGCGAGGGAGCUCUUCCUCUGAGCGCUAUGCUCAGCUCCCUCGCGCGCCGCAGAGUGAGGCUGGGAGCCGGGUUGAUGACGUCAUAUUCCGGCUCCCAGCUUAACUCUGCGGCACGCGAAGGGAGCUGAGCAGUCAGCUCAGAGGAAGUGCUCCCUCGCCAGCCGCCAGCCCAUCAGCCCGACCGGCAGCCACUGGACCACCACGGAGAAAGAGGAACAUCCCCCCCCCCAGCACUCCCAAGGGGGGUAAAGGGGGGUUAAAUUAAAAAAUUUUUUAACGUGAUUGUGUGUGUGUGUGUGUGACUGUGUGUGACUGUGUGUGUUUGUGUCUGACUCUGUGUGUGUGUGUGUGUGUGUGUGUGUGUGUCUGACUGUGUAUGUGUGUCUGUGUGUGUAUUUAGAAGGUGGGGCGGGGAGAAGGGUUGGGUGGGGGUGGCGCGGGGGGAAGGGGGUGCCUGAGUUUUGUCCUGCCUAGGGCAGAUACACCACUGGGCACAUGUUGACUUAAACAUAACAGAUAUCUGGGGACCUACAUGAAGUGAUGGACAUAUGCCCCAUGAUGGUGACUACAAUCACAGUUAUUAUGUAAAGUAAUACAUUUACCAUACCCUAUCAUUUGUGAAAUACUGUUUGCAUCACUGGUGGCCUUUACAGUGCAAUGUACUGAAUAAAAACAAAAGGCUGUAUUGUUUGCAUGUAUGAGGCAUAUUAUGGGUUGAUUAUAUUACUACAGGGCCCUACCUUUAGUAUUGAACUUCAUGUAAAUUUGCAACUUUUGCCGUAAGCUCUCCGGGAAAUAGUGAGUUGCUAAAACUACUGAGCCAGUUCUGGCCUAUGUUACUUACAUUCCAAGCCCUGAGCAUAUCCCAUAACCCUCUGUCUAUGAUUGUAUGGAAUACAUAGUUUAACAUUUGGAAUGGACAAACGGUAGUGGGUUCAGCGCUUGGUGGUCAAUAGAAAGCUAAAAAUAAAUGUAGAAGAGGCUGCAACCUAAAAAUAUGACGUUCCCUCCCAAAGUCGUCAAAAAGGAUAAAUCUAGAGAAUAAAAGUUAUAGGUCGCGCCACAGAAACCAAUAAAAGAUAUAAUAAAACCUGAAAUAAAUAACAGAAAUAAAAUGAUGAGCAUAAUCACACCGCAAUGGACUAUAGAGUAGGUGAUAUACAGUUUUGUACUUACAUAUAUCAAAAUAAGGUAAGAUAAAUAAUUGUCCCAAUAACAGUGGGCCUAUAAAAGGCCAAGUCCACUUGCGGGAACUUCAGUGUAGUGUAGGUCUAUGCAGGUUUAGAGCUGGAAGUGGUCAGGUUCUCUUGAUCCAGAUGUAGAUAUGUGAAAAUAGGAAAAUUCCAAUAGUGCAGACUGCAACCGAAAGUCAUGUGGAAAGAAAAACUUCACAGCAGGAAGGUAUUCAAACUCACCUAUUGGAAAGCUAGAACUAGCUCAGGUAUGACUGGCGUUCAGUGGCGUCGAUCCCCCACUGGUAGGAUAUAGGUGUUGACAAACAGAGGAGGUCCUCAGUAUGGGGAGAGAAAUAGAACCAAAUAUAGUUAAGGCAGGUAGGUAUAGAAACAUAGAAUACUCACAUUUGAGUGAGCAGGAUCUACUGCUCACUAUAAUAGCGUAGGUGGUAUAAUCCCCACCUGGAAUUCUUGAGUGUGUGAGUUAUCUGAUGUGAUGAAUGACCAUGUUAAAAUAAAUAAAAAAUGAAAUUAAAAAAAAGUCUAAAAAGUAAAGUAAGAUAAAAGUUAUAUGGCACAAAUAAAAUAAUAGCCAAUAUUCCUUUAAUAGUUCAUAUAAAAAUCUUUAAAAUAGCCAAAACGCAUUUCGCCACACUGGGCUUUAUCAACUGGCAUUUUAAAAAAAAAUUGCGGUGUGAUUAUCCUCAUAAUUUUAUUUCUGUUGUUUAUUUCUGAUUUUAUUAUAUCUUUUAUUGGUUUCUGUGACGCGACCUAUAACUUUUAUUCUAUAGUUUAACAUUUUGCUGCAGAUUAAUUCAUGAAGACAUGGAUAAAACUGCUGCACAAUCAGAUUUACUAGCUAUAUUUACUUUUAAUCCUACAUAAUUCUACAAGGACGACAAUCAGGACUAUUGAGAACACAUGUAUUCACAAGUCAUAUAUAAACUUUUAGCUUAAUUUCUUCCUGUGCAGAGGUUGUGAGCUUAUAGCUGCUAAUAUUAAAAGUCAAACUGUAUUGAGACCUAUAUUCACAAAAUGCAGAGAAUAAUAUAAAACGUGUUAUGAAAACACACUUGAAUGAUUUGUGAUUUUUUACUGGUAAAUCUACAUUUAUUUCUAAAAUUGAGGCUGUUUUCAUAUAUGUAUUUACAGGUUUGCUAUCAUGUGUGGAUACAUGUCUGAGUAUGAUAAUGUGCAGAAUAAAAUAAAGAAUGGCUAUCUCUUCAAGGUAAGUUAUUAGUGAUAAUAUAGAAAGAAAAUAUUUUUCUUUUGCUGCUACUUUUUCUUUCUUGUUUUACCAGUUUUGGCAUUUAGUUAGAAAUAAUUAAUGUAAAAUUAUAUAGCAUCUAUCUUGCUAUUGUCCGGAUGGGGCUGUGGUCCAACACUCAGGAUUAAGUCUAAACGUAGAAUAGACUAAAAGUAAUAAACGUAUUACCGGGCCUUAGAAUGGUAGGAUCUACCGUAGAAAGAAUAAUCAGAAACAAGCCGAAGUUCGGGACACAGACAGGAGCAUAAAAGAGAAGACAAAGGGUCAUGGAUACCAGAAAUACGGAUAGUCAGAAAAAGCCAAGAUCAUAAAACAGAAUAACAAAAAUAAUAACCAAACGUGCUCAUAUCCCUAUAUGUCUAUUUAUAUAACACUUCGUGCACUUUAAUAUCUCCAAGUUUAUUAAUUUAAAAUCCAUGUAUUAAAGUGACACUAUAGGCACUCAGACAACUUCAUCUCAUUAAAGUGGUCUGGGUGAAAUGCCCUUGUUCUCCUAACCCUGCAAGAUUGCUGGGUUAAGACAGCAUCUUGUGGCUGUCUUCCAGACAGCCACUAGAGCCAGUUCCUGCAUUCUUACGGAGUUAGCGUGACGUCACAAGAGCCAAGGGACGUCAAAAGAGCCAAGGGAUCUCCAUGCUGGAAACAGGUACGUUUUAUACACCUGGAGGCAGAAAAAGGACACUAUAGGGAUUGUAUUCCUAACGCUAUAGUGUUCUUUUAAAUAAUUGUUUGUGAUUGUGACAUUGCAGUAAUCCCAAGUCUGCCAUUUCCCCUCCCCUCCCCCCCAAAUAUUUCAAGUCUGUCAUCUCACUGCAAUCUAAUGUUUGGUGAAUGAGCCACCUAGUGUUUUACAAAUCCAUCUUACCCUAUUCUUUUGAAUUGUAAAAUACAAGUGCCAAGACAUGAGUGGAGGCAGAUUUUGGGAUCCCUUGACCUAAUGUCCCAUUUAUUAUAGGAUGAAGAAAGCCUCUGGCAUAGGAAGGUUUCACUAAUCUUUGCAGACUGGCCACAACAUCCAAGUCAACAUUACCAAUGAGUAGAAAAAGCAGCUCAACCUCAAAAACAGGCUUCCCUUCUCACAGGACUAAUACCAUGACUACCUAUUUAAGUUACCCUUAUCUAGGCUAAAUAAACCUCUGCCAGUCAUGUAUUUGAUACCUACAUCAACAAUACCAGUAGAAAAUGUGAGACCCAAAUAUUGGUAGACUCCUGUCUCCUUAUUAACUAUAAUGCAUGUUGAAAUAUAUAUAUCUAUGUAGGAUAGUUACAAAACUAAAUACAAUCAAACAUUAUCCUUUAUGUUCUACACAUGUAAGGCCCAAGAUUAAACAAUGCAUCAAAUCAACAAAUGUAAUGAUCAAACCGGGUAUUACGUACAUAAAAGUCCUUUCAUCAACGCACAAUGUUUAUUUUCCUAUUUUUAAUGAUAUUCUGUACAAUAUUUUAAAAAGGAUAGGUUAUACUGAAAGAUAUAGAGUGCUUGUCAUAGUAACACAAGCAUUAAUUUACAAACUAAAGUUUUAUAAAGGUUUGAUUGAUGUAAAGGUUUAAUCAUUUUUCAGGAACAUCUAGAUAAAGCAAUAGAAUUAAAUCCACAUGAUCCUCUCCAGUACUACCUGCUGGGUAGAUGGUGCUAUGAGGUAAGUCAUUCAUGGUUUCUUAUAGAUUACAUACACUUUUUCUUAUGAAUGAAGACAUUGUGUUUACUAGAAUAUAUAAUAUGUAUGCAUAAAUCCUUCAGAGUUUUUCACGCAUGUUUCUUGUUUUGUGUGUGACAAAGAGCCACAAUUUAUUUUUUACAUUAUUGCAUUUUACCCUUACAUUAAUGUGCUGUUAAGUAUUCUAACCGAACAGCGGGGGAACUCUUGUAAUAAGCACUAUAGUUUUGAUCAAUCUCUGUGUUUAGCUUUUUAUUUUGUAUUCACCUUUCACUAGAUUAUCUCAAAACAUGUAGGAUCUGUGAAAAUAGUCAUCAUAUUUGAAUAGGCGACAUGUAAAGUCUUGCUAAACUCCUAUUUUCUUUUUCUUUUAGUAUUUCUUCUCUCUUUUUUUUUUAACUUGUUACUUUUUUCAGAAUAAAAGACGUCUAUACACACAUUCUAAAUUUGGAAGGUGACAUUGGAAAGAGUUAUCUAUCCAUGAUAGGGAAUUAGGUAGUUCUUUCCUUAUGACUAAUGAAAUCCCCAGUGAAUAAUUCAGAAGGACAGGAGGGUUUGUGAGAGGUACUAAAACAGAUGCCAAUGUUUAAUAUAAAGAGGAAAAAAGAUCAGCCUGUCUCACACCCUGACACCUACAUGCUACUUGACUCAUACACACACUACUUGCAUUUGAUGAAUUUCCUCUUCAGCAGUGAAUCAUCAGGAUAAUAAAACGGAGAUCAUUAGCACAAAUCUUCCUGUAAUUAUGUACUCAGUACUUUAAUAUUCCCUUAAUGUUUAGCUACUUUUGUUUGUGUAUGUUUAAUAUCCUUCAGUAUGUAUUAAUCAAAAGUCUCCAAACUGAUGUCCCAGAAUGACCUUUCUAUGGUGUGGCCAAUCAAAGUAGGAGUUGUAUGGUCUUGGAUAAUCUAGGAAAUCAUCAGUGGAACCCCACUGGGUUAAUGUAUUAGAUCUUAAUCUUGAAGAAUGACAUGUCUUGAAAAUAUUAUUUUAACAUGUUAAGUAAUUGUAUUUUUUUUAGUUUGUCUUUGCAGAGCUUGACUUUUAAAUAAUAAGUCUAGACCAAGAUAUUAUUUAAAUAUUUCUAACCUUUUUCAGUCUAAAAAUAGUGGUUUGUUAAAACAAAAAAAAGUGUCUUGCUAAAACAUUCGUAACCGUCGGUUAUAUCAUUCUUGGAUUUUAGGUUACCCCAACAGAAAGCUUCUCUAGUAGUUUACUCCUUAACAAUUUUUUUCAUCCAUAUCUACGAAGAAGUAGGGUACUUCCCAGAUUCUGUGAGAUACCCUCUAACAUAUAUCGUAUCUCCUUUUCAAGCUUUUACAUGAUGUAGCAAGGUGAUUCUGUAUGUUCGCAAUCCAGGUGUACAUGUAUAAACCUUUGCGCUGGUUGUAUACCAAGGUAUCUGCUUAAAUACUUUACAUGCUGCACGUAAAAUGAAUCAAACUCUUAAAUAUAGUAAAAACCAUCAAUUACAUUUUUCAGGGUACUUGAUUCUGCAUAUAACAGUUCAUGUAUGCAAUUUCAGGACUAUGGUGUCUGCAGAAGUUUUCUGCCCCUUACAUUCAGUUUAGUCACGUUAAGGAAUAUGCCGAUUACCAUUACUUCUGCAGCAUACUGUAGUGGUUAUGUUGCCUGAAGUGCCCUGUUGACUUCCCAGGGUAUGUAGCCAAAUGGUUUGCAAAUCAUAUGACAACUUACCUGUGGUCCGCCGGGUGAUGGUUACCUCCUCCAGGAACUCUCUGUCUCAGGUAUGAUUCAAUACUCUUAGAAAAACUUUCCAAAUGAUUGUCACCUUUAAUGUAUGUCGGAAUUUUUGUAGAUAAAUUACAUUAAAAGUUUUUCUAAAAGUAUUGCAUCAAUUGGAAAGUUUUUCCAUCGAGAGCCAAUUUACAUAGUUACUACUAUGUAAAUACCUACUCUGGCAGUAGGAUCUGUCAUUAUACCAGAUUGGAACCUUUCACCUCUGGAUUAAGUACAAUUUGAUCUCUAUAUACCUCACGUGCUGCCCUAAUAUAACUAUACAAGAAUUCUAUUAUUGGUUAUCUUUGAUUAACUUUGUUCAAUGCUCUAAUGUGCUCCAAUAAUGAUUAUUAAUUCCGUGGAUGUGAAUUUUAUUUUAUCUUAUUCUAUCUGUCUUGUAGUGAUCAAUUGUGUGUAAUGUGGCAGCUAAUAUAAGUGCUACCCAUUUGUUUUAUGCAUUUUUAUAGGAGGUUAGGGGCUAGAUCUUUAUAGUUGGUGUGCUAAACGGUUCUCUGUGAUUGUUUUUUUUUUUUUAGCUUGGAGAUACAUAGAUUACAUAAAUACAUACAUACAUACAUACAUACUCACAAAGUAAGCUCCAUGCUGGAGCUUUUGGCUCCACGGGAGGCUGAAACCAGCACCAAGCAAACUUCAAGUAGGUUGUCAAGUUUCAAAUGUGACUAUUGACACUAGGAGUAUGCAAGAGCAUUCCUGGGUCCAUAAUCACUACAGAAUGCUGUAGUGGUAAUGGUGCUUGGAGUGUUCCCUUAAGUCAGAGAUAGGCAACCUUUGGCACUCCAGAUGUGAUUUUACACACCUUUUUCAGUGCCAGGUGGGGCCGGUCGUGGCUUGCCCCACCCACGUUCCAACACUUGGCUGAGAUCAUCAAACUUGAUAAUCUCUGCUAAUCCAAUGCUUUCCCUUAGGCAAAACCCCGUUCUGCGCCAAUCAGAAUCUCCUCAUAGAGAUGCAUUGACUCAAUGCAUCUCUAUGGGGAAAGUUCAGCACCUCCAUGCAAAGCAUGGAGACACUGUGAACGUUAGUGCUGCACAGCCAGGAAGAACCUCUAGUUGCCGUCUGAGUGACUGCCACUGGAGGUGUUACUAGGCAACAAUGUAGACAUUGCCUUGUCUCUGAAAAGUGUUUUACAUUGAGAAGUCUGCAGGAACUUGCUAUACUCACCAGAAAAAACACAUUAAGCUGCUAUGGAGCAUAUUGCAAUGGUUAUUAUGCAAAGAGACUUAAUUCUGCAAAUGUGUACAACAUUUGUAACACAUCUUCAUUAUCAUGUCUGCAAAGAAGGUUGGGGCUUUCCAUGCCAGGGAGACCCUCUUUUGCCAGUCCAGAUGAAACUGGUUUGAAAACAAAAUGAAUGGACAACUCCCAUAGCAUCUUUGCACCAUAACCACUACAAUAGCUGAAUUGUUUAGCAUCUUAUAACAAUAUUUAUUUAGAUCUUGUGGCUGUAGCUUACCCCACUAGGUGGCACUACAACUUAAAAUAUAUAUAAUUCCUUGAGCGAAAUAUAUAAAAUAAUAUAUGAUUAGUUGUAUUACCUUUACUGACAGUCAAUGAAAACUAAAAUUAGUUAACAUUUACUGCAAAGCAGUAACAUUCUCAGUUGCUAUAUGGCAAAGUAAUAUAAAGAAAAGAAAUCUACCAAAGUAAAAUGUAAAAAUUGCCAUACACUAUAAAAAAGCUAAACAGUAAGCUCUGUCAAGCUAAGUACAGCUUAAGGUUGCGGAGUUUAAAGGGAUGUUAUAGGCAACCAGACCACUUCAUCUCAUUGAAGUGGUCUGGGUACAGUGCCACUAUCCCCUUAAACCUGGAAUGGUAAUUAUUGCAAUUAUUGAGAAACUGUAAUAAUUACCAUGCAGGGUUACCUCCAUCUCUAGUGGAGGUCUAACAGACAGCCACUAGAGGCACUUCCGGGUCCACAGAGGACUUUUGGGCUGCACUGAUUCAAUGCUUUUCUAUGGAGAAGUCCUAAUGCAAUCGCUGCGCUCACCCCACAUGCGCAUUAGAUCCCUCCAGUCAGUGGAGCCUGACCCAGCACCGAGAGACAUCAGCACUGGAAUCGGGUAAGUGAGAAGAGGGUUUUUAACCCUUUUAGCGCUGAUGGAGGGAGCGCAGCCCUCCACCAUAGUUUCCCUUUUAAAAGCAGUUGACUUUAACCCACAUUAAAUGGAAUUUAAAAUACAAAUAAAUAAACAUAAGCAAAUUAUCCAGACAUAAUUUCUGCACUACUGAUAGAGAAGCACUGGGGAUUUGAUAUGCGUGCAUUCGUCCAAUCUAUGCUUAUGUGAGUUGCAUUUGAUUGGCGAACUGAGUCUGACUCUGGUGUCACAGGGAAAGUGUGUUUAGCGUUUGUCAGAAAGACCGCCACAGUUUCUACAAAUUGCCAUUGUUUUUUACAUUGCAGGUUUAAAACGACAAGAGCACUGCACUUAGACUACUUCAUGAAGUGGCCUGGGUGCCUGCAGUGUUAAUUCACAGUACAUCACUAACUAGGUGGUCAUAUUACAUAUACUCCAAAGAAAACCUGCACUUUUAUAGGUCAAAAUGAACCUAUUUACAAUGUGGAGUAACAAGAAUAUCAUAUUUUUUCAUACAGUUAUCCAAAUAGUAAAGCACUAAUUAUUCCCGUUUACUUCCUUUGAAAUGUUCCUAUUAUAGCGUGUGUGCGUGUAUUAUAUAAAUACAGUAUUGUAUAAUAGAAAACAAUUUGUUCUUCAGAUUUGUUGCACUAUAAUUACAAAUGGGACUGUGUAUUACAGGUUUCCCGGUUAUCCUGGAUUGAAAGAAAAGUGGCUGCUACCCUGUUUGGGAAUCCACCAACUGCAACAGUACAAGAUGCCUUGAAUUAUUUUCUGAAGGCAAAUAUUCAACUAUUUAUCGUCUAUUUAGAUUUGUGUACUGUCGUUAUGAUUAAUUUAUUAUUCUCUUACCCAGGUCCCAGUCACUAAAUAUAGUUGUAUGCACUUCAUGUGAUUUUCUGUUUGCAUUUAUGUGUUUGAAAUUACAAAAGUCCGGAGUUGUCUAUGCAAUAUGUGAACUAGUGUAGGUGCAUUACAGUCCCGUUUGCAUUCUGUGUGUAUUGACAUUUCUACCAACACUGGUAGAUUUGGGUUUACCUAUACGAACUCGUAUUAUACGAACUCUAUUCUCAAUCACAAAAAAUGCUCUUAAAGUGUAAGGUCAUAUUAUCCAUCAUAGAAUCAUAUGCUAAGUUUUGUAAAAAGCAUUGUCACGGUUACUAAAUACAUCACUUCCCCUUUUUGUUAAAUGUCACAAUAUUCCCUCCCCAAGAUGAACUAUACUUCUUGUUUUAAAUGCCAUUGAGUGACUUAUAUUAUUACUGAUGCCAUUAUGACAUUUCAUUACUGUAAUGUCAUUGUCCAUACAUGUUAAAGGGCUACUCCAAGCACCAUUACCACCUCACUGAUUUUAAGUGGUCAUGGUGCUUGGAGUCUGUAUGUAUAUGCAUGUAUGUACAAGGUUUUAAUAUGAAGCUGUCGGUAUUGGCAUCUGCAGCAAUUAUGAAGAGACUGAAUUGUCUCCUGCUAUAUUAACAAACUAAUACAUAUUUUAUAUGUAAAUAAAAGUUAAAACUUUCACUAUUAUUUUUAUUAAUUUCAAUAACUAUGUAAACAUCACAUCAAUGAUCUUAUUUGUGUGUUUCUCAAUCCCACCUCACUUAGGUCGUUCUGUUUUCAUCCUACACUCCACUUGUGUCCCUCUUUCUCUAUUAAACUGUAAUGGUAUCUGCAUGUUUCAGCAACAACCUGCAGCAUUCUAAGUGUUUUAUUCACUUUGACACUGGACACUGCAGAUAUUUACCAUUUGUUGAUGUCCAAACUUUGCCGCCACUGAACUGUGUGUCAAAUAUGUGUCAUCCUACAAGCACCUUCUGGCAUCAUCAAAAUGAUCCCAGUUGAUAACUUAAUUUGCUAAUGCUAUAUAAACUAGACUUGUGCAAAAAUUUGUUUGUCAUGAGCGAAUCGAUUGUCCAAAUCUAAAUUCUUUGAAUCUAUUUAUUCGGGAAAUAAAUUAUUUUCCUGAUCAAUUAGUUUGAAUACAUUAAUUUAUAGACAAGACAAUUCUAAAAGCCUUUGUAUCAGCCUCUGUAUUUUGUUGUUUCUGCUACUGUACGAUCAUGAUAUAACAUGACUACUGUCUAGUUUUGAUUUGAUUUGGCUAUUUGUAGACUGUUUUUUAUUAUCUUGAACUAGGAUAGUUUAUUAGCAUUGUUCUAUCCCCAUAUGCCAGAUUUUAGACUUGCUACGGUCUAUGGGUUCCCUUUCCUUGAUAGCAUUAAAGCCAGCCACUCUAACAACCAGUAAUAUGGAGCUACCUUUUCCUACUAUUUCAUUUUGGUAGGAAACAUGUCAGUCUUGCAACCCCCACUGGUGACCUUCUGUCUCAAUGCCACGCUAACUUCUGAUCCUAUUUCUUCACCUCACCUCUAUUUCCGACCCUCACUCCCCUUUCCUCAUUCUCUAUCCCACUCAUACUUGUUGUAACCACUCGCGUACUUACCUUGGCAGUCCGCGGACUACCGCUCCCACUUUGACUGCUGUCUCAGACAGCCUCCUGGACGCCGGCCACUGGGGGGCUCACCAGUCGGUGUCAUGAUGUCGUUUGAGUUCAAAACACUAGAGCUCAACAAACAUUCAUGUUUUGGGGCAGGGCUAUGCUAACAACGCCCUCAAAUGUAUAAAACCUUAUUUUCCCAAGGCACGGUUCCCUAUUGUGGUUCCUAAUGUUACUAGUGUCCCAAUAGUGCGUUCUUUUGUCUGUUUUGUAUAAUUUUGGUGUUAAGAUGGCUUGCUCUCGACUACUCUGUUUUCUGGUUCCCUUGACUCAGCUUUGUUUCUCGUAAUUAUGUAUUUCUUGGCUUUGUCUCUCAUAUAUGUGUGUUUCUGACUUCCCUUAACCUUGGUUUAUUCUGACGUUCUAUGAAUUUUAUUCUAUUAUCUGGCCAUUCUAAGGACCGGUUUAGGGACCUUCUAUCUGUCUCUGUUUCUACUGGUGGAUUUUCACUUUGUGUGUUGGGUUGUAGGUUACACUUGUGAUGCUAAGUCUCUACUCCAUGCACAUUUUGCUCUCUUUCUACAUCCAGCCUCCACUUGUCAUCCCUAUGUCUGUCUCACCCUAUAUGUGUGCCCUUUCUUCUACCCUCCUCCAUCCCCAUUUUGUGUUUGUCUGCAUACAGUAGGCUUCUGCUGUGGCCUGCAGGGAUGAGCACUCUCUAAUGUUUAGCCACUUCCCUUGUCCAGAUUGUAGAUAGUACCCUGUGUUAAGGGGGCAGGGUUAUGAUAUAAGCCUUACCCCUUAUUAUAUUAGUUAACAACAGCAUUCACGAGUCCAGGAUGUAACGUGGCAAUAUUUAAAAUUUAAUGAAGAAGUCUGAUCACUUUCUACGCAACUGAUCAAGGCAGUUGACCAGUAGCUAUUGGGCACCCCUAUUCUAUAUAUUCUUCUGGUAACAAUGAGUAGGCUACAUUUUUUGUGUAGUUCAGUAACCAUUAACAUGCAACCUACAUUUCCCUUAAAUGCUGAUCCAGACAACUGGCUGAUACAGCAUAUUAAAUUAUGGGCUGAAAAAUCAAAGGAAAGCAAUCUCAUAUUUGUUAGUCCUUCCAGAUCUCCUUUUUUAAAUUGCUUACCUCCCUAUGAAAAACCUCUGGCUCUUUCCCAUCUCUGUCUCAGCAUUUCAUGCCAAUAAUACUUUAAUUUCUUUGUUUCCGCUGUAAUUUAUUGUUGUAAUCGUCUUCCCAUUAUUUCCAAGGCUGAAGAAAUGCAUCCUGGGUACUCGAAGUACAACUAUGUGUUCUUGGCAAAGGUAACAAGAACAUUUUUUUUUAUCUGAUUAUUUCCCAUAAAUAUAGCAUACUCUAAGUCUGCGGUUUGUAUAGUUUUGCUCUUUACUCAUCCUUUCUGUGUAUGUCUCCCUCAGUGUUACAGAGAUCUGGGACAGAAAACUAAAGCUUUGAAGUAUUGCAAUGAUGCAUCGGCUAUUGCAUCUGUAACUAAAGAGGUGAGCCUUAUGAACAAUACUUAGUACAGUACACAGCACCUGCAAUUUUGGGGCAAGUGUUAUUUAGAUCUAAAACACUACGUAGAUGUAUUCAUUUAACUGUGAGUUGUAAAGAUCUCACGUUUAGUAUGCACAACAAAAACCAAGAUAGCUUAUAACCAAAAUAAAUAUACAAAGCAGUCGAGUUGGACAUCAUAUUUUAUGCUAGCUAGUUUAGUCCAGUUUUUUUUUCUUUAACUUUAUUUCAACUUAUCACAAAUCACCAUCUAGUUAUUUUUAUGUAAGUUUAAGUUUGUGCAAUACUGCUCAGUAGCACGAUAUACAUUUUACAUCUAUCAUAUAUUUACCUCACUCGUUAAGUCUCACAUUUUGUUGCUGUGAAGAUAACUGCAACACUCAGCAUUCCCUGCUGUGAUUUUGAACUGAUCCCAAUGUUUAGACUAAAUCUCUUUAUGAAUGCCAGUGUGAUUGCCAAAUGAGAACAGAUACUGAAGAUUUAAUUAAUCUGCUCUUACAACAGCCAAGAACAUUUGUAACAAAACACUGUAAUGAUUUAGAAUGCUCACCUCUUGCUCCACUCAUUAACUAUUAUAGGUUGUACCUUCCCCUCUAAAUUAGGCCUCAAUUUGAUAUUUUUGGAUAAACCUUUAAAAUAUUUAUUUUUCAAAAAUGUUACAAUAUCAAAAAAUUUAAUUGUUUUAUAUAUAUAUAUAUAUAUAUAUAUAUAUAUAUAUAUAUAUAUAUAUUUAAUUUUCAAAAUGUAUUCAAAAUAUGAAAUCAUUUGUACUAACAAUUAUACCGCAGAUCCUCAUGGUAGUGUAGAGUCAAUGGAAAAUUUAAUAUUUCACAAAUAUAUCCUAAUUAGGGCUAGUUUAAGUAUUAGAAUCUAAAUAAAAGGCAACUUUUAAAUAAUACCUGACCGUAUCGGAUAUUUACAGCACAUUGCUAAUCUAUUCUCCAGUGGCUUUUUUACUUGCUUUACCAGCAGAUGUUCACAAUAUCUGUAAUAUAUGACUACAUCCACUAUCACAUUUCUCUUUAUAGUAGACAUUUGUACGGUGUGAUUAUUCGGCAUGACCUCUUUAUAUGCCUACUGAAGUUGUUUGUAUUGUAGAUUUCUAUUUAGUUUCUCUUCACCUGUUUUUAAUUGUUUUCGUUUAAAAAAUAAAAACAACUUUUGGGGGGUCGUGGCCAACAAGAGCUGAAACAGUUGUGCUACAGGGGAGCUCCUACAUAGCCAUGCUGUAAAUCUAAUUUUACAGAGAUUACCGGCAUUAUUCACCUUGCCUUUCUUCACCACCCCCCAGAUGACAUUAUGGGGCGCUUGCACAAGAAACUUCGCCGCCCAGAAAGCUUCAGCAUGUCAGAUAUUAGACUCUCUUUUAAGAGACCAGCGGAACGAAUACCAAGAUGGCGCCUGAGGCACCAAUCAAGACUGAGGCCUCAGAAGAGUCACAAAUAGACGCAGACUCCACUGCCUCGACGGGCUCAGGAGGUGACUACAGAGAGGAAGAGUCCUCCCCCUCCACAAAAGGGGACAUCAAGAGAUUGCUGUAGGAGCUGAGGAAGGUGUGGAAAGCUGACUUGCAGGAGACACAGGCUGAAAUAGGAGUAAUCCACAAAAAGCUUGCUGAGGUUGAAACCAGAGAGGAAGCCAGAGACAACCAGUUACUGGAGACCAAGUGUCAAGUAGAAGAGCUCAGACACCAAGUUGUGAAACUCAAUAGAGCAGUUGCUGUGUUGGAAUCCAGGCACAGAAAAAGAAACAUCCGCCAGGUGGGGGUGAGGAGUUGCUGCCCUUCACACGAAGACUGGUUGCCUCAAUGGGCAUAAAGGGGGGAGCCUUUAGAGGGAACUUUGCAGACCAAAACUAAACAGAGUGGCCCUUUGUCCAUCGGUUGCAGUUCAAGAAAUAAACCACAACCAUGGCAACACCCAGUAAACCCUAUAAAUCUAGAGAAGCUACUAUAGCUCCAUGUAGUAGUGGACACAGAGGCUUGUAAUAUUGUUCAGAAUGCAACAGAACACGCUUUCUAACACAGUUCUUAAUGCUAUGAUAGUCUCCAAACACCUCAGAUGGGCUUAAUAUUUAUCACUAGCCUAAGCCUAGUUUAGUUCAUACUAGUUGCUCCAUAUAAGUGUAAAUUUACAUAUAUUGUAUCUUUUCUGUUUUUAUGUUAUAAUUUCCUCUAUGAUGCUAUGUUUGAUCUACAUGUGCCUGUUUAUUGUUACACUUCACUCAUAUUCUGAUUAAGAUGAUAUUUGGUGAACAAACUCCAAUAAACUUCAAAUAAAAAACAAAACACUUUUGUGUGUAAUUGGAAAUUAGUGAUCUUAACCUAGGAGAGCCAUGCAUCUCUAAACCGCCACCUAGUACCGAAAAUAAAGGUUUUAUUCCAGCUCCUACAAUGACUUUGUCAGAGUCCUUAACAAAUGUAAAUACAUGGGAGGUAUUUAAAGGGACCGGGAGCUUGGUAACAAUGAUAAAUAGAGAGGUUACUAAGAAUGUUAGUUCACUUUUUCAGUACAACAUUUUGUUCCUUCAAAAUAUACAUACAGCCAUAUAUAUAUGUGUGUAUACAUGUGAUAUGUGUGUGUGUGUGUGUGUAUAUAUAUAUAUAUAUUGUAAUAAAGCUACAGCAGGAACAGCCACUCCAAUGCUUUUUCAAUAUGUUUAUUUACAAAACCAACAGUUUUUAACAUUCAGGAUACAUUCAGGAUACUCUUUCCUCUUAAGACAGAAAUCAAACCAAAAGCAAAUAAAAGCCUACUCUUUCUAGAAGACUAAGUAAACAGAGGUAUUUCCUUUCUAACAGUACUAACUAACUAAGCUGGUUCCUAGUCACAAAACAACAAUUAGACAGCACAAAGUUUUUCUUACUACUCAGGCACACUUUUACACUCUCUCUGUGUUUGUAAUCAGCAGCAGUAGUGAGAAAUUCUCAGCAGGCUUAAUAGGGCCAGGCAGUGUUAAUUAAGUAGAAGCGGAAGCUGCUACAAAUAUUAACCCUAGAAGUAGGGGAAAGUGCACUUUUCAUACGCUAGCACUUGAAUAUGCAGGGUUUGUUUUUUUUGUGUGCUAAAUUAAUUGCUGGGGGAAAAAUGGAUCUUUAACUAGUAAAGCAGUGUGAGACUCUUACCAGUUGACAGCAGCUAUCAGCUGCAUAUUGGAUAAACUUUAAAGUAUGUGCCAAUACUAACAGCACAUACCUCCUGUUGAUCAGCUGCCAAAUCCAGUCUCUGUAAGUUUACAUGUAUCCGCAAAGAUGCAUGAUGUUUUAUUGCACUCUGGACACAUUUUUCAUUCGUACCUUUCUCAUGACAUUUUAUCAAUGGGAAGCUAGUGAUAGUUUGAGACUGUUAGCUGUCACCAGCACCCAUUUAGAGGUCUCCUCAUUGAAUGCACUUCUCGAUUGUGCUUUUCAUCCCCAAUGCUGUACUAUAAGGGGCAUUGGAUUGGACAAAAGAGAUAAAAGUGUCGGCAUGACACUGCAGGAUGCAGAUCAAGCGGCUAAAGGGACUACCAAGCGCUGUAUAAAGAGGUGAGUAAAACCAUAUUUUUUUAAUUUUUGUUUUAGAUUUGGGGGCCUUUAACUAAAUGCAGAGGAGAACACCAUUGUCAAACUUAAUAUUAAUAAUAAUAACCCAGGUUUGUAUUCAUAAUGCCAUAGUGUGGUGGCACUCUUGCUUCAUAAGUAGAAAGCCAGUAAUACUCAAAGUGAUAAACUUUCAUGUUCCUCUUGCAUCAUAGGAAAUAACUAUUACAGGUUGUGUAAGGGUCUCCAAUAACCUAUUACUUGGCACUGUCUACUGUUUAUGCAUGAGCACUGUUAUUCAUUCACAGCCUUUAUGUAUAAUUAAGGAAUUCAUUUGUCUGCCUUGUUUACUUUGCGAUGUAAAGGUGAUCCAGUUUUCAACUAGGACGUGGCGAAAUAUAUGGAUUUGUUUCAUGUUAUACUGUGCCAGUGUAUACACAUCAAAGAAUUUCAGACGUUAAGGGGUAACUGUCACUUUUUACACCAUUGAACAAAAUAAUUAAAAUCACCUGUAACUCCUGUUAUUUUUUUAAAAUUUUUUUAAUGCUUAACCCCUUAAAGGAACACUGUAGUCACUAUAAGCAUUUCAUCUCUUUGAAUUGGUUAUAGUGCCUGGAGUACCCUGGCACUGUCCCUCCAUUCAGUGUUGUACCAUGUUCGUACAGUAUGCCACAAAAUAAGAGUCCCUGGCCACCCACUGUCCGGCCCCUUCAGUAUGUGUAGCUAAGGCAGAGAUUACACACUUCCUUGUUGUCAUACCCACUCAUACCGUCAGUUGGAACUCUGACAGGCUAAAAGCAGUCAGCUGACACUCUCAGCCAAUCACAGCUGCCCAUUUCUGCUCAGGCUAAUACUUCCUUAUUAGCCAAAGCAGCGCAGAGGGGAUGGAUUGCCGGGGACUCUUGUUUAGCAUUAAAACAUUAAAACUUUAAAAACUGUUUAAUGCUGAUAGAAAUGAUGGGACCAGAAGACUCCAGACACUAUAACCAGUUUAAUGAGAUGAAGCAGAUACAGUGCCUACAGUGUCCCUUUAAGGACACAGCUACAGAAGCUUGUCUUACACUUAAUGACACAAGCAAUUUUUGCAUUUUCUUGCUGUAUGCGUUCAACUGCAAUUUGCAUCUCUCUCGUUUAUUGCACCGACACACAUUAUAUACUGUUUUUUAAAGGACAGAAAGGCUUUCAUUUGAUGUGCAGGCUAAAGAAAGUAAUUAAAAAUAAAUUCAUUUAGUUGUUAUGAUUUACAGAAUAUAUAAUGUGUCUGGGAUUUUAAGUUUUUUUUGGUAGUUACAGGUCACAAAGCACAAGGAGUAAAAUAAACUUUUAAUGUGGAGCGAUUUUAGAAUUUGGUAUGUUUGUCUUGUAAGCUUAAUAGCCAUAAAAGAAAACAAAAUUGCCACACAAAAGUAUGUAUUUAUAUCAGGCCCGGACUGGCCAUCUGGCACACCGGGCAAAUGCCCUGUGGGCCGUGGUGGCCAUGGGCCAAGGCCGGCAGGGAGAUCACAGGAUCUCCCCUGCCAGCCCCUGCAGGGCCAACGCUAUCCGAGCGCCGGCCCUGCAGUAGUCCAUGGCGGGCCGGUGGGGAGAUCAAAGAUAUACUGCGGCCGCCGGGGGAGAGAGGGAGGGAGCCGGCCGGCCUGCCAGCAGAGGAACCCGGAGGAGCUCUAACUUACAGCUCCGCCGGGUUCCUCUCGAGAGAUUCGGAGCAAUGCCAUGGAAUGCUCCGGGUCUCGCGGGAGUGAACUCUAGCCCGAAAAGCUAGAGUUCACUCACCACUAAGACCACCAGGGAUGGAUGGCGGCAGCAGGAUCCCCCCUCCCAGGCUAAAGAUAAGCAGGGAGGGAGAUAAAAUCACACAAGUCACAUCAGCCUCACAGACACCCCUGACACUCACAGCACCCCUGACACUCUCAGCACCCUCACUCACACUGCACCCCUGACACCCUCAGCACCCUCACUCACACUGCACCCCUGAUACUCUCAGCACCCUCACUCACACUGCACCCCUGACACUCACAGCACCCUCACUCACACUGCAUCCCUGACACUCACAGCACCCUCACUCACACUGCACCCCUAACACUCACAGCACCCUCACUCACACACACUGCAACCCUGACACUCACAGCACCCUCACUCGCACACACUACAACCCUGACACUCACAGCACCCUCACUCACACGCACACACUGCACCCCUGACACUGACAGCACCCACACACACUGCACCCCUGACACUCACAGCACCCUCACUCACACACACUGCACCCCUGAAACUGACAGCACCCACACACACACACACACUGCACCCCUGACACUGACAGACACUGACAGCACACACACACACUGCACCCCUGACACUCACAGCACCCUCACUCCACACACACACACACACUGCACCCCUGACACUGACAGCAUCCACACACACACACUGCAUCCCUGACACAGCAGCCCACACACACAAACUGCACCCCUGACACUGACAGCGCCCACACACACAAACUGCACCCCUGACACUCACAGCACCAUCACUCACACACACUGUACCUCUGACACUCACAGCACCCUCACACACAGCUUCCUCACACCCAUCGCACAUAUACACACUACACCCCUUACACACACACUGCACAAUAUGCUUUCCUAGCAUUUUUGUCUCCUGGUAUCCCAUCUAUGGAGACACCAGAGACAAAUUUCAAUCAGACACAGUGUAAGCAUGUUAUUAAAUUCGCUUGCACUGUGCAGAACAAAUACAGGGUCUUUUUCUCAUGCUAGAGCUCUUCAGCAGAGCUCUGCGCAUGAUCUACCCUGGAAAAGCAUUGAACCAACAUGCUCACUUUGUGAUGGGGUGUGCUUGUCAUUGGUGAUGACAAAAUACACCCCGUCUGGCCCCGCCCCUUUUUUAGUGGGGCGCUGUAAUUAAAAAAUGCCCGGGCCGAAUUUUCUUCCCAGUCCGGCCCUGAUUUAUAUAAAGUAGACAUCUCAGGCUAUUGUCCUAAGGUUGUUUUGACACUUUCUACGUAGCCAUUUCACCGCCAAUCUCUGCUAAAUAUUGGAGUAAAAUUUAGUUUUUGUGGGUUUUUGGCACACAAACUUAUAACAAAGAACUUCUCAUGUGUAUUUUGUAAAGUUGGUGUGUGCUAUUCCUGUACAAAGUUUUAUUUUGUGUUCAGUUACUACUGAGUACGAUACCCCCAUUGUAUGUCUUUGGCACUAUUUCGUGAAGCUACAGUGCCAUAUAGGAGACCUGUCCAUUUCAACAUUUACAGUAGAAUUUUGAGAGGCGGAUUUAAUGGGCCUAUGCUUCAAAAAACAAAACACAAAGGCCUACCAUUUGUAAAAGUAGACACUCCAUUGUAUCUCAUAUAGUGCAUAUUGUGCCUUAACAUGCCCCCAUUUUUUCACCAAUAUAUGCCAAAGUAUGCAGUAAAAAAUAAUUUGGGGCAUUUUUUACAAACUGAUUACAUUUUUGCUGGGCAUUUUGUACACUUCAUAUGUGCCACUAAGUUCAAACCCCCCAAAUUAUGCUCAGCUAAGUCUUCUGAGUAAAACAAUAUGCCCAAUGUAUGACCUAGACACUGUUUUGUGAAGUUAAACUGCUGUAAAAGAGACGUGACAAGUUAAGGUUUUUAAGUGUGAAUUUUCAUGGAGGGUUUUGAUGCGUCCGUGUCCCACUUUGGAGCACUUGAGCAGGCUACAUAUUACAUCUACACCAUAAAGGCAUACCAUUUCUUAAAGAACACAUCCCAGGGUAUUUCAAAAGGCAUAUUUUGAAUGUUAGAGUGGGAUAAUUUUUCCGCUAGCUUGUACCAAGUGUAGUGGUAAUAAGCCUUUUUUUUGCCUUUUUGACACACAAAGUGAGUUUGCACAGUAUAUUUUGCAAAUCGUAUGUGUGCUACGACUGUAUAAUACUUCAUAUGUUGCUUAGCUAUGUCGGCUGAGUACAGCAAUACCCCUGUAUGUGCCUUUGCCUGGUAUAUGUGGACAUCGGAGGGGCACAUUUGGGAUACAGCCAUUCCAGUUCUUUUCAAACUUUCAAUUUUUACACUGUGCCCAUGUCCUAUUUUAGAGUAUUUUACCAGGCUUUAUAAUCCAAAUACCCCAUAAAGCCAUACCAUUUCUUAAAGAAGACAUCCCAGGGCAAUUCAAAAGGCCUAUUUUGAACCUUAGCGUGGGAUCAUUUUUCCGCUAGCUUGUACCAAGUGUAAUGAGCAUUUUUUAAUGUAUUUUUUUACUUUGUAAAACUUUUUUUAAUUUGUAAAACCCGUUUUUAAACUUUUUUUUUUACUUAUUAAAUGUUUUACACUUUCUUAACUUUUUUUAUACUUUAACAUUUUUUUCUAAACUUUUCUUUUACCAUUAACCCCUAAGCACUAACAGUAAAUUCCCCCCUUUCCCAUAACUCCCACCCACUCCAGGUAGAAAAAUAUAUAUAAUUAUAAAAUAUUUAAAUUAAUUAAAUAAAUUGAACCCCUGAGGGUUAAAAAAUAAAUAAAAGUUAAUCCUCAGGGGUUAAAAGAAAUUAGAUUAUAGUAUAAUACUGUGAUCUGUAGUUUGAUCACUGUAGGCAGUGAUCAACUGGCAGGGAAGGGGUUAAUUUUUAUUUAGACUGGGUAAGGGGGGGGUGGUAUAUUUUUUUUACUUAAACGUUACUAAAACAUUUUUUUAAACUUUUUUUAACCUUUUUAAAGCUUAUUUUAAAACUUUUUUUAAAGUUAACCCCUAGUUAGCCUAACACCAAAUUCACAAAUUCCCCAGUAACUUCCACCCAUCCCAGCUAGCUAAAUAUAUAAUUUUUAAAUAUUUUAAUUAAUUAAUAAAAUAAAGGGGGGGUUUGAUUUAACUUUAUUUUAUUUUUUUACACAAGGAGAAGAUCAGCAGCACUGAUCCGUCUCCCUGCACUUCACACAGAACCCGGAAGUGCAGGGAGGCGGAAGGUGAGUAUACUGAGCACAUGUGCUUGCUCUGACAGCCUGUCAGAGCGAGCACCAGUGCUGGGGCAGCCCGAUCAGGUGCUCCGGUCUGCCUCUAAUACAUCGCGGCGAUCUGGGGUUAACUUUAGUAAAUGACGUAAAUUUUCCGUCAACGGUCCUUAACUGAAGGACAAAGUUGGCGGAAAAUUUCCGUUUGUGGUCAGGAAGGGGUUAAUAGGAUGCUGUAUUCUUUUUUUUAAAUGUUUUUACAUUUUGAAGAUUUAGCUUUCGUUCUAUAAUUUGCCAAUGCAAACACUUUUCUGAAUUUUAGAUGACAGAGAAUAACUGCCAGUUAUCUGGAAAUUACACCACUGAAAAUAACAUUGAACAUUACCUGUAACUUUUGUUAUUUAUUUAUUUUUUCUUCUGUAUAUGAUGCACCAUUCUCAAUUAACCCCUUAAAGGGUUUCAGUGAGAAAUUACUGCCAUGUAAAAGUUGAAUCGCUUGUGUAUCUGUUUAUACAGCCCUAGCAACACUUCCUUGUGACUCCCACAUCCUACAUGAACCAAUGUUUUCAUUUUCAAUAAGCCCUGACAGUACAUGGGGGAUACUUGUUAGAAUUUAUGUCUUGCUAUGUUAGUAGAAUUUUAAUAAUAAACAGGAGGCUUCUGCAGGUCUACAGAGUAGGAGAUGAGAAAUUCUAAAUUAAACACACUGCACAAUAAAGGAAAUUUAAAUAUUAGAUUUCUUUUUAAGGGAAUCCCAUAAACUCUAAGGGUGGAGUAGGGUUAGUGUUGGUGUAGGGUUAGUGGAGAUUUGCUGUUAAUGUAAACGGGUUAAUACUGUUUUAGGGUUGGAAGUAGUAUUUUUUUUUUAAGUUAGUGUAAGCAUAGGGUUAAGGUGUAGGUUUGGCAUAGAGUUAGGGUUGGUAUAGAGGCAGUGGUAACUCCAAAAUAAAAUUAGAUCCUAGAACUGUGAGGCAUUAAAGAAUCAGAGAUGUGAAUCUGUUUUGAAUUAUUUUUCUUUUGCUGGAAUUGAUGUGUAAAUAUCUUAAGCAAAGCUGUGAAAUAAAUGUGUAUUUUUAACCAUUUUUAGCAUGUCAAUCAAGCUUAACGUUGUGUUAGCUAUAUAUAUAUUGCAUAAUGAAAGACAGACAUUUCUGUCCUUUACAAACAAUAUAUAAUAUAUACUUAAAGAGAAGCCCUUAAAUUAUGUUGGAAUAAACGUAGCACAAAUUCUAGGUCUGGGAAAAGCAACCUUCAACACUCCAGAAGUUGUACACUACAUUACCUAAUGCUUUGCUAGUAUUAUGGAUGUAGUGCCUAAGGUUGCAUACUCCUAUUCUAGGUAUUGUUUUGGUUCAGAUGUUGGAAAAUUACCUCUGUUUCUAAGGGGUAAAAUGUAUUUUUUUGUUUUUAUUCUUUCAAUUCUUUCAGUUUUUCAGUGCAAGUGAUUUAUCAGAGACAAGGCAUGUUAUCAUGAGAUCAAAGUCAUGUAGUCAGACAGUUAACAAGUCACGAUAUAGUUACGUCAUAUUAUAGGAAAGUGUUCCUUCUGGCAGUUCUCUUUUACAGUACAUAUAUUUUUUUAAAUAGCAGUUGACAUCACAAUCCAGUUCAGUCCAUGCACAACAAGGGCACAUUACAUUGGGUUAGUAGAAAGUGAAACAACACGUGAAAUUUAUCAAAAGGCCAUUUUCUAAGAAAAUUGUGAAAAUAUGUAAAAGGGGAGUAGUUACCAAUGUAAUGUGGCUGUUGAGUCCACUAGUUUCCAUGGUGAUUGCCAUUUUUAAGACUUUACACCAUUUUUCAGAACACAGCAAUUGAACACAUCUCCCAUUGUUUAUUUUUCUCUUCCUCUCUAUGGUGACUAACCGGUGCAAAGACUGUUUCUUAAAGGGCAGAGUUUACAUACAGGAUCCAAGAUGGAGAUAUUUAUUUAUAGAAUUGAUAUAAAGACAGUGGUGUGGAUUACUAUAUUUAGUUUUAAUUUUCAAAUCUCACAACAACUUUUUUUUCUUCAAUAUGUCAACAAGAUAUUGAAAACCUAAGGAAGUGUUGGUUCCCCUUUAAAAAAUGAGUUGAAGCUAGGAGAGAGCAAGUGCUUGUGGCUUCAGGGUCAGUCUAUCGGUCUUUUUAUGUGUACUUUCAAUUCAACUUUUUUUUUCUCUUUUAAAUGAAAGAGCAUAAAUGCUAUCUAUACUAUGAUAUCUAAGUUGCUUGCAAAUUAUUUACAUUUUUAAUGAAGUCUAAAUAAUGACAUAGUUAUUUUACUUACCUCCCCAUCAAUUAUUGGCAUACAAAGGUAUGUUGCCAACAUAAAAUGUAUUUAUUUAUUUAAUAUUUUACCAGGAAAGAUACAUUGAGAUUUCUCUUGUUUUCAAGUAUGUCCUGGGUCCACAAAUCAUUGACGAGAAUUGUCGGAAGAGUAAUAUGAAGUGCUCCUUUUUGACGGUUCUCCUUCACAGUACAUAUAGCACAAGAGGUCAUAUAUCAAAACAUAUAAUUUAAUAUGUAACCAAGGCACACGAGAAAGGUAAUGGGAACCCUGCUGAAAUUAGUAUUCUAUCUGAUGUUAUAGUCAAGCAACCACAAGAAAUCAAAGGCCGCACUGACCAAUGGUCAACGCUCUGGCUAUAAUAUAAGCUUUUGUGACCGGAUAGCAAGUUGUUUUGUAAUGCUAUUUUAUGCCAAAUAAGUCUGCAGUUUAAAAAUGUGAUUUGAGAUUUUGGUAUCAUUACAGAAGUUUUAUCCAGAUUUUUUUAUUAUUUCUCCAUUUGCGAAUUUUAUGGAUUUUUAAAAAGGGGGGGAGGGAUACAGAAAAAAGAAAGGGGAGGGGUGGGGAGGAUGAGCAUCAUCAUUGAAAUACACUUGAAAUGUUACAGGGAAGUUUUUUCCAGAUUUUGAUAAGCGUUUAGGCUGUUUUGUAAUUACCCAAAAUAAAUCUAUCACCUUGCUUGUGCAAACAGUUUAUGGUUAACUGUCUUAAUGUGUUUUAUACCCCACCUCCUAUAGACUGUAAGCUUGUUUGAGCAGGGUCCUCUUCAACCUAUCGUUCCUGUAAGUUUUCUUGUAAUUGUCCUAUUUAUAGUUAAAUCCCCCUUCUCAUACUAUUGUUAAAUGCUACGGAGUCUGUUGGCGCUAUAUAAAUGGCAAUAAUAAUAAUAAGUAAAUUGUGAGUUAAUCAGACCUGAAAACUGAACUGAGUAAAAUCUAUUCUAGAACUAUCAAAUUAGGGAUGAGGGGAAUAAAUUAAUUUAAAUUAAUAUCCCUGACCUAAAUAUAAAACCUGUGAGGAAUAAUAAUAUUUUUUUCUCUGAAGGCAAAGUUGUCUUUUGUGGUUUGUGGGUAUAUGUGAUAUGACUUUAGCAGUCAAAGUUUUUGAGACAUUUAAGUCAGGCUUAUGGGCAGUACAAUAUUUACAAAAUGUUCUUUGGUUUUUUUUUUAAAGCAUUUUUUAAUGAGAUAUAAAGUCUGCAUCUCAGAAACGUUGUUGAGAAAUUUGAACUUGUGAUUUACAAAAUAAAUCAUGAACAAUUUUGAAAUAAUGGUUGUCACAUGGGAGUGAUUCACAAAGUUCAUUUAUGGAAAAGAAAAGACAACUUGUAGUAAACCUAUAUUUGGGAAAAUACCAUCUUCAUGUAUUAUAGUCAGUGGUAUGUCAUGAAUAGAUUGUACAGAGCCUUAGGAGCAGAGGGAAGAAUUUGAAGGGAAAUGUGCAUAUAACAAAUAUCUCUUUAAUAAGCAGUAUUUUCUGUAUCAAAGCCAAAAAUAAUAACUUAGAGGCCUAUUUCUUGUAAUUGAUUACAUUUAGAAAGGGAGGGGAUGGGGACUCUUAACUAUAUCUACUAAGUAUGUGUAAAAGAUAAUGUCUAUAUGAUAAAAUAUAUAGAAUGUUAGGACUACACAGUAAACAUGUAUCUAUGGGCCAUAUACCAUAUGACAAACUGACUAUUUCUCUUAUUCUAAGGACAGUUCCUUCAUUGUUUUUGUUAAGUGUCCCCAAACACAAAUGUUUCCUCAUAUCAGGAGCUGUAAUCUACCGAACACUGACCACCCCUCUAGCUCAUUGAACUUCAAAGAAACUACAAACUUAAGUGCUCUCUCUGUGUGGCCGCCGUUUGUAUAACCGAACAACACAUGUUGGAGAAAACAGUGGCCAUCUUGUCACACGAACGUAAGCAGCGGGACUUGGUCAUCAAGUGUCUGGAACUCUAACUCGGACAUUCGACACUGCGAACACCAGUAACCUCAUACGAACGCCUGCUCCUAUUCCCGACAAGCCAGGAGAGCGUUGUUCAGUAGGAUUGUUCACAUGAACCAGGCGAACAAUCUCUACCUAUGAGCCAGGGGAACUGUUCGGUAUUUCUUUCAUUUUUGGACUCACGAAAGUGACCAACCGCUACCACUUUUCUCAUGGAACUAUUUUGGGCAGACUCCAUGUGUGCAGUCGGUCAAAACUUUACUCUGUUAGCUAUUCGGCUGUAUUCGUGGAAUCUGAGCGCUAUUUGGACACUUUGGGCACUCAGAUCCAGGCUGUCCAAGGAUAUAGGAUAUUAAUAUUAUGUAUGUUUUGGGGUGUUUUAUCUUUUGUAUCUCUAGUGCCUGGGAGAUAAUUAGUUUAAGCAAAGUAUACUUCAUUAUAUCCCAGACACAGAGACUCCUGAGCUUGUUGUGGGAGUGUUUUACUAUGUUUUUGCUGGAGACCCCAUGCAGGCCACUGGGCCAUAAUGAAUCAGUCUUUUUGUACCCUUGAUCAAGUCUUGGCUGAUGUUUGGGUAUACCAGAGCUAUAAUCACUGCUUCACUUUGGGAUUUGGGAGAAUUACAAAGGAUAUACUCAAUCGGAGUAUAGGGGAUCUGUUACAGUUACCAAAUCCUGUAUAUUCCACAGUAAAAACAUAGCCCACAUCCACCCCUUUUUUACACAAGAUGCUACUAAGGACCUUGUCCAUGCUCUAGUAAUCUCUUGCAUGGAUUAUUGUAACCCUCUCCUAAUCUGUCUUCCCAAAAGCCGUAUUGCCACGUUACAGUCUGUAAUGAAUGCACCGCCAGGCUGAUUUUCCUCUCCAGUUGGUCCUCUCACACCUCACCCCUCUGUCAUUCCUUACAUUGGCUUCCUGUAUCCUAUAGGAGUCAAUUCAAAGUUCUAAUCCAUACCUUUAAAGCAUUGAACAUUUCUAGCCCCUUCUACAUCUCUUCACUGAUUCAUAGGUAUGCCCCUUCUCGGUCUCUACGCUCUGCUCAUGACCUUCUCCUGUCCGCUGCUUGCACAUGUACGGCCAACUCAUGCUUGCAGGACUUCUCGUGGGCGGCUCCCUUUCUAUAGAAUAGCCUACCUACCUCCAUCAGACUCUCCCCUAGUCUUCAAUCUUUUAAGAAGUGCCUUAAAACUUCUUCAGGACAAAAAAAUCUUAAAAUCUCUUCAGGAACGUUUUACUCUCAGAGUAACCUCUACCUCACAUACCCGUCUCUUGCUCACCUAAAGGGCAGCACUCUACUCUCUCCUCCAGUUCUGCUUCACUUCCAACUUCUUUGAUUGUGAUCUCCUGUCCUAUUGUGUUUUAUACCCCACCUCCUAUAGACUGUAAGUUUUUUUUAAUUUUCUUCUUUAUUGUUAAAUCUCCCACUUUUAUAAUAUUGUAAAGCGCUACGGAAUCUGUUGGCAUUAUAUAAAUGCCAAUAAUGAUAAUCUACCAUGCCUAGGGGAAGUGUAUUGUCAUGACUUUGUUUUAUAAACAUUCUAAAUAAAGUAUUUUUACUUUACCUUAUUCAAUAGCUGUAUUAAAUUAAAUCCACUUUAAUAUAUUAUAUAUUAAUGUUUACAUAUUAUUUGUAUUCGCUAUGACGCAUUAGAAAUCUGAUUUGUAUUUAAUAAGAUGCCUGCACUUUUUCACAAUUCAGAAUGCUGAAUUCAGAAAGAUUUAUCACAAAUUAUAAGAUAUUGAAAGUUACCAUCAAGAACCUGUGCAAUAAACUGUAUUUGAAGUUAAAUUUUCCAACAAGUCUAUUUAAAUAUAAUAUUUAUUCCCAAUUACAUUUUUGUACAGGAAAUUUGUUUACUGAAAUUUAUAUAUAUUUUUUCCUAGGAUAAAGAUGCCCAGAAAGAUUUGGAAGUCUUGAUUGCAUCCAUUAGUCCCUGA